AAAACAACUAUGUUAGCACUUCUGAGCAGUCGUGCAUUCCCCGCCUCGCCUCGGGUGUAGGGAUUGCAAAAAAACAAAACUACACUGUCAAGACUGUGUAGUUUUGUUUUUAUGAUUAGAGGCUCUACAAUUCUCAUGCUGGGAUUGUCUAAAAAAAUCUUACUCUGGAUAAGGACGUCGUUCAAGAAGAUUUCGUUGGGCUUAGCCCACUCUUACAGGCACUUUGAGAGAUCAGAGUGCCUGUAAAGAUGACGACAAAAGCACCAACAUUUACGCAGCCAUUACAAAGUGUUGUGGCACUGGAGGGUAGUGCCGCAACCUUUGAGGCUCAUAUUAGUGGUUUCCCAGUUCCUGAGGUGAGCUGGUAUCGGGAUGGCCAGGUUCUCUCUGCUGCAACUCUGCCCGGUGUGCAGAUCUCGUUUAGUGAUGGCCGCGCUAAACUGGUGAUCCCCACCGUGACAGAAGCAAACAGUGGAAGAUACACUGUACAAGCCACCAAUGGAUCUGGGCAAGCAACUAGUACUGCUGAGCUACUUGUCACAGCUGGAACAGCACCACCAAACUUCUCACAACGACUACAGAGCAUGACUGCAAGGCAGGGAAGUCAAGUUCGACUUGACGUGAGAGUGACUGGAAUCCCUACACCUGUGGUGAAGUUCUAUCGGGAUGGAGUAGAAAUCCAAAGCUCCCCCGAUUUUCAAAUUUUACAAGAAGGAGACCUUUACAGCCUAAUAAUUGCAGAAGCAUAUCCUGAAGACUCCGGUACCUAUUCAGUAAAUGCCACAAAUAAUGUAGGACGUGCUACUUCAACAGCUGAAUUGCUAAUUCAAGGCGAGGAAGAAGCCGUUCCUGCUAAAAAGACAAAGACAAUUGUUUCGACUGCUCAGAUUUCACAAACAAGACAAGCCAGAAUUGAAAAGAAGACUGAAGCCCACUUUGAUGCCAGAUCACUUACAAGUGUUGAAAUGGUCAUAGAAGGUGCAACAGCACAACAGCUCCCACACAAAGCACCUCCACGAAUGCCUCCCAGACCUACAUCAAAAUCACCAACCCCACCAAUAAUUGCUGCAAAAGCACAAAUGGCACGACAGCAAUCACCAUCACCUGUUAGACAAUCACCAUCACCUGUAAGACAUGUCAGAGCACCAACACCCUCACCAGUCAGGUCGGUUUCUCCUGCUGGAAGAAUCUCCACCUCACCUAUUAGACCAGUGAAAUCUCCAUCUCCAAUCCGUAAAACACAAGUAGUGACAGCUGGGGCCGAAGUCCUUCCUCCUUGGAAGCAGGAAGGAUAUGCUGCAUCCACAGAAGCCCAGAUGAAGGAAACAAGAGUAUCUACAAGCGCUACCCAAAUAAGAACUGAAGAAAGAUGGGAGGGGAGAUAUGGGGUCCAAGAACAAGUUACCAUUAGUGGUGCUGCUGCUGGUGACGUGGCUGGUGCUAGAGAGGUGAGAAAGGACAGUGAAAAAACAGCAGCUGUUGCUACGGUUGUUGCUGCUGUGGAUCAAGCCAUGGUGAGAGAACCAGCUCCAGGUGUUGUAGAGCAAACUGCUAAAAGGACAGCAAUGACUGCAGUCCACGUUCAACCUGUUCGGGAGCAGAUGAGAAAGGAGGCAACGGUAGUACUUACCAGUGACAAAGCCACAAAACAAACAGUAAUAUCGAGAACUAGAGAAGGAAUCGUUACUUCACAAGAACAAAGGCACAUCUCUCAUGAAAAGGUAAGAAAAGAACCAGAGAAAACUCCAGUACCCACAGUAAUAAUUGCUACAGACAAAGCCAAAGAACAAGAAAGAAUAUCAAGAGCUAGAGAAGAAAUAUCUACUAGACAUGAGCAAGUGCACAUUGCUCAUGAACAGAUAAGAAAGGAAGAUAUGAAACCUUCUGUACCGAAGGUAGUAAUUACCACUGAUAAACCUAAAGCACCGGUCAUAGUAUCGAAAAGUAAAGAAGGAAUUGCUACCAAACAAGAACAAGUGAGCAUAACCCAUGAAAAGAUUAAAAAGGAAGCUAAGAAAACUACUGUAGUUCCGAAAAUAAUUGCCACUGAUAAAACCAAAGCACCAGUCACAGUGUCCAGAACUAGAGAAGAAAUUACAGCCAAGCAAGAACAAAUUCAUCUAGCUUAUGAUCAGACUGAAGCUGGAAAAAGGGCCGAAGCUGUAGCUACAGUUGUUGCUGCAGUUGAUCAGGCACGUGUUCGAUCACCCUGGGAACCAGAACUAGCAGAUGAAGCUUAUGUAAAGCAGAAAACUUUGGAAUAUGGCUAUAAAGAGCACACUGUAACAGACCAUGUUGCUGAGGCCCCAGCAGAACGUCAUGUUGUCACUAAAGAAAUUAAAACUGUCACUCUUCCUCCUGAGAAACAUAUCUCAGCUGCUGAGAAGAAGGAAGUUCAUAUAUCAACAGAGAUAAAAAGAGCAGCAGAAACUGAGAAAACCAUUCAUGUUGAAUACCCGCGACCCCGCACAGCAAGUCCUCACUUUACAGUCUCCAAAAUUGCUGUUCCUAAACCAGAUCAUACAUAUGAGGUUUCAAUAGCUGGAUCUGCCAUGGCUACUCUGGAAAAAGAGUUAUCAGCUACUUCUGCUGUGCAAAAGAUCACCAAGCCCGUGAAACCACCUCAACUAAAGCCACAUGAAGUGAGGAUAAAAGCAGAGCCAGUUGCCCCUCCACAGUUUCCCUUUGGAGAGGCUGCUGACACCUAUAAAAGUCGCUAUGAUGUUGAGACUAAAAAAGAGACAGGUGUAAGCAUUAAAGGUGAAGAAGUGCGGGAAGAACACUUGGUGUUGCGGAAAGAAGGUGAAGCAAAGGUGACAGAAACUGCCAGAGUUCCUGUACCUGCAGAAAUCCCUGCUACUCCACCCACCUUAGUCUCAGGUCUCAAAAAUAAGACCGUGACUGAAGGUGAGUCUGUCACUCUGGAGUGCCAUAUCUCUGGUCACCCUCAGCCUACUGUGACAUGGUACAGGGAAGACUACAAGAUUGAGAGCUCAAUGGACUUCCAGAUCACUUUCAAAGCAGGGCUUGCUCGCCUUGUGAUUCGUGAAGCCUUUGCAGAAGACAGUGGAAGAUUUACUUGCACUGCUACCAAUAAGGCUGGGAGUGUCAGCACAUCUUGCCACUUACAUGUGAAAGUUUCAGAAGAAAUUGAGACUCGAGAAACCAUUUCUGAGAAGGCUGUUACAGAAGAGAAACGCUAUGUGGAGACAAAGGACAUUGUAAUGGAAGAUGUCUCUGCUGCAGCAGAGGAAGUAUCGGGAGAACCCAUACCUCCUUUCUUCAUAAGAAAACCCAUAGUACAUAAAUUAAUUGAAGGUGGGAGCAUUAUUUUUGAAUGCCAAGUAGGGGGCAACCCAAAGCCACAUGUCUACUGGAAAAAAGGUGGAGUUCCUCUAACGACUGGCUACAGAUACAAAGUGAGUUACAAAAGAGAAACCGGGGAAUGCAAACUUGAAAUUUCCAUGACUUUUGCCGACGAUGCCGGAGAAUACACAAUUGUUGUUCGUAAUAAACAUGGAGAAGCUUCUGCAACGGUCUCCUUACUAGAAGAAGCUGAUUAUGAAGCCUACAUAAAAUCGCAACAAGAAACGAUGUACCAAACUCAGGUGACUGCAUAUGUACAGGAACCUAAAGUGGCUGAGGUAGCCCCAGCUAUUUCAUAUGGUGACUUUGAAAAAGAAUAUGAAAAAGAACAAGCCCUAAUUAGGAAGAAAAUGGCAAAAGAUACAGUGAUGGUCAGAACUUUUGUAGAAGAUGAGGAAUUCCAUAUUUCUUCUUUUGAAGAACGACUUAUCAAGGAAAUUGAACUCAGAAUUAUUAAGACCACCUUAGAUGAACUUCUUGAAGAAGACAGGGAGGAGAUGAUGGUUGACAUUUCUGAAUCUGAAGCUAUAGAAGCAGGAUUUGACUUAAGAUUAAAGAAUUACAGAACCUUUGAAGGGACAGGAGUUACUUUCCAUUGCAAGACGACUGGAUAUCCAUUGCCAAAGAUUGCAUGGUACAAAGACGGUAAGCGCAUAAGGCAUGGAGAGCGUUACCACAUGGAAGUUCUGCAAGACGGCAGUGCCAGUCUGCGUUUGCCUGUUGUUCUACCUGAAGAUGAAGGAAUUUAUACUGUCUUUGCCAGUAACAUGAAAGGAAAUGCCAUUUGCUCAGCAAAACUCUACGUCGAGCCAGUCGCACCUACAGCAACUCCAGGUUAUAUGCCAGGACCAGAAGUUAUGAGAAGAUAUAGGUCUAUUUCUCCGCGCUCUCCAAGCCGGUCUCCUGCCCGCAGUUCUCCUUCUCGUUCUCCUGCCCGCAGAUUAGAAGAAACUGAUGAAGGACAACUAGAAAGACUAUAUAAGCCAGUUUUUGUGCUGAAACCUACAUCAUUUAAAUGUUCACAGGGGCAGACAGCAAGAUUUGACUUAAAAGUUGUUGGCAGACCUAUGCCAGAGACAUACUGGUUCCAUAAUGGUCAACAAGUGAUUAAUGACUACACCCAUAAAAUAGUGAUUAAAGAAGAUGGCACCCAGUCAUUGAUCAUUGUUCCUGCUAUGCCUGAUGACUCUGGAGAAUGGGCUGUAAUUGCUCAGAAUAGGGCGGGCAAAGCUUCAGUCUCAAUGACACUGACUGUGGAAGCUAAGGAAGACCUAGUCAGACCACACUUUGUGGAAAGGCUGAAGAAUGUUAGCGUAAAGGAGGGUUCUAGACUGGAGAUGGCAGUGAAAGCUACUGGUAACCCUAAUCCUGACAUCGUAUGGCUGAAGAACAGUGACAUCAUUGUACCUCAUAAAUACCCCAAAAUAAAGAUUGAGGGAACCAAAGGGGCGGCUGCCCUUAAAAUCGAAUCGACUGCCAGGCAAGAUGCUGCAUGGUAUACUGCUACUGCUAUCAAUAAAGCUGGGCGGGACACUACUCGGUGCAAAGUAAAUGUUGAAGUUGAACAUGCAGAACCUGAACCAGAAAGGAGAUUAAUCAUUCCAAAAGGAACUUACAGAGCCAAGGAGAUUGCAGCACCAGAGUUAGAGCCUCUCCAUUUGCGUUAUGGUCAAGAGCAAUGGGAGGAAGGAGAUCUCUAUGACAAAGAAAAGCAACAGAAACCAUUUUUUAAGAAGAAGCUCACAUCUUUAAGGCUCAAGCAAUUUGGACCAGCACACUUUGAAUGCAGGCUUACACCAAUUGGUGACCCAACCAUGGUGGUGGAGUGGUUGCAUGAUGGCAAACCCUUAGAAGCAGCUAACAGACUCCGCAUGAUCAAUGAGUUUGGGUACUGUAGCCUGGACUAUGGAGUAGCCUAUUCCAGAGAUAGCGGAGUGAUCACUUGCAGGGCAACUAACAAAUAUGGUACAGACCAUACAUCUGCUACUCUGAUUGUAAAGGAUGAGAAAAGCCUUGUGGAAGAAUCCCAGUUGCCAGAAGGCAGAAGGGGACUGCAACGAAUUGAAGAGUUAGAAAGAAUGGCCCAUGAGGGUGCUCUUCCUGCAGUUGCAAUGGACCAAAAGGAAAAACAAAAACCAGAAAUUGUUUUGGUUCCUGAACCUGCAAGAGUCCUGGAAGGUGAAACAGCACGAUUCCGCUGCCGUGUGACUGGUUAUCCUUUGCCCAAGGUCAACUGGUACCUCAAUGGACAGCUCAUCCGUAAGAGCAAAAGGUUUAGACUCCGUUAUGAUGGAAUCUACUACCUGGAUAUUGUGGACUGCAAAUCAUAUGACACAGGAGAGGUGAAAGUCACUGCAGAGAAUCCAGAAGGCUUUAUUGAACAUAAGGUGAGACUUGAGAUCCAGCAGAGGGAAGACUUCAGAUCUGUUCUUCGUCGUGCUCCUGAACCCAAACAUGAGCCUGUAGUGACAGAGCCUGGAAAACUCCUCUUUGAGGUACAGAAGAUAGACAAACCUGCAGAGGCAACAACCAAAGAAGUGGUGAAACUGAAAAGGGCUGAAAGAAUCACUCAUGAGAAGCUUUCAGAGGAAUCUGAAGAGCUGCGUAGUAAAUUCAAGCGUAGAACGGAAGAGGGCUAUUAUGAAGCCAUCACUGCUGUGGAACUUAAGUCUCGCAAAAAAGAUGAAUCAUAUGAAGAAAUGUUAAAAAAGACAAAAGAAGAACUUCUUCACUGGACCAAAGAGAUCCCAGAGGAAGAGAAGAAAGCACUUCCUCCUGAAGGCAAAAUCACCAUUCCAACAUUCAAACCAGAGAAGGUUGAGCUUAGUCCAAGCAUGGAGGCUCCCAAGAUAUUUGAACGAAUUCAAAGCCAGACUGUACCCCAGGGGACAGAUGCACACUUCCGUGUGAGAGUGGUGGGAAAACCAGACCCUGAGUGUCAGUGGUUCAAAAACGGUGUGCAAAUUGAAAGGACUGAUCGUGUGUAUUGGUACUGGCCUGAAGAUAAUGUUUGCGAAUUAGUCAUCAGAGACGUGACUUCUGAUGAUUCUGCCAGCAUCAUGGUGAAAGCAGUCAAUAUAGCUGGUGAAACUUCUAGCCAUGCUUUCCUGUUAGUACAAGCCAAGCAGUUAAUCAGCUUCACCCAGAAGUUACAAGAUAUUGUUGCUAAAGAAAGAGACUCCAUGGCAACAUUUGAAUGUGAGACGUCAGAACCCUUUGUCAAAGUGAAAUGGUUUAAGGAUGGAGUUGAGAUUCAUUCUGGAGACAAAUACAGGAUGCACUCAGACAGAAAGGCUCAUUUUCUUUCUGUACUAGCAAUUGAAAUGUCUGAUGCUGAUGACUACAGCUGUGCACUGGUAGAAGACGAAUCCAUAAAAACUACUGCAAAGCUUACUGUCGAAGGUGCUGUGGUUGAGUUUAUUAAAGAACUUGAGGAUGUUGAAGUACCAGAAUCUUUCUCAGGUGAACUUGAAUGCGAGGUUUCCCCAGAAGACGUGGAGGGGAAAUGGUAUCAUGGUGAUGCUGAACUCACUUCUAAUCAUAAAUAUGUGAUUGCAUCCCGCCGUGGUCGCCAAAUCCUCACUAUUAAAGAUGUUAAUAAAGAUGAUCAAGGAGAAUAUAGUUUUGUUGUUGACAGAAAAAGGACUCACUGCAAACUGAAGAUGAAGCCUCGUCCCAUGGUUAUUCUUCAAGGACUUACUGAUCAAAAAGUCUGUGAGGGAGAUAUUGUACAACUUGAAGUUAAAGUCUCCCUAGAAAAUGUCGAAGGUGUCUGGAUGAAAGAUGGUCAUGAAAUUCAAUCAAGUGACCGUAUUCACAUUGUGUUGGAUAAACAGUCACACAUGUUGCUGAUAGAAGAUGCAACAAAGAAUGAUAGUGGAGCUUACUCUUUCAGUGUUCCUGGUCUCGGACUGUCAACCACUGGACAGAUCACAGUGUACAGUGUGGAAAUAGUGGUGCCUCUAAAAGAUGUUCACGUAGUUGAAGGAACAAAAGCUAUCCUCGAAUGCAAAGUUUCAGCACCUGAUGUGUCUUCCUCCAAAUGGUACCUAAAUGAUCAUCAGAUAAAGCCUGAUGAACGUGUACAAGCUGUAUGUAAAGGCACUAAACAGAGGCUAGUGCUUACCAGAACCCAUGCAUCAGAUGAAGGACAUUAUAAGUUAAUUGUUGGCAAAGUUGAAACAAGUUGCAAUGUCACAGUUGAAAAAAUUCAGAUUAUUAGAGGUCUUCAUGACAUCACCUGCACUGAAACACAGAAUGUAUCAUUUGAGGUCGAGCUCUCCCAUUCAGGGAUUGAUGUUAUUUGGCAUUUCAAAGGCCAGGAGAUAAAGGCUGGUCCUAAAUAUAAAAUUGAAGCACGCGGCAAAAUAUAUAAACUGACAGUGGUGAAGAUGAUGAAAGAUGAUGAAGGAGAAUAUGUAUUUUAUGCUGGAGAGAAGAAAACAUCUGGAAAGCUUAUAGUAGCAGGUGGUGCCAUUUCAAAGCCUCUCACUGACCUGACUGUGGCUGAGUCCCAGCCAGCUGUUUUUGAAUGUGAGGUGGCAAAUCCUGAAUCAGAUGGCCAGUGGCUAAAAAAUGGGCGACCAUUGCCUAUGACAGAUCAGUACCGUGCUGAAUCUGAUGGUGUAAAGAGAAGGCUCAAUAUCCCUGUCACGAAACUGGAUGAUAUGGGUGAAUAUAGCUAUGAAAUAGCAAGCUCAAAGACAUCUGCCAAACUGAAGGUCGAAGCUGUUAAGAUAAAGAAGACACUGAAGAACUUGACUGUGACAGAGACACAGGAGGCAGUUUUCAGUGUAGAACUGACCCACCCUGAUGUGAAAGGAGCACUGUGGAUUAAAAAUGGUGUUGAACUUGAAUCAAAUGACAAAUAUGAAAUUUCAGUGAAAGGAACAGUUCACACACUGAAAAUCAAACACUGUGUUGUCACUGAUGAGUCUGUUUAUAGCUUUAAGCUUGGAAAGAUAGGAGCAAAUGCCAGACUUCAUGUGGAAACUGUCAAGAUCAUCAAAAAGCCAAAGGAUGUGACUGCUUUGGAAAAUGCUGUUGUCUCCUUUGAACUGAGUGUAUCCCAUGAUACUGUACCAGUCCGAUGGUUCCACAAAAAUGUUGAGCUUAAACAAAGUGAUAAAUACAAGAUGAUCUCUCAAAGGAAAGUUCACAAGCUUAUGCUGCAUAACAUAUCUCCUGCUGAUGCUGGGGAAUACACAGCUCUUGUUGGGCAAAUUGAGUGUAAAGCAAAACUGUUUGUGGAAACCAUACACAUCACAAAGACCAUGAAAAAUAUUGAGAUCCCUGAGACCAAAACCGCCUCUUUUCAAUGUGAAGUUUCUCAUUUCAAUGUGCCUGCUGUCUGGUUGAAAAAUGGUGUGGAGAUUGAAAUGAGUGAAAAGUUCAAAAUAGUGGUCCAGGGGAAACUCCAUCAGCUCAAUAUCAUGAACACAAGCAGUGAAGAUUCUGCAGAAUACACAUUUGUCUGUGGAAAUGACAGAGUCAGUGCAACUCUGACUGUAAAACCCAUCCUAAUUACCUCCAUGCUAAAAGACAUCAAUGCUGAAGAGAAAGAUACAAUAACAUUUGAAGUUACUGUUAACUAUGAAGGUAUAUCCUAUAAAUGGCUGAAGAAUGGGGUAGAAAUAAAAUCGACUGAUAAAUGCCAGAUACGAACAAAGAAGCUCACACACUCCCUCUCCAUAAGGAAUGUGCAUUUUGGUGAUGCUGCAGAAUACACUUUUGUCGCUGGAAAAGCAGCUUCAUCAGCCACUUUAUACGUGGAAGCUCGUCACAUUGAAUUUAGGAAGCAUAUUAAAGACAUCAAGGUUGUGGAGAAGAGGAGGGCUAUUUUUGAAUGUGAAAUUUCAGAACCUGACAUUCAGGUCCAGUGGAUGAAGGACGGACAAGAACUCCAGAUUGGUGACAGGAUGAAAAUUCAGAGAGAGAAAUAUGUCCAUCGUCUCAUCAUUCCUUCCACAAGAAUGUCUGAUGCUGGUCAGUACACUGUAAUAGCUGGUGGAAACACAUCCAGUGCCAAUUUGAUAGUGGAAGGUCGUGACAUUCGUAUCAGAAGCGUCCGUAAAGAUAUUCAGGUCAUUGAGAGACAAAGAGCUGAAAUUGAAUUUGAAGUCAAUGAAGAUGAUAUUGAACCACAGUGGUACAAGGAUGGUAUUGAGAUCAACUUCCAGUAUGAGGAAAGAUACAGUUAUGUGGUGGAACGGAGAGUUCAUCGAAUGAGCAUCUUUGAAACCACUUACUCUGAUGCUGGAGAAUAUACUUUUGUUGCAGGACGGAAUAGGAGUUCUGUUGUUCUCUAUGUGAACGCUCCAGAGCCACCCCGGAUUAUUCAGGAGCUAGAGCCAACCACUGUGGAGUCUGGCAAACCUGCCCGCUUCUGUGCUAUGAUAUCAGGAAAACCCCAGCCCAAAAUUUCCUGGUACAAAGAUGAUCAACAGCUUUCGCCAGGUUUCAAGUGCAAAUUUCUUCAUGACGCCCAAGAAUAUACUCUACUGCUGAUUGAAACUUUCCCUGAAGAUGCAGCAGUGUACACCUGUGAAGCAAAAAAUGACUACGGAGUUGCUACAACUUCAGCUUCACUUUCGGUGGAAAUCCCAGAAGUUGUUUCUCCUGAGCUAGAAGUACCAGUGUAUCCACCGGCUGUCAUAAUACCACUACGUGAUGCUGUUACAUCCGAGGGACAGUCUGCUUGUUUUCAGUGCAGAGUUACAGGGACAGAUCUGAAAGUCUCUUGGUACAGCAAAGACAGAGAGAUCAAGCCAUCGCGUUUUUUUAGAAUGACUCAGUUUGAAGACACUUACCAGCUGGAGAUUGCUGAAGCUUAUCCAGAGGAUGAAGGAAUCUAUACUUUUGUGGCUAGUAAUUCUGUAGGCCAAGUGACAAGCACUGCUACCUUGAAGUUAGAAGCUCCUGAAAAAAUUAUUCAUGAGAAGCUAGAGGAAGACAUUGAAAUGGAAGUGAAAGUUGCGCCGAUCCUGAGGAGAAGGCUUGAAUCUCUGGAGGUGGCUGUAAAUCACGUGGCCAAGUUUACCUGUGAGGUAGAGACUGCUCCCAAUGUCAGGUUCCAGUGGUACAAAGCCGGACGAGAGAUAUAUGAUGGGGACAAAUACUCCAUUCGCACCUCCAACUACCUCUCCACACUGGAGAUCCCAAGGCCUCAGGUUGUUGACUAUGGAGAGUAUAGCUGUAAGGCUUCCAACCAGCAUGGCAGUGUAAGCUCUACAGCCCUUUUAACAGUGACUGAAGCACUUCCGCCAACGUUUCUUACCAGACCUGAAUCUAUCACUACUUUUGUGGGCAAAAGUGCCAAGUUCCUGUGUACUGUUUCGGGCACUCCAGUCAUCGACGUCGCCUGGCAGAAAGGUGGUACUACCAUUUCACCUUCGGACCACCACAAGAUCUCCAAAGUGGAAAAUAAAUAUGUGUUGGAAAUUUCCCUUCUCACCACCAGUGACAGAGGGAUUUACACUUGCAAAGCUUCCAACAAGUUUGGGGCUGACAUAUGCCAGGCUGAAAUGGUCAUUAUAGACAAGCCGCACUUCAUUAAAGUUUUGCAGUCAGUGCAGUCAGCAGUCAAUAAAAAAAUACGUCUUGAAUGUCAGGUAGAUGAAGACAGGAAAGUAACAGUAGGGUGGACAAAGGAUGGAAACAAAAUCCCUCCAGGCAAAGAUUAUAAGAUUUACUUUGAAGACAAAAUAGCCUCGCUUGAGAUUCCUCUGGCUAAGCUCAAGGAUUCAGGCCAUUAUGUGUGCACUGCCUCAAAUGAGGCAGGAAGCAGCUCCUCUUCUGCCAGCGUCACAGUGAGAGAACCACCAUCCUUUGUGAAGAAAGUCGAUCCAUCUUAUUUACUGACCCCAGGUGACUCUGCACGCCUUCAAUGCAAAAUCAAAGGCUCUCCUGAAAUCCAGGUUACUUGGUUUAAGAACAAUAAGGAAAUCCGUGAAAGCAACACACACAGGAUGUCCUUUGUCAAUUCUGUGGCCGUGUUAGAUAUUUUGGAGAUGAAAGUUGAUGACAGUGGGAGCUACUCAUGUGAAGCUGUAAAUGAGGUUGGAAGUGACAGCUGCACCACUGAAGUAGUUGUCAAAGAGCCUCCAUCUUUCAUCCGAACACUUGAACCAGCAGAGGUAGUGAAGGGAACAAACACCAUUCUUCGGUGUGAGGUUGCUGGCACUGGACCAUUUGAGAUUAGCUGGUACAAAGACAAGAAACAGAUUCGCAGUAGUAAAAAAUACAGGUUGACCUCUCAGAAAGCUGUUAUUUCUCUGGAGGUGUCUUCAUUUAAUAGUGCGGAUGUCGGUGAAUACGAGUGUGUGAUAGCUAAUGAAGUUGGGAAGUGCAUAUGCAGUGCAACAUACAUCUUGAAAGAACCGCCAUCUUUUGUUAAGAAAAUCGAAAAUGUGACAGCUCUGGCUGGAGACAGUAUUACGUUACAGGCUGUGGUGAAAGGGUCAGAGCCUAUUUCUGUGAUAUGGAUGAAGGGAAAAGACAUUAUUCAAGAUGAUAACAAAGUGAGAGUGACAUUCGAACAUGGUCUAGCAAUGCUGCAAAUUACCGGUGUCCAGCUGAGCUCUGGUGGCAAAUACACCUGCGUGGCUGAGAAUGAUGCAGGAAGUCAGUCCUGCUUUGGUGAACUAGCAGUGAAAGAACCUGCCAAAAUCAUUGAAAAAUCCGAAGUGAUCCAGGUGACAGCAGGGGAACCAGCCAUUUUGGAGUACACUGUCACAGGCACUCCAGAGCUAAAAACCAAAUGGUUCAAAGAUGGAAGGCCACUACCUGCCAGCAAAAAAUACAGGAUCAGCUUUAAAAAUAACGUUGCCCAGCUCAAGUUUUAUGCCACUGAAAUGCAGGACAGUGGCGAGUACACCUUUGAGAUAUCCAAUGAUGUGGGCAUCAGCUCUUGUACUACCAGCUUCACUGUGCUAGAUCGCACUCUCCCUCCCUUCUUUACCAAACCACUGAAGAAUAUCGACAGCAUCAUUAGCACCUCAUGCCGCCUAGACUGCAAAAUUUCAGGCUCUCUUCCAAUGACCGUCUCUUGGUUUAAGCAGGACACUGAGAUCACUUCAAGUGCCAAGUACACAGUACACUUUGCAGAAGGCUCUGCAUCUUUGGAAAUAAAACACCUAGAUACAAGUGACGCUGGCGUCUACAUUUGCAGAGCCACAAACUCUGCUGGUAGCAAAGACAGCAGUAGCACAUUGUUUAUAAAAGAGCCACCCAGCUUCACUGUAGAACCAGAGUCCCAAGAUGUACUGCCUGCAUCAACUGUACGUUUCAAAGGCACAUUUAAAGGCACAACACCACUGACGGUGAAAUGGUUUAAAGGUGAUACUGAGCUGGUGACAGGAGGAGCCUGCUACAUUAUGACAGAAGCAUUAGCAAGUUACUUGGAGCUUUACGCGGUCAAACCAACAGAUUCAGGAAAAUACACCUGCAAAGUCUCCAAUGUAGCUGGUUCAGUAACAUGCAGUGCGAACUUGUUUGUAAAAGAACCUGCUGCCUUCAAGGAGAAGCUAGAGCCAACCCAUCUGGUAAAGAAAGGUGGAUAUGCUGAGCUGACCUGUGAAGUCACUGGUACUCCUGAGAUUAAAAUCACGUGGUUCAAGGAUGAUAGAGAGUUAAAAGAGAGUGACAAAUACAGGAUGUCUUUUGCAAAAUACUUGGCAAUACUCCAUGUUACAGAGGUUGAGACUGAAGACAGUGGGGAAUACAUCUGCGAGGCCAAAAAUGAUGCUGGAAAAGAUAUUUGCAGUAGCGUUGUUACAGUCAAAGAGUCACCUUAUUUUAGCAAGGAGUUUCAAUCCAUGGAAGUCUUGAAGGAUUCUGAUGUGGUUUUGGAGUGCGAGGUGCUUGGCACACCUCCCUUUGAAGUGUUUUGGGUGAAAGAUGAUAAACCUGUGCGGAGCAGUAAGAAGCACAGAAUAAGCAUUGAGAAAUCUUUGAUUAGCCUCCACGUUUUCAGGUUUGAUGCUUCUGAUGUUGGCGAGUAUCAGUGUAGAGUAACAAACGAUGUCGGGAGCUGCCUCUGCAGUUCAGAGGUCACGCUGAAAGAGCCCCCACAGUUCUUGAAGAGGAUAGAAAACAUUAGUUCCCUUCGAGGGGGCACGGUUGUGUUUCAGGCUGCUAUUAAAGGCUCCUUGCCCAUCACUGUGUCCUGGCUGAAAGACAACGAUGAAGUGAUUGAAGACAACAAUAUCAAAAUGACCUUUGUGAACAAUGUUGCCACUCUUCUGGUGAGGUCUAUUGAGCUGAAACAUGAUGGGAAAUAUUUCUGUCAGGCUAAAAAUGAGGCGGGAAUUCAAAGGUGUUCUGCUCUGCUGACUGUCAAAGAACCUGCUACAAUCAUGGACAAGGCUGUGUCAAUAGAUGUGACUGAGGGAGAUCCAGCAACCUUGCAGUGUAAAUUUUCAGGAACGAAACACAUUACAGCCAAAUGGUUCAAAGAUGGCAAGGAAUUGAUGUUGGGCCCAAAAUAUAAGAUCAGUGUUACAGACACUGUCUCAGUCCUAAAGGUGCUUCAUACAGAAAAGAAAGACAGUGGGGAAUACAUUUUUGAGGUUCACAACGAUGUUGGGAGCAGUAGCUGUUCCGCCAGCAUUAAUGUCCUAGAUCUCAUUAUACCACCUAAAUUCACCAAAAAGCUCAAGAAAAUGGACAGCAUUAAGGGGUCUUUUGUCCACCUGGAGUGCAUAGUGUCUGGUUCACAUCCUAUAAGUAUCCAGUGGUACAAGGACGGCCAAGAAAUAACAGCAAGUGAAAAGCACAAAUACUCUUUCCAUGAUAAUACUGCAUUUCUGGAAAUCAAUAAACUGGAAGGCACAGACAGUGGCUCUUACACCUGUGAAGCAACAAAUAAGGCAGGAAGCAACCAAUGCAGUGGGUUCUUAACAGUCAAAGAACCACCGUAUUUUGUGGAAAAACCUCAGUCCCAAGAGGUUGUGCCCAAUGCCAGGGUUCAGUUCAAAGCACUGGUGAAAGGCUCUACACCUCUGCAGAUAAAGUGGUUUAAAGACAGCCAGGAGCUCCUCUCUGGAGCCAAUCGAUCUGUCUGGAAGGACGACACGUCUAGCGUACUGGAGCUCUUCUCAGCUAGGACAUCUGACUCCGGGAACUACACUUGUCAGAUAAGCAAUGAUGUGGGGACUGCAACUUGCAAGGCCGCUUUGUUUGUAAAAGAGCCCCCCAGAUUUAUUCAGAUGCCAACUUCCGUAGUAGCUUUGCGUGAAGGACAGUCCACCACUUUCGAGUGCCAGGUAGUAGGCACGCCAGAGAUCCACAUCACAUGGUACCUGGAUGGGAAUGAAGUGACUGACCAAGUUAAAUACAGCAUCUCCUUCGUAGACGGUUUAGCCACUUUGAAAGUCACUCAAGCCAGAGUGUCAGAUAGUGGGAUUUAUGUUUGUGAAGCCCACAAUGAUGCAGGUAGUGAGAGCUGCAGCGUCGAGCUGAAAGUAAAAGAGCCUCCAACAUUUGUUCGGGAGUUGAGUCCCACCGCCGUAGUGAAGGGUUUGGAGGCUACACUGGAGUGUGAGGUGACUGGUACUCCUCCGUUUGAGGUGAAGUGGCUGAAGAACAAUAAGGAGAUGUUCAGCAGCAAGAAAUAUGCCAUCUCCACCAAAGAAUCAGUAUUUACUCUUAAUGUGACUAACUGUGAUGUCUCAGAUGUUGGUGAAUAUCAGUGUAUUAUAUCAAAUGAAGGUGGGAGCUGUUCUUGCAGCACAAGGCUCAGCUUGAAAGAACCACCAUCCUUCGUCAAGAAGCUGGAGAAUGUCACUAGCAUUUUGAAAGGUACCGCAUUCUUCCAGUGUGUUGUAGCAGGCGCUCAACCCUUAUCUGUGUCAUGGAUAAAAGAUGAGAAAAUACUGGAAGAUGAUGAGCACCACCAUAUUACCUUUGAGAACAGCGUGGCCACACUGGAACUUACCAAUGUUGACCUCAGCCACAGAGGGAGAUACACCUGCCAGGCAAAGAACGAGUCUGGCAUGGAGAAGUGUUUUGCUUUACUUUUUGUACAAGAGCCUGCACGGAUCAUAGAAAAGGCUAAAUCACUUAAAGUCACUGAAAGAGACCCCGUGACUUUGGAGUGUACUGUUGCUGGGACACCAGAGCUCCGAAUAAGAUGGUACAAAGACGGUAAACAGCUCCUGCCCAGUAGAUACUACACAAUGAGCUUUGAAAACAAUGUGGCCAGUUUCAGGAUUGAACCUGUAUCAAAGGAGGAUAGUGGUACAUACAGUUUUAAGGUUGAAAAUGACUUUGGAAGUAGCACCUGCGAAGCUGUUCUGACUGUGCUAGAUCAAUCAAUUCCUCCUGCAUUUAUCAAAAAGCUAACCAAAAAGGAUACCGUUCUGGGAUCUUCUAUCCAAAUGGAGUGCAAAGUCUCUGGGUCACUCCCCAUUACUGCAAAAUGGUUUAAGGAUGGAAAAGAGAUAACUGACAGUGCAAAAUAUAGAAGCCUGUGCCGUGAGAACACUAUGUCACUUGAGAUUGCUAAUCUAGAGCUGGCAGACAGUGCAAAUUACACAUGCAGUGUCUCUAAUGUUGCCGGGAACGAUUCUUGCAGUGCUAUCCUCACUGUGAAAGAGCCACCAAGCUUCUUAGUAAAACCUGAAAGCCAGCAAGCCAUCCCAGAUUCCACAGUGGAGUUUAAGGCCACACUAAAAGGAACGCCACCAUUUACAGUAAAGUGGUUCAAAGAAGACUUAGAACUUGUAUCUGGUCCCACUUGUUUCAUUGGGAUUGAAGGGUCAACUGGGUUCUUAACCCUCUAUUCAGUGGAUACUUCUAGGAGUGGGCACUACACUUGCCACGUUUCAAAUGACGUUGGCAGUGACUCUUGCACUACAACAUUGAUGGUAACAGAACCACCCAAGUUUUCUAAGAAGCUAGAGGCAGCAAAAGUAGUCAAGCAGGGUGACUCAGCCCGGCUUGAAUGCAAAGUAAGUGGAUCUCCAGAGAUGAAAGUAGUGUGGUUCAGAAAUGACCAUGAAAUUGUUGCCAGUGAAAAAUUCCGGACAUCAUUCAUUGACUCUGUGGCCGUGCUUGAAAUGAAUCAUCUCAGUACUGAUGAGAGCGGUGACUACAUCUGUGAAGCUCACAACCCUGCCGGCAAGGCCAGCUGUAGCACCAAAGUCACAGUGAAAGAACCUCCUGUCUUUAGCAGGAAGCCCUCUCCAGUAGACAUGCUCAAAGGAAGUGAGGUUAGCCUGGAAUGUGAGAUUUCAGGAACGCCACCAUUUGAUGUUACCUGGUACAAAGACAGGAGACAAAUCCGCAGCAGUAAGAAGUAUAAGGUUACGGCCAAAAACUACCAUACAAGCGUUCGCAUUCUUAAUGUUGAAGCUGCAGAUGUUGGUGAAUAUCAGUGCAAAGCACAGAAUGACGUAGGAAGUGACAAUUGUUUUUGCACUGUGAAGCUGAAAGAACCACCAAAAUUCUUGACGAAAAUAAACAGCAUGACUGUUGUGGUUGGUGAACCAGUAGAGUUACAAGCAAGAGUCGAGGGGUCCCAGCCAAUUUCUGUGCAGUGGCUUAAAGACAAGGAGGAAGUUAUUAGAGAAAGUGAAAACACGAAGAUCACAUUUAUGGAAAAUAUAGCAACUUUACAACUUGUGCGCACAGAGACAAGCAAUGCUGGAAAAUACAUCUGCCAGAUCAGAAAUGAUGCUGGAAGUCGCGAGUGCAUGGCUACCUUAACUAUUCUAGAGCCUGCAGUCAUUGUAGAGAAAGCAGAGCCAAUGAGAGUUACUAUAGGAGACGCCUGUACUUUGGAGUGCAAAGUGGCAGGCACACCAGAGCUUUCCACUGGGUGGUUCAAGGAUGGCAAAGAGCUGACCAGCAGCCAAAAAUACAGAAUUACUUUCCUCAAUAAAGUAUCUACACUUAAAAUUAUGGAUGCAGAGAAGGAAGAUGGUGGAUUGUACACUUUUGCAGUGCAGAACGACGUGGGGAAAAGCAGUUGCACAGCAUCGGUUGAUGUUUUAGAUCGAAUCAUUCCUCCUUCUUUCACAAGAAAACUAAAGGACACCCCUUGUGUCCUGGGUUCCUCAGCACUGCUGGAAUGCAAAGUGUUGGGUUCACCUCCUAUUUCUGUUGCCUGGUUCCAAAAUGGACUUAAAUUAGUCAAUGGGGAAAAACAUCAAAUCUCCUUUUCAGAUAACCUAUGUAUUUUAGAAGUGAAUUCACUGAGCGACUCAGAUACUGGAACUUACACCUGCAAAGCUACCAACAUAGCUGGUUCAGAUGAAUGCAGUGCUGUAUUGACUGUACAAGAACCACCUUCUUUUGAGAGGACACCAGAGCCUCUGGAUGUCUUGCCAGGCACUAGCAUCACUUUUACAUGUGUUAUCAGAGGAACCCCUCCUUUUAAGGUGAACUGGUUUAGAGGGGCCAAUGAGCUUGUGCCAGGGGACAAAUGCAAUAUCUACUUGGAGGACUCCAUUGUGGAGCUUGAGUUAUUUGAUGUAACUCCUCUCCAAAGUGGAGAGUACACUUGCCUAGUGACUAAUGAUGCUGGCAGGGCAAAUUGUACAACACACCUUACAGUAAAAGAGCCGGCUGUCUUUGUGAAGAAACUGAGUGAUCAGUAUGUGGAGCCUGGCAAGCCCAUCAUCCUGGAGGGCAAUUACACAGGCAGCCUGCCUAUUUCUGUGACAUGGAAGAAGAAUGGCCACACCAUCACUCAAUCUCAGAAGUGUAGCAUCACCACCACAGAGAAAUCCUGCAUCCUGGAAAUACUUGACAGUACCAAAGAAGAUGCAGGAGAAUACACUUGCCAUGUUGAAAAUGAGGCAGGAGGAGAUGUUUGUGAGGCUGUAGUAUCUACCUUAGAACCUCCCUAUUUUGUUACACACCUGGAACAUCUUGAGGUGUCUGUUGGGGAUUAUACAACUUUGCAAUGCCGCGUUGCUGGAACACCAGAAAUCACUGUGUCUUGGUACAAAGGUGAUACAAAACUCAGGUCUACACCUGAGUACAAAGUAUUCUUUAAAGACAACGUUGCUACACUUAUUUUCAACAAAGUGGUUAGCAAUGACAGUGGAGAAUAUACCUGCAAGGCAGAAAACAGUGUAGGAACUGCAUCUACAAAGGCUCUCUUAACAGUUCAAGAGCGCAAACGGCCACCAUCCUUUGCAAGAAAAUUAAAGGACAUCGAGCACCCUGUUGGUUUACCCCUUAAAUUUAUGUGUCGGCUCAAUGGCUCAGAACCGAUUACCGUCACUUGGCAUAAAGAUGGUGUGCUGCUAAGCGAUGACCACAAUGUGCACACAUCCUUUGUAGAUAAUGUUGCAGUGCUGCAACUGGUGCGAACUGAGAUGAAUCAUACUGGGCAGUACUCUUGCACAGCCACCAAUGCUGUGGGCACUGCCACCUCAAGUGCUAGGCUCACAGUGGCAGAACCCAAGCAAGCACCUGUCUUUGACACCAAACCAGAAUCUAUUGAUGUGCCUUUUGGAGAAAGUGCUGACUUUGAAUGCCAUGUUACUGGAGCCCAGCCAAUACGCAUCACCUGGUCCAAGGAUGGUCGGGAAAUCCGAACUGGAGGAAACUUCAGUAUUACAUUUGUAGCUAACACAGCUCACCUUCGAGUGCUCAGAGUGGGUAAAGGAGACUCUGGCCAAUAUACUUGCCAAGCUAGUAAUGAAGCUGGGAAAGACUUUUGCUCAGCCCAACUCAGUGUCAAAGAACCUCCCAAGUUCAUCAAGAAGCCUGAAGCUUUGCGGUUCGUGAAGCAGGGGGAUGCAGUUCAACUUGAAUGUAAAAUCAGUGGCACACCAGAGAUCCGAACCGUGUGGUACAAAAAUGACCAGGCACUCCUGGCGAGCGACAGGCUCCACAUGUCCUUUGUAGACUCCGUGGCGAUGCUAACCAUCUUGGGUGCCAACACUGAAGAUGCUGGAGAUUACAUAUGUGAAGCCCAUAACUCUGCCGGCACAGCCAGCUGCAGCACUUCAAUCACAGUGAAAGAACCACCUGUUUUUAGCAAGGUGCCAAGCCCUGUGGACACACUUAAAGGCUCAGAUGUCAUCCUCCAGUGUGAGAUAGCAGGGACUCCACCCUUUGAGGUGGCUUGGUUCAAGGACCGGAGGCAGGUCAGGAGCAGCAAGAAGUUCAAGGUGACAACAAAACAUUCCAUUGCCAGUCUUCAUAUUCUCAAUCUGGAAUCUCAAGAUACUGGAGAAUAUCAAUGCAAAGCUAUGAAUGAGGUGGGAAGCGACACUUGCACCUGCCCCGUGAAAUUCAAAGAACCCCCACGCUUUGCCAAGAAGCUGAGUGACACUGCAAUCUUCGUCGGGGAGCCAACAGCCCUGCAAGCAGUGGUGGAAGGAUCCCCACCAAUUUCUGUUGUCUGGCUCAAGGACAAGGGUGAAGUUAUUAGGGAGAGUGAAAAUGUCCAAAUGUGGUUUAUGGACAACAUUGCAACUCUUGAGAUUGCCAGUGCAGAGGGAGCUGAUGUUGGGAAGUACAUCUGCCAGAUCAAAAAUGAUGCUGGCAUGCGGGAGUGCUCUGCCUUUUUACAAGUUCUAGAACCGGCAGUUAUCUUAGAGAAGAGUGAGCCGAUCACAGUAAUGGCUGGCAAUCCUUUUACCUUGGAGUGCAAAGUAGGAGGAACACCUGAACUUAUCACCAAGUGGUACAAAGAUGGCAGAGAACUAAGGAGUGACCGCAAAUACCAAAUUACCUUUUUCAACAAUAUAUCCACCUUGAAAGUCUUUUCUGCAGACAGGGGAGACAGGGGCUUGUAUACUUUUGAGGUGCACAAUGAGGUGGGGGACAGCAGCUGCACUUCUUCAGUUGAUGUUUCAGAUCGUCUUGUUCCUCCUUCAUUCUCAAGAAAACUAAAGGAAACAAAUGGGGUGCUGGGAUCCUCCGUGCUUCUGGAGUGCAAAGUGUCUGGCACAUCCCCCAUAUCUGUGGCCUGGUUUCAGGAUGGGAAUGAGAUUGUUAGUGGAGAAAAAUAUGAAAUCUCAUUCUUGGAUAACGUUUGUGCUUUGAAGCUGAAUGCCCUGGAUGUCACAGAUACAGGGCCAUAUACCUGUGUGGCAGCCAAUGUGGCUGGAUCUGAUGAAUGCAGCGCCUUCCUGACUGUACAAGAACCACCCUCUUUUGUGAAGACACCUGAUCCCCAGGAAGUUUUGCCUGGAUCGAGUGUGACAUUCAUGAGCUACAUCAAGGGCAGUACUCCCUUCAAAGUGACUUGGUUCCGAGGCAUCAGGGAGCUGGUGCCGGACAGCAGCUGCUCCAUCUCUCUGGACGAGUCUGUGGCACAGCUGCAGCUGUACAAUGUGGAGCCAGGCCACAGCGGGGACUACGCCUGCGUGGUCACAAAUGAUGCUGGCAGUGCUUCAUGCACAACCCAACUCUUUGUAAAAGAGCCUGCAGUCUUUGUGAAGAAAUUAAGUGACUUCAGUGUGGAGCAGGGGAAGUCCAUUGUGCUAGAAAGCAGCUACAUAGGCACUCCUCCCAUCUCUGUCACCUGGAAAAGAAAUGGCAUGCCCAUAGCUCAGUCUCCACGCUGCAGUGUUACAGCUACUGACAAAUCUGGCAUUCUUGAAAUCUUCAACAGCACCAAAAGUGAUGAAGGCGAAUACACCUGUGAGGUGGCAAAUGAGGCGGGUGGGGAUGUUUGCCACAGCCUUGUAUCUGUCUUAGAACCACCCUAUUUUGUCACACACCUGGACCGUGUGGAGGUGAAGGUUGGCGAGCCCUUGAUCUUAAAAUGCCAGAUUGGUGGUGCGCCAGAAAUCAAGGUUUCCUGGUACAAAGAUGACACCAAGCUCAGAUCAACACAGGCAUACAAAAUGCACUUCAAGAAUAACGUGGCAACCCUGGCAUUCUCCACGGUGGAGGAUAGUGACAUUGGAGAAUAUAUCUGCAAAGCAGAAAAUAACGUUGGCUUCGCCACCUCCACAGCUUUGCUUGUUGUUAAAGAACGUCAACUUCCCCCUACAUUCGCCAGAAAACUGAAAGAUAUUCAGGAGGCAGUUGGUGCCCCAGUGACGUUUGAUUGCCGCAUAAAUGGCUCAGAGCCUAUCCAGGUGUCUUGGUACAAGGAUGGGGUUCUUCUAAGUGACAGUGAUAACAUGCAGUCAGCCUUCUUAAAUAAUGUUGCGACUCUCCAGAUCUUGCAAACUAGUAUGGCUUACUGUGGCCAAUAUACUUGCUCAGCCCAAAAUGCUCUGGGGACGGCAUCUUCCAGCGCCAAACUUCUCCUCACAGAACAUCUACAACCUCCCUUCUUUGACAUCAAGCCAGUAUCUAUCGAUGUGGCCCUAGGGGAAAGUGCAACCUUUAAGUGCCACAUGACUGGCUCUGCUCCCAUGAGGAUUACUUGGACCAGAGACAACAGAGAGAUCCGCCCAGGUGGCAACUACAAGAUGACUCUGGUGGAAAACACAGCCAGCUUGACAGUCCUAAAAGUCAGUAAAGUGGAUGCUGGACUCUACACAUGUACUGCCAGCAACAGUGUUGGAAAGGACGCAUGCGCAGCUCAGCUGGCUGUACAAGAACCACCAAGGUUUAUUAAGAAAUUAGACUCCUCAAGACUUGUGAAACAGCAUGAUUCCACUAAGUAUGAAUGCAAAAUAGGUGGAUCUCCAGAAAUCAAAGUCACUUGGUACAAAGGUGAAACUGAGAUCCAUCCCAGUGAAAAAUACACCAUGUCCUUCGUGGAUUCAGUGGCAGUCAUUGAAAUGCACAACCUUAGUGUUGAAGACAGUGGUGACUACACUUGCGAAGCUCAGAAUCCAGCGGGUAGUGCAAGCACCAGUACCUCACUGAAAAUAAAAGCACCCCCUAUUUUUACCAAGAAGCCCCAUCCAGUCCAGACCUUGAAAGGGUCUGAUAUUCACCUGGAAUGCGAGCUUCAGGGCACUCCUCCAUUCCAGAUUUCUUGGUAUAAAGACAAACGAGAAAUUCGGAGCAGCAAGAAAUAUAAGAUCAUGUCCGAGAACUACCUAGCUAGUAUUCACAUUCUCAGUGUGGAUACUGCAGAUGUUGGUGAAUAUCACUGUAAAGCUGUAAAUGAUGUGGGAAGUGACUCCUGUAUUGGCUCUGUAACACUAAGAGCACCACCAACCUUUGUGAAGAAGCUGAGUGAUCUCACUGUCGUAGCUGGGGAGUCGAUUGAACUGCAGACUGCAGUAGAAGGAUCACAGCCCAUUUCUGUUCUGUGGUUAAAAGACAAAGGGGAAAUCAUUAGAGAAAGUGAUAAUCUUUGGAUCUCCUAUUCAGAAAACAUUGCAACUAUAAGGAUUGGAAAUGCAGAACCAGCCAAUGCUGGGAAGUACGUUUGUCAGAUAAAAAAUGAUGCUGGAGUUCAGGAAUGCUUUGCCACGCUGACAGUGCUAGAACCUGCAGUCAUUGUAGAGAAGCCAGGCCCAGUCAAAGUUACAGCUGGAGACUCUUGCACUCUGGAAUGCACAGUAGAUGGCACACCAGAGCUUACUGCUAGGUGGUUUAAGGACGGGAAUGAACUGUCGACUGACCAUAAAUAUAAAAUCAGUUUCUUCAACAAAGUAUCGGGGCUUAAGAUCCUCAAUGCAAGACUAGAAGACAGUGGAGAAUAUACUUUUGAGGUGAAAAACAGCGUUGGUAAAAGCAGCUGCACAGCUUCAGUGCAUGUUUCAGAUCGUAUUAUACCUCCUUCUUUCACAAGAAAACUGAAAGAAACGUAUGGUCAGCUGGGUUCUUCUGCUGUACUGGAGUGCAAAGUUUAUGGGUCACCACCUAUUCUGGUUUCCUGGUUUCAUGAUGGACAGGAGAUUACCAGUGGAGACAAGUAUCAGGCUACCCUUACAGACAAUACCUGUUCUCUGAAAGUGAAUGGACUUCAGGAAUCUGAUAUGGGAACUUAUUUGUGCACAGCUACUAACGUAGCUGGGUCUGAUGAAUGCAGCGCAUUUUUGAGUGUUAGAGAACCACCAUCUUUUGUGAAGAAACCUGAACCACUGAAUGUCUUGUCUGGGGCAAACAUAACCUUUACCAGUAUCAUAAAAGGCUCCUCUCCAUUGGAAGUUAAAUGGUUUAGAGGUAGUGUUGAGCUAGUACCAGGACACAGAUGCAGUAUCACCUUGCAAGAUUCAAUUGCAGAACUGGAGCUGUUUGAUGUAGAUCCGCUUCAGAGUGGAGACUACACCUGCCAGGUCUCUAAUGAAGCAGGGAAGAUUUCUUGCACAACACAUCUUUUUGUCAAAGAACCAGCCAAAUUUGUGAAGAAGGUGAACGAUAUAAGUGUAGAGAAAGGGAAAAAUUUAAUCUUGGAAUGCACAUAUACGGGUACUCCACCAAUUUCAGUGACAUGGAAGAAAAAUGGAGUAAAAAUUACGCACUCUGAAAAGUGUAGCAUCACCACUACAGAAACAUCUGCCAUACUGGAAAUCCCUAGUAGCAAACUAGAAGAUCAGGGGCAAUAUUCUUGUCAUAUUGAAAAUGAAUCUGGACAAGAUAAUUGUCAUGGUGCAAUCACAAUACUAGAACCACCUUACUUCAUUACACCCUUGGAGCCAGUGCAGGUGACUGUUGGGGAUUCUGCAUCCUUACAGUGCCACGUUGCUGGAACACCAGAAAUGAUUGUAUCGUGGUACAAAGGUGAUACAAAGCUGAGAGGAACUGCUACUGUGAAAAUGCACUUUAAGAACCAAGUUGCCACUCUGGUUUUCAGCCAAGUAGACAGUAGUGACAGUGGGGAGUACAUCUGCAAAGUAGAAAACACCAUUGGGGAGGCUGCUUCAUCAUCUUUGCUGACAGUUCAAGAGCGUAAACUUCCUCCUUCUUUUACAAGAAAAUUGAGAGAUGUUCAUGAAACUGUUGGCUUACCAGUUACAUUUGAUUGUGGCAUUGCUGGUUCGGAACCUAUUGAAGUAUCUUGGUUUAAAGAUGGUGUACGUGUAAAAGAGGACUACAAUGUUCACACAUCCUUCGUAGAUAAUGUAGCAACUCUCCGGAUUUUGAAGACAGAUAGGAGCCUUAUUGGGCAAUAUACCUGCACAGCUACCAAUGCGAUUGGGACUGCUUCUUCUAGUGGCAGGCUUGUCCUUACAGAAGGGAAGACUCCUCCAUUCUUUGACAUCCCAAUUACACCUGUGGAUGGUAUUAUUGGAGAAAGUGCUGACUUUGAGUGUCACAUUUCUGGAACACAGCCUAUUAGAGUCACUUGGGCAAAAGAUAACCAAGAGAUUAGAACAGGAAGAAACUACCAGAUCAGUUAUGUAGACAACACAGCCCACUUGACCAUCUUGAGAGUUGACAGGGGAGACUCUGGAAAGUAUACAUGCUAUGCUAGCAAUGAAGUUGGAAAGGACUCUUGCACAGCUCAACUGACUGUGAAAGAACGAAAAACUCCACCUACUUUCACUAAGAAACUGUCUGAAGCAGUAGAAGAAACAGAAGGGAAUGAACUUAAACUUGAAGGCCAUGUUUCCGGCUCUCAGCCUUUGACUGUUGCUUGGUAUAAAAACAAUCAGGAAGUUCAUUCAAGCCCUCAUUGUGAAAUAUCUUUCAAAAACAAUACCUUACUUUUGCAUAUAAAGAGCGUAGAGCAAUCAGAUGCUGGUUUAUAUACCUGUAAAGUGUCCAAUGAAGCAGGAAGUGUGUUGUGUACGUCUUCUGUUGUUAUCAGAGAACCUAAAAAGCCUCCAGUUUUUGACCAGCCUCUUCAGCCAGCAGCAGCAAAGGAAGGUGAUACCCUACAGCUCAGCUGCCACGUCCAAGGAUCACAGCCAAUCCAGAUUCAGUGGCUGAAGGCAGGGAGAGAAAUAAGAGCUUCAGACAGAUGCAACUUCAGCUUUGCUAAUGGAGUAGCUCUUCUGGAACUUGCUGCGGUUACCAAAUCUGAUUCAGGAGAAUAUGUAUGCAAAGCUUCAAAUGCAGCUGGCACUGAUACUUGCAAAUCUAAAGUGACAGUUAAAGAAAAACCAGCAGCUGCACCAGCAGCUAAAAAAGCAGAAGUGGAAGGAAAACUUUAUUUUGUGCAAGAGCCUCAGAGUAUCAAAGUCAUGGAAAAGACUGUUGCAAAAUUUAUUGCAAAAGUUGGAGGAGACCCAAUUCCAAAUGUUAAAUGGAUGAAGGGAAAAUGGAGGCAACUCAACCAGGGAGGUCGCGUUACAAUCCAGCAGAGAGGAGAUGAAGCCAAACUAGAAAUAAGGAAUGCAAUAAAAACUGAUUCUGGCAUGUACAAAUGUGUAGCUUUUAACCAACAUGGUGAAAUUGAGAGGAGUGUAAACCUACAAGUUGAAGAAAGAAAGAAAGAAGUUGUUGAAGGGGAUCUCAGGGCAAAACUGAAAAGCACUCCAACAAAAAGGAAGGAAGAAGAGGAAGAGCAACCUAUUGAUAUCUUGGAACUUCUCAAAAACGUAGAUCCCAAAGAAUAUGAGAAAUAUGCUCGCAUGUAUGGAAUUACAGAUUUCCGUGGCCUCCUGCAAGCCUUUGAGUUACUAAAGCAAACCCAAGCAGAAGAAAGCCAUAGAUUGGAAAUUGAGCUCACAGAAAAAGCUCGAAGAGAAGAUCAGGAGUUUGAUGAACUUGUAGCUUUUAUUCAGCAACGACUUACACAGACAGAGCCUAUUACUCUGAUCAGAGACAUUGAAAAUCAGAUGGUUUUAACAGAUGAGGAUGCUAUUUUUGAAUGUGAGAUUAAAAUUAACUAUCCAGAAAUUAAACUUUCAUGGUACAAGGGAACCCAGAAACUGGACUCCAAUAACAAAUAUGAAAUUAGAAUUGAAGGUGAUCGCCACAUACUGAGGAUCAGGAACUGCCAACUUGAAGAUCAGGGAAAUUUCAGAAUAGUGUGUGGACCACACAUUGCCAGUGCCAGGCUAACUGUGAUCGAACCUGCAGUUGAACGCCAUCUUCAUGACACUGCUUUCAAGGAAGGAAACACAUGCACGCUGUCUUGUCAGUUCUCUAUCCCAAAUGCCAAGUCUCAGUGGUAUAGAAAUGGGAGACCCAUUAAGACAGGAGGGAGAUAUUCAACACAAGUCUCUGACAAAGUACACAAACUCAUCAUCAAGGAUGUUAGAACAGAAGACCAGGGACAAUAUACCUGCAAGCUUGACAAUCUAGAAACAACUGCAGAUCUGGCUGUUGAAGCGGAACCAAUUCAGUUCACAAAGAGCAUACAGAACAUUGUAGUGAGUGAACACCAGUCUGCAACCUUUGAGUGCGAGGUGUCUUUUGAUGAUGCAGUUGUGACAUGGUAUAAAGGCCCCACUGAACUGAGAGAGAGUCCCAAGUACAGCUUCAGAAGUGAAGGUCGCUGUCAUUAUAUGACUAUUCACAAUGUUACUGCAGAAGAUGAAGGUGUAUAUUCUGUAAUUGCUCGUCUUGAACCAAGAGGAGAAGCAAGAAGCACUGCAGAGCUCUAUCUGGUAACCAAAGAAAUCAAACUGGAGUUGAAGCCACCAGAUGUUCCUGAUGCCAAGGUUGCAGUUCCACCUCAAAAACCAGCUGAAGCUGCCCCGAUUCCUAUUCUUCUGCCUCUUGUUCCACCACCAGAGGAGAAAAAGCCAGCAGAAAAAAAGGUGCCAGUAAAGAAAAUCACCAAAAAGGUGGUUAAAAAAGGUCCUGAAGAAGUUCCACCACCUAAAGUUCCUGAGGUGCUGCCAGAGAAGCCCAAAGAGAUCAAAAUAACAUCGAUGGCAAGGAGAGAAGAGAUUCAUGAAGAAAAGAAGGAAAUAUAUGAAAAGCCCAAAGAAACUUAUGAAGAAUGGGAAGAAGAUUAUGGAGAAGACCAUGACUAUUAUGUCAAGGAAGAAGGCUAUGAUGAAGGGGAAGAGGAAUGGGAAGAAGCUUAUGAGAAAAGAGAAGUGACUUAUGAAGAAAAACGAGUCAUUCAUGAAGAAGUGGUUGAAGUUCCUAAGAAGCCUGUGCCUGAGCGAAAACCAUCAGCAAUUACAGCUGAAAAGAAGGAAAAGAAAGAAGUAACAGUUCGUAAAGUUGUCAAGAAACCUGUUGAUGAAAAAGUGGAGAUAACCACUCAGAGGGUUGCAGAAGAAAAAGUCAAACAGGCUGAGGUUACCAAGAAAGUUCUACCACCAAAACCUACACCAAUGAUCAUUGAGGAAAAAGUUAUGAAAAAGGAAGUACCGACAGUAGAAACAUGGACUGUUUCAGAAGAAAAGAUGUCGGUUUCUGUCCACAGAGAAGAAGAGUAUUCAUAUGUCACAGAGCCAACAGAGCAUGAGAAAACAGUUGAAGAAAGAUUCUUUGAAGCUGUUUACCCGAUUGAAGCACAUAAGGAAAUAGAAGAGGAGGAAGAAGAGGAAGAAGAAGUAAUUUCUACAGAACUGGAGAUCCCUCACGUUGAAGUGCCUGAGAUACCAAAGAGGCAUGUUCCAGAAGAAAGAAAGCCCACUCCUGUCCUUAAAAAAGAAGCUCCACCAGCUAAAGUGCCUGAAGUCCCCAAGAAACCUGUUCCAGAAAAGAAAGUUGCUGUUGCUAAAAAGGAGGUGGCUCCCCCAGCAAAAGUUCCUGGAGUGCCUAAAAAACCUGUGCCUGAAGAAAAAGUACAUGUUCCUGCUCCCAAAGAAGAACCUCCACGUGCCAAAGUGCCAGAGGUGCCUAAGAGAGCUCCCCCAGAGAAAAAAAUUGCUAUUCCAAAAAGAGAGGAAGCUCCACCACCUAAAGUGCCAGAAGUACCUAAGAAACCAGCCCCAGAAGAAAAAGUACCGCAUGUUCCUAAAGUAGAAGAAGCUCCACCUGCAAAAGUGCCUGUGGUUCCUAAGAAACCUGUUGCUAAAGAAAAAGUAUCUCCUGCUGUUCCUAAAAAAGUUGAGGCUCCUCCAGCUAAAGUGCCUGAAGUGCAGAAGAAAGCCACUUUUGAAGAAAGAGUACUUAUUACAGAAGAAAGAAUAUCUGUCGACAUUCCAGAGGAAAUCCCACCACAUGAAGAACCAACAGUUGAAGAAUGGGCUGAAGAAGAAAUGGAGGAAGUGUCUAUUUCCAUUCACAAAGAAGAGAUUUCUGAAGUGAGUGAAGAAGAGUCUUACUACAUAGAGGAGAGGGUAACUGUUCCUAAAAGAGAGGAAGUCCCACCCACUAAAGCGCCUGAGAAGCAUAGGAGAGUUGUCCCUGAACCAAAAGUUCCAGCUGCCCCUAAGGAAGCUCCAGGAGUUAAAGUUCCUGAAGUUCGUAAGAAAGCAGUUCCUAAAGAGAAGGUACCUGUCCAUGUGCCUAAAAAAAUGGAGGCUCCACCAGCAAAAGAACCUCCAGAAGAACGGGUGCCCACUUUUGAGAUACAAGUUGAAGAACCUCCAUCAACCAAAGUGACUGAAGUGCACAGGAAAAUUAUCACAGAAGAAAAAGUUGCCGUUGCUAAAAAAGAGGAGGCUCCACCAAAAAGAGCAGUGCCCAAGAAGCCUGUGCCAGAAGACAAAGUACCUGUUCCAGUUUCAAGGAAAGUGGCAGCUCCACCAGCUAAAGUGCCAGAAGCACUGAAGAAAAUUGGAAGAGAAGAAAGAGUAUCCAUUGCUGUUCCAAAAAGAAAAGUGUCUCCACCACCACAAGAACCAACAGAAGAAGAACACUGGGCUAUGUCAGAGGAAGUAUCCAUUUCUCUUCACACAGAAAAGGAGAUUUCAUACACAGUGCCUGAUGUACCAGAAAGGGCUAUCAUUGAAGAAAGAGUACCAAUUUAUCCUCCUAAAAAAAUGGCAAGACCACCAGCCAAAGUGCCUGAAGUACGCAAGACAGUUGUCCGAAAAGAAAAAGGGUAUGUUGAAGUUCCUCACUAUAAAAAGGAAGAAGAGGUUCCAAAAUAUGAAGAGGAAGAAGCCACCAGAUAUGAGAAGGAGGUAAUCCAUUACAAGGAGGAAGUCCACCAUUAUGAAGAAGUUAGUCACUAUGAGGAGGAAGUUCCUCAGUAUGAAGAAGUUCCUCAAUAUGAAGAGGAAGAAGUCACCCGUUAUGAAGAAGCAGCUGCUUAUUAUGAAGAGGAAGUUCAGGAAUAUGAGGAGGAAGAGUCAGAAAUUCCCCAGUAUGAAGAGGAGGCUCCCCCACCAGUUAGAGUGCCUGAGGCUCCCAAGAAGCCUAUUCCAGAGGAAAAAGCACCUAUUCUGAAGAAAAAAGAAGCUCCUCCAGCAGAAGUGCCUGAGGUGCCAAAGAAACCUGUACCUGGAAAGAAAGUCCAAGUGCCAAAGAAGGAAGCUCCCCCAGCUAAAGUUCCAGACGUGCCGAAGAAACCUGUGCCAGAAGAGAAGGUUCCUGUUCCUGUACCAAAAAAGAAAGAAGUUCCACCUGUCAAAGUGCCUGAAGUACCAAAGAAACCUGUGCCAGAAGAGAAGGUACUUGUCCCGGUGCGUAAAAAAGUAGAAGAACCUCCACCAGCCAAAGUGCCAGAAAUACCAAAACCUCGCCGUGAAGAGGUACCUAUUUUUGCUCCUGAAGAAGAAGAAGAGGAAGAGGAAGCUGUUCCAGAGAUACCACCAAAAGUGCCAGAGGUGCCCAAGAGAGCUGUCCCAGAAGAAAAAGUGUCUGUUGCAGUUCCUAAAGUAAAGAAAAUUCCACCAGCUAAAGUGCCUGAGGUGGCAAAGAAAGUUGUGCCUGAAGAAAAGGUUCCCAUUUUUGUUCCUGAGGAAGGAGAGGAAACUAUUCCAGAGGAAACUAUGCCAGCAAAAGAGCCAGAGAUUCCUAAGAAACCUGUCCCAAAAGAAAAAAUACCUGUACGCACGCCUGAGAAAGUAGAGCUUCCUCCAGCAAAAGUGCCCGAGAUGCCUAAGAAACCUGUUCCUGAAGAGGAAGAACCUCUUCCUAAAAAGGUGCCAGCUCCACCAGCCAAAGUACCCAAGAUGCCUAAAAAGGUUGCUCCUGAAGAGAAAGUACCUGUUGCCCCCCCUGAAAAAGUGGAGGUUCCAGCUGCAAAAGUCCCUGAGGUGCGUAAAAGACCUGUUGCAGAAGAGAAAGUGCCAACUGUUGUGCCCAAACCCAAAGAACCAACACCAACUAAAGUGCCUGAAGUAUCCAAGAAACUUGCCCGGAAAGAAAAAGUCCCUGCUCCUGUAAUGGAGAAGUAUGAGUAUGCAUAUGAAGAGUAUGAGAAGUAUGAGACAUACGAAAGUAUUGAAGAGUUUGAGAAGGUUCAGGAAACUGAAGAAAUUGAGGCAUAUGAGGAACCCGAAGAACCUGAAAAAUAUAAGGAGAUUCAGGAACAGGAAUACGAAGAGGAGGCUGAGGAGAAAGAAGAUGUCUAUGAAAAGUAUGAGUUAAAGGAGAAGGAAGAGAUCUAUGAAAAAUAUGAGGAGGUUUACGAAAUCCAACCAGCUAUAGUGCCUGAGGUGCCUAAAAGACCCCUGCCAGAAGAAAAAGUACCUGUUCCUGUUCCUAAAAAAGAAGCUCCGCCAGCUAAAGUGCCAGCGGUGCCAAAGAAACCUGUUCCAAAAGAAAAAGUACUACCUGCUGCUCCUAAAAAGGAAAUGACUCCACCAGCUAAAGUGCCAGAGGUGCCCAAGAAAAUUCCAGAAGAGAAAGUACCCAUUGCUGUGCCUAGAAAACCAGAACCAACACCAGCCAAAGUGCCUGAAGCACCCAAGAAAGUAGUUGUAGAAGAGAAAAUCAAAGUUGCUGUGCCUAAAAAGCCAGAAGUACCACCAGCUAAAGUGCCUGAGGUACCAAAGAAAGUGGUCCCAGAAGAGGUUUCAGUUAAAGUACCAAAGAAACCAGAACCUCCACCAACUAAAGUGCCUGAGGUGCCCAAGAAAGUGGUUUCUGAAGAAAAAGUACAUAUUGAAGUUCCUAAAAAACCAGAAAUUCCACCACCUAAAGAACCUGAGGUGCCAAAGAAAGUUGCUCCAGAAAAGAAAAUACCUGUGCAUAAAAUACCAGAACCUGAGGUUGUGCCUAAAGAACCAGAACCUGUAGUUGUCCCAGAACCGGAGGCUGCACCUGAAGAACCAGAACCUCUACCAGAGAAAGUGCCCGAGAUGCCCGAGGCAGAGGUCCUGGAAGAGGAAGAGGAGGAGGAAGCGCCAGAAGAGGUGGCACCAGUUGCUGAGCCUGGAGAGCCAGAAGCUCCUCCAGCUCAAGUGCCCGAGGUGGCCGAGGAGGAAGAGCACGAAGAGGAGGUGCCAGUGAUCGUUCCCCCAGAGCCUGUGGCUGUGCCCAAGAAGCCUGUGGCUGUGCCCAAGAAGCCUGUGGCUGUGCCAAAGAAACAAGAAGCUCCACUAGCUAAAGUGCCCGAGAUGCCCGAGGCAGAGGUCCUGGAAGAGGAAGAGGAGGAGGAAGCGCCAGAAGAGGUGGCACCAGUUGCUGAGCCUGGAGAGCCAGAAGCUCCUCCAGCUCAAGUGCCCGAGGUGGCCGAGGAGGAAGAGCACGAAGAGGAGGUGCCAGUGAUCGUUCCCCCAGAGCCUGUGGCUGUGCCCAAGAAGCCUGUGGCUGUGCCCAAGAAGCCUGUGGCUGUGCCAAAGAAACAAGAAGCUCCACUAGCUAAAGCUCCUGAAUUAAGGAAGAAAGUUGUGACUGCAAAACCUGGUGAGCCUCCCAAAUUGGAACCCCCACCUGCUAAAGUGCCUGGACUUGUAAAGAAACCUCGCAGAGUAAUUCCCGAAGUUACUCCUCCACCAAAAGAAGAAGUUGUUUUGAAAAGAGUUCUUAAAAAGAAAUCAGAAGAGGAAGAACCUAAACCAGAAAAAGAACCUAAACCGGAAGUUAAGCCAGUACCGACACCAGUAGAAAAAAUUAAGAAACCUGAAGUCCCAGAAGUUCCUAAGAAGAAAACUGAGAUACCUAUCAUAAAAAAAGAGGAGAAACACGUGCCUGAACCACCUAAAGAACCUAAGCAAGCAGCUAUCCCACUUCCUGGGCCUGAACCUAAACCUGCAGUAGCUCUAAAAUCUCCAAAACCAGCAGCAGAACCAGCACCAGCUGUUACUACUCCAGUGACAGUCCCAGUGGUUGGAAAGAAAGCAGAGGCCAAGCCACCAAAAGAAGAAACUCCGAAGGGUAUCAGUCCAGUCAAAGCCAAGAAGACACCUUCACCAGCAGAUGCAGAAAGAAGGAAACUCAGGCCAGGCAGUGGUGGUGAAAAACCUCCUGAAGAGCCUCCAUUCACUUACCAACUCAAGGCCGUACCACUGAAGUUUGUCAAGGAGAUGAAAGAUAUAGUGCUAACAGAAGCUGAAUCUGUUGGGUCUUCUGCAAUCUUUGAAGUCCUUAUUUCACCAUCCACUGCAAUUACCAGCUGGAUGAAGGAUGGAAGUAACAUCCGAGAGAGCCCCAAACACAAGUUUAUUGCUGAUGGCAAAGACAGGAAGCUGCAUAUUAUUGAUGUCCAGCUGUCAGAUGCUGGUGAAUAUACUUGUGUAUUACGACUGGGGAACAAAGAGAAGACCUCUACAGCCAAACUCAUUGUUGAAGAACUCCCGGUGAGGUUUGUGAAAACUCUUGAAGAAGAAGUCACUGUGGUUAAAAGCCAGCCACUGUACUUGACAUGUGAGCUUAACAAAGAAAGAAGUGUGGUCUGGAGGAAGGAUGGGAAGAUCAUCAAAGACAAGCCUGGGAAAUUUGCUCUGGGCAUUAUUGGUUUGUCGCAUUCCCUCACGAUCACUGAUUCAGAUGAUGCUGAUGCUGGCACUUACACUGUUACCGUGGAAGACACUGAGCUCUCAUGCUCCUCUUGUGUUAAGGUAGUAGAAGUGAUAAGAGACUGGUUAGUAAAACCCAUAAGAGACCAGCAUGUGAAACCAAAAGGAACAGCUACUUUCACCUGUGACAUUGUCAAGGAUACACCAAACUUUAAAUGGUUUAAAGGAGAUGAGGAAAUCCCUGCUGAACCAACUGACAAGACAGAAAUCUUGAAAGAAGGAAAUAAAAUUUUCCUAAAAAUCAAGAAUGCUGGCCCUGCUGAUGUUGGGGAAUAUUCAGUGGAAGUUGAAGGUCGCAGAUACCCAGCUAAACUGACCCUUGGCGAACGUGAAGUUGAACUACUCAAACCAUUAGAGGAUGUUACAGUUUACGAGAAAGAAACAGCAAACUUUGAUACAGAAAUAUCUGAGGAUGAUAUUCCCGGUGAAUGGAAGUUGAAAGGAGAAAUCCUGAGACCCUCACCUACUUGUGAAAUCAAAGCUGAAGGAGGAAAACGCUUCCUAACCUUGCACAAAGUCAAGUUAGAGCAAGCUGGUGAAGUCCUUUACCAGGCACUUAAUGCAGUUACUACAGCUAUCCUGACAGUGAAAGAAAUUGAACUGGACUUUGCUGUGCCCCUAAAAGAUGUUACCGUCCCUGAGAGGCGCCAAGCAAGGUUUGAAUGUGUCCUUACCAGAGAGGCCAAUGUUAUAUGGUCUAAGGGCACUGAUAUACUCAAGAUUGGAGAAAAAUUUGACAUCAUUGCAGAUGGAAAGAAGCAUAUUCUUGUAAUCAAUGAUUCUCAGUUUGAUGAUGAGGGAGAAUACACUGCUGAAGUUGAUGGCAAGAAGAGCACAGCAAGGCUGUUUGUGGAAGGUGUGAGGCUGAAGUUCAUCUCACCUCUACAGGAUCAAACGGUGAAAGAAGGGGAAACAGCUCACUUUCAGUUUGAGCUUUCUCAUGAAGGCAUGCUAGUAAAAUGGUACAAAAAUGACAAGAGACUCCACACAAGCAGAACAGUUUUUAUUACUUCAGAAGGCAAAGUUCAUAAACUAGAAAUGAGAGAAGUAACACUUGAUGAUAUCUCCGAAAUAAAGGCCGUAGUCAAGGACUUGAACACACAAGCAAACCUCAAAGUCUUAGAGGCCGAUCCAUAUUUCACUGUGAAAUUACAAGACUACAGUGCUGUGGAGAAAGAUGAUAUUAUUCUGGAGUGUGAACUCAGCAAAGAUGUGCCAGUAAAAUGGUACAAAGACGGCGAAGAACUAGUAGCUUCCAACAGAAUUUCCAUAAAAACAGAUGGCUUGCGCCGUAUCCUGAAGAUCAAGAAGGCUGCAGAGAGUGAUAAGGGUGUUUAUGAGUGUGACUGUGGAACUGACAAGACAAGUGCUAAUGUCAGCGUUGAACCUCGCUUAAUUAAAGUGGAGCGCCCACUGUAUGGAGUGGAAGUAUUUGUUGGUGAAACAGCACGUUUUGAAAUUGAAAUUUCUGAGCCUGAUGUCCAUCCUAUAUGGAAGCUAAAGGGAGAAACCCUAACACCUUCACCUGACUGUGAAAUCAUUCAGGAUGGGAAGAAGCAUACUCUUGUCCUUCAUAACUGCAAACUUGAUAUGACUGGAGAAGUGUCUUUCCAAGCUGCUAAUGCUAAAAGUGCUGCUAAUCUGAAAGUGAAAGAAUUGCCUCUCAUCUUUAUCACUCCACUAAGUGACGUGAAGGUCUUUGAGAAGGAUGAAGCCAAGUUUGAAUGUGAGGUGUCCAGAGAACCCAAGACUUUCCGCUGGCUGAAAGGAACACAAGAGAUCACUCCCGAUGAAAGAUUUGAAAUUAUUUCAGAUGGAACAAAGCAUGCUCUGAUUAUUAAAUCUGUUGCAUUUGAGGAUGAAGCUAAAUACAUGUUUGAAGCUGAGGAUAAGAGAACAAGUGCCAAGCUAAUUAUUGAAGGUAUCCGCCUGAAAUUCAUUACUCCUCUCAAGGAUGUAACAAAAAAGGAGCGAGAAACUGCAGUGUUCACUGUGGAACUCUCCCAUGAAAAUAUCCCUGUUGUCUGGUUCAAGAAUGACCAGCGAUUACAUACCAGCAAAGUGGUUUCAAUGGCAGAUGAUGGCAAAUUCCAUACACUCACAAUCAAAGAUCUUACUAUUGAUGAUACUUCUCAGAUUAGAGUAGAAGCUAUGGACAAAUCCUCAGAAGCUAAACUCACUGUUCUUGAGGGAGACCCUUACUUCACUGGGAAGCUGCAGGAUUACACUGCUGUAGAGAAAGAUGAAGUAAUCUUACAAUGUGAAAUCAGCAAAGCAGAUGCCCCAGUGAAAUGGAUGAAGGAUGGCAAACCAAUUACUCCAUCAAAGAAUGUUGUUAUUAAGGCUGAUGGUAAAAAGAGAAUCCUUAUCCUCAAGAAAGCUUUGAAGAAAGACAUUGGACAGUACACUUGUGACUGUGGUACUGAUCAAACCUCUGCUAAACUCAAUAUUGAAGACCGGGAUAUUGAGAUUAUACGUCCACUACACAGUGUGGAGGUGAUUGAGACAGAGACUGCCCAUUUUGAUAUUGAAAUUUCUGAGGAAGGUGUCCAUGGCAAUUGGAAGCUAAAAGGAGAACCCCUGACUGAAUCAGCUGAAUGUGAAAUCAAGGAGGAAGGCAAAAAGCACUUCCUUACGCUGUACAAUGUACGCUUAGAUCAAGCUGGUGGAGUAGAUUUCCAAGCAGCAAAUGCCAAAUCUGGUGCUCACCUUCGAGUGAAACCUCGAGUAAUUGGUUUGCUGAGACCCCUCAAGGAUGUAACAGUGACAGCUGGGGAAUCAGCAACCUUCGACUGUGAACUCUCUUAUGAGGGAAUCCCAGUAGAGUGGUUCCUGCAAGGAAAGAAACUGGAGCCCAGUGAUAAGGUCGUGACACGUGCUGAAGGGAGAGUUCACACACUUAUUCUUAGAGAUGUCAAGUUAACAGAUGCGGGAGAGGUAUCACUGACAGCAAAAGAUUUCAGAACUCAAGCAAAUCUUUUUGUGAAAGAACCCCCAGUUGAAUUUACUAAACCACUUGAGGACCAGACUGUUGAAGAGGAGGCCACUGCAAUACUGGAAUGUGAAGUUUCUAGGGCAAAUGCGAAAGUUAAAUGGUUCAAAAAUGGAGAGGAAAUUCACAAAACAAAGAAGUAUGAUAUCAUUUCUGAUGGCAGGGUCAGAAAACUCAUUAUCCAUGGCUGCACACUGGAUGAUGCAAAAACAUAUACCUGUGAUGCUAAGGAUUUUAAGACAUCAUGUUUUCUUAAUGUAGAACCUAUUCGUGUUGAGUUCCUGAAACCCCUAACUGACCUUGAAGUUAAAGAGAAAGAAUCUGCUCGGUUUGAAUGUGAAAUCUCUCGUCCAGGUGUCAAGGUGAAGUGGUUUAAGGACGGCAUUGAAAUUAGAAAAGGCAAAAAGUAUGACAUAAUUUCCAAAGGUGCAGAACACAUUCUUGUUGUCAGUAAAUGUGUCUUCGAUGAUGAAGCUGAAUAUGCCUGUGAAGCAAAAACAGCUCGAACUUCAGGCCUACUUACAGUGAUAGAGGAAGAAGCUGUUUUCACAAAAAAUCUUCCUGAUCUUGAAGUAAAUGAAAAUGACACUGUAAAAUUGAUCUGUGAAGUUUCAAAGCCUAGUGCCGAAGUUACUUGGUUUAAAGGAGAUGAGGAGGUGCCUGAUGGUGGUAGAUUUGAACACAUUUCUGAUGGCCGAAAGAGAAUUCUGCUCAUACGUAAUGCUCAUCCUGAAGAUGCUGGCAAAUACACUUGCAAGCUCCCAAGCUCUAGUACAACGGGAAAACUUACUGUACAUGAACUUGCAGCAGAAUUUCUUACCAGACCACAAAAUCUUGAGGUGCUUGAAGGAGACAAAGCUGAAUUUGUCUGUUCAGUAUCCAAAGAGGCAAUUACAGUACAGUGGCUGAGGGGUGACACAGUCCUGGAGCCUGGUGAUAAGUACAACAUCAUUUCAGAUGGCAAAAAGAGAACACUUGUGGUUAAAGACUCUAUUCUAGGAGAUGCAGGAAAGUAUACUGUCAUGGUUGGUGAAGCUAAAGCUACAGCACGGUUAACAGUGAUUGAAAAACUCAGGAUUAUAACUCCCCUCAAGGACCAAGAAGUUAAUGAGGGUCAAGAAAUUAUCUUCAACUGUGAAGUCAAUAAAGAAGGUGCCAAAGAGAAGUGGUACAAAAAUGAUGAGGCGAUAUUUGAUAGUGCAAAAUACAUUAUUGUCCAGAAGGAUUUAGUUUACACCCUCAGAGUCAGAGAUGCACAGUUGAAAGACCAAGCUACCUAUACUAUCUCACUGUCAAACCAGAGAGGUGAACAUGUCAAAAGCUCUGCUGCCUUAACAGUAUUAGAGGAGGAACUCAGAAUUGUUGAGCCCCUUGAAGACAUUGAGACCAUGGAAAAGAAAACUGUCACAUUCUGGUGCAAAGUCAAUCGCCUUAAUGCAACCCUCAAAUGGACAAAGAAUGGUGAAGAGAUCACGUUCAACAAGCGCGUUUUGUACAAAAUUGAUAAAUACAAACAUUCACUCAUCAUUAAAGACUGUGGGUUUAUAGAUGAAGGUGAAUACACUGUUACUGCUGGACAAGACAAAUCUGUUGCAGAGCUUCUCAUCACAGAAGCACCAGCAGACUUCAUUGAACAUCUCCGGGAUCAGACCGUCACUGAAUUUGAUGAUGCUGUCUUUACAUGCCAGCUUUCCAAAGAGAAAGCCAGUGUAAGAUGGUACAGAAAUGGAAGAGAAAUCAAAGAAGGCAAAAAAUACCAGUUUGAAAAGGAUGGAAAUCUGCACAGAUUAAUCAUAAAAGACUGUAGACUAGAUGAUGAGUGUGAAUAUUCCUGUGGAGUGGAUGACAGGAAAUCUAGGGCAAGACUUUUUGUUGAAGAAAUCCCUGUUGAGAUCAUCCGACCACCACAAGAUAUUUAUGAAGCUCCUGGUGCAGAUGUCAUCUUCAUGGCUGAGUUGAACAAAGAUGGUGUGGAGGUCAAGUGGUUGAGAAACAACAUGAUUAUCGUCCAAGGUGACAAACAUCAGAUGAUGAGUGAAGGAAAGGUCCACAGGCUGCAGGUGUGUGAGAUAAAGCCUCGUGACCAAGGGGAGUACAGAUUUAUUGCCAAAGAUAAGGAAGCUAGAGCUAAGCUUGAAUUAGCUGCUGCACCUAGAAUCAAGACUGGUGAUCAAAACCUUGUGGUUGAUGUUGGGAAGCCUUUAACUAUGACUGUUCCAUAUGAUGCCUAUCCAAGAGCAGAAGCUGAAUGGUUGAAAGGGGAGGAAAGUCUGCCCACAGCAACUGUUGAUACAACAACUGACUGCACUACCUUCAAAAUUUAUGAAGCAAAGAAAUCAGAUAAGGGACGGUACAAGGUUAUACUUCGAAACAAACAUGGCCAGGCAGAAGCAUUCAUCAAUGUAGAGGUCAUUGAUGUUCCAGGUCCAGUUAGAAACUUGGAAGUCACUGAAACUUAUGAUGGUGAAGUUGGCCUUGCCUGGCAAGAACCAGAAAGUGAUGGCGGAAGUAAAAUAAUAGGCUACGUCAUUGAAAGACGUGAUAUCAAGCGUAAGACCUGGAUUAUGGUCACUGACCGUGCUGAAAAUUGUGAAUACACUGUUACUGGACUGCAAAAAGGAGGAGUUGAGUACCUCUUCCGUGUUAGUGCACGGAACAGAGUGGGCACUGGUGAGCCAGUGGAAACAGAGACACCUGUGGAAGCUAAGAGCAAAUUUGAUGUUCCUGGUCCUCCUCAAAAUGUAGAAGUUACUGAUGUGAACAGGUUUGGAGCUACACUUACCUGGGAACCGCCUGAGUAUGAUGGAGGAUCUCCAAUUACUGGCUACGUUAUCGAACUGCGUAACAGAGCUUCCAUCAAAUGGGAGCCAACUAUGACCACUGGAGCUGAUGAACUGUCAGCUGUCCUUACUGAUGUUGUGGAAAAUGAAGAAUAUUUCUUCCGAGUAAGAGCUCAAAACAUGGUUGGAGUUGGCAAACCAAGUCCUGCUACACGUGCAGUAAAAAUUAUGGACCCAAUCAAGAGACCGAGUCCUCCCAUUAACCUUGAUCAUUCUGAUCAAACUAAGUCAUCAGUGCAGCUCACAUGGGAACCUCCUCUCAAAGAUGGAGGAAGUCCAGUCUUAGGUUAUAUUGUUGAAAGGCAAGAAGAAGGAACAGACAAGUGGAUUCGCUGUAACCCAAAGCUAGUACCUGCUCUUACUUUUAAGGUAACUGGAUUGAAACCAGGAUCCAGUUAUUACUACAGAGUCUCAGCAGAAAAUGCAGCUGGUGUGUCUGACCCAGCGGAGGCUAUUGGGCCAUUAACUGCAGAUGAUACUUUUGUUGGACCCACAAUGGACCUAAGUGCAUUUAAAGAUGGGCUGGAAGUUAUUGUUCCAGAGCCAAUCAAGAUCCGAGUUCCUAUCACUGGCUACCCUGUGCCAACCGCCACAUGGUCUUUUGGUGACCAAGUCUUAGAAGAGGGUGAUCGUGUAACAAUGAAGACCACUGCCUCCUUUGCAGAACUUGUAAUUACUCCAAGUGAACGUCCAGACAAGGGAAUUUAUUCCUUAACAUUAGAAAACCCUGUGUCAUCUGUUUCAGGAGAAAUUGAUGUUAAUGUCAUUGCUCGUCCAAGUGCACCAAGAGAACUUAAAGUUUUAGACAUAGUCAAGAACACAGUACAGCUGUCAUGGGAACCUCCAGAAGAUGAUGGUGGAAGUCCAGUUACCGGCUAUAUAAUUGAAAAACGUGAAGUAAGCCGGAAAACAUGGAACAAAGUUAUGGAUCAUGUUGUUGACCAAGAGUUCACUGUACCUGACCUCAUCCAAGGAAAAGAAUAUUUAUUUAGAGUUUCUGCAUGCAAUAAAUGUGGCCCAGGAGAACCUGCAUAUAUUGAUGAACCUGUAAAUAUGUCAACACCAGCAACGGUGCCCGAUCCACCAGAGAAUGUUAAAUGGAGAAAUCCAACAUCAAAAGGAAUCUUCCUAACAUGGGAGCCUCCCAAAUAUGAUGGUGGUGCCCGCAUUAAGGGCUAUCUGGUAGAAAAAUCCCAACGUGGCACAGACAAGUGGGAGAUAUGUGGGGAGCCUGUUGUUGAAACAAAAAUGGAAGUAACAAAACUCAAGGAAGGAGAGUGGUAUGCAUAUCGGGUUAAGGCUUUGAACAGAAUAGGAGCUAGCAAGCCAAGUAAGCCAACAGAUGAUGUUCAGGCCAUUGAUGCAAAAGAGGCUCCAGAAAUUUUCUUAGAUGUGAAGCUUCUUGCUGGACUUACUGUGAAAGCUGGAACUAAAAUUGAGCUGCCAGCUAAAGUAACUGGAAAGCCUGAGCCCCAGAUUACUUGGACCAAGGCUGACAAAAUUUUGAGACCUGAUGACAGAAUUGCCAUUGAAACCAAACCUAAUCAUUCUACAGUCACUAUUACAGACAGCAAGAGGAGUGACAGUGGAACCUAUAUUAUAGAAGCUGUAAAUUCCAGUGGACGUGCUACUGCUGUUGUUGAAGUUAAUGUUCUUGAUAAACCUGGUCCACCAGCUGCAUUUGAUGUAUCAGAAAUCACAAAUGAAUCCUGCCUUCUGACGUGGAAUCCUCCACGAGAUGAUGGGGGUUCUAAAAUCACCAACUAUGUCCUUGAGAAAAGAGCUACAGACAGUGAAAUAUGGCACAAGUUGUCAUCAACUAUUAAGGAUACAAAAUUCAGAGCUACCAAUUUAAUUCCUCAUAAAGAAUAUGUGUUCCGAGUCAGUGCUGAGAACAUGUAUGGUAUUGGGGAGCCAGCACAGUGUAACCCCAUUAUUGCAAAAUAUUCAUUUGAUCCACCAGGCCCUCCAACAGGUCUCAAGCCUACAGAGGUCACUAAAGACUCAGUCACCUUAACAUGGAAUGAACCAGAUGAAGAUGGUGGCAGCCCCAUAACUGGCUACUGGGUUGAAAGAUAUGAUCCUGAACAGGAUAAAUGGAUAAAAUGCAAUAAAAUGCCAGUGAAAGAUACAACAUUCAAAGUUAAAGGUCUUACAAAUAAGAAGAAAUAUAAGUUCCGUGUCUUGGCAGAGAAUCUUGCAGGACCUGGAAAACCAAGCAAGGAAACGGAGCCAAUCUUAGUGAAAGACCCAAUUGAUCCACCAUGGCCUCCGGGAAAGCCAACUGUGAAAGAUGUUGGCAAGACAUCAUUAUUCCUGAACUGGACAAAGCCAGAACACGAUGGAGGGGCAAAGAUCGAAUCUUAUGUCAUUGAACUAUUAAAGACUGGAACAGAUGAGUGGGUGAGAGUAGCUGAAGGAGUUCCCACAACUGAACACUUCCUCAAAGGGCUUAUGGAGAAACAAGAAUAUUCAUUCCGUGUAAGAGCUGUGAACAAGGCUGGCGAGAGUGAGCCCAGUGAACCCAGUGACCCUGUGCUGUGCAAAGAGAGGCUCUAUCCUCCUUCACCACCUCGGUGGCUUGAGGUUAUUAAUAUUACUAAAAAUACAGCAGAUCUUAAAUGGACAGUGCCGGAAAAAGAUGGAGGUUCCCCAAUUACCAACUACAUUGUUGAAAAGAGAGAUGUAAGGCGAAAAGGGUGGCAGACAGUUGAUACAACAGUGAAAGAUACCAAGUACACAGUGAGCCCACUGACUGAAGGCUCAUUGUAUGUGUUCCGUGUGGCUGCUGAAAAUGCCAUUGGACAGAGUGAUUAUUGUGAAAUUGAAGAUUCAGUGCUUGCUAAAGAUACUUUCACAACACCUGGGCCUCCAUAUGCUCUUACAAUAGUUGAAGUGACAAAGGGUCAUGUUGAUUUGAAAUGGGAACCACCUAAGAAUGAUGGUGGCAGACCAAUCCAAAGAUAUGUUAUUGAAAAGAAAGAAAAACUAGCCACUCGCUGGGUAAAAGCUGGCAAGACAGCUGGUCCAGAUUGCAAUUUCAGAGUGACUGAUGUCAUUGAAGGUACAGAUGUACAGUUCCAGGUUCGUGCAGAAAAUGAAGCUGGCUGUGGUCAUCCCAGUGAACCAACCGACCUCAUUCAUAUUGAAGAUCCAACAAGCCCUCCUUCACCUCCUCAGGAUUUACAUGUCACAGAUGCAGGUCGAAAGCACAUUUGCAUUGCAUGGAAGCCACCUGAGAAGAAUGGUGGAAGCCCUAUUAUUGGGUAUAACGUUGAGAUGUGUGAAGCCGGAACAGAAAAAUGGAUGCGAAUCAAUUCUCGUCCAAUAAAAGACCUAAAAUGUAAAGUGGAAGAAGGUGUUGUUCCAGACAAGGAAUAUGUGCUGAGAGUCAGAGCUGUCAAUGCUGUUGGAGCUAGUGAGCCAUCAGACAUCUCAGAAAAAGUUGUUGCCAAGGACCCAGACUGCAAUCCAACCAUUGAUCUAAAAACCCGUGACAUUGUUGUUGUUAAAGGACAGAAAUUAAGUAUCCCUGUACCCUUCAGAGCUGUUCCAUCCCCAACUAUAACAUGGCACAAAGAUGGCAAGGAGUUGAAAGCUGGUGACAGAACAACAAUGAAGAGUGACUACACCUCUGCCUUGCUCGAAGUCAUAGACAGUGUUCAUGCUGAUGCUGGUGUUUAUACUAUCACAUUGGAGAACAAGCUGGCAUCAACAACUGGCUCAGUCAAUGUCAAAGUCAUAGGUCCACCUGGACAGUGUAAAGACAUUAAGGCAAGUGAAGUAACUAAGAAUUCCUGCAAAGUAUCCUGGGAACCUCCAGACUUUGAUGGUGGUACUCCUAUUCUGCAUUAUGUUCUGGAACGCAGAGAAGCUGGUCGUAGAACAUAUAUCCCAGUCAUGUCUGGUGAAAAUAAGCUCUCAUGGCAAGUCAAAGAUCUUAUCCCAAACUGUGAAUAUUACUUCCGUGUUAAAGCUGUCAAUAAGAUUGGAGGAGGUGAAUAUCUUGAACUAAGAAACCCAAUCAUUGCAGAAGACCCGAAACAGCCUCCAGAUCCUCCUGUUGACCUUGAGGUCCAUAAUCCAACAUCAAAAUCAGUAACACUUACAUGGAAACCACCCCUGUUUGAUGGUGGAAGCAAAAUUAUGGGCUAUAUAAUAGAAAAGCUUGCUAAGGGCAAGGAGAGGUGGGAGAGAUGCAAUGACUAUCUGGUACCUCUAUUAACUUAUCCAGUGAAAGGCCUUGAGGAAGGAAAGGAAUAUCAGUUCCGUGUUCGUGCUGAGAAUGCUGCUGGCAUCAGUGAGCCUUCUCGAAUUACUCCUUUUGUGAAAGCUGUGGAUCCUAUUGAGGCUCCAAAAGUCUUCCUUGCUGCAAACCUACAGUCUGGCCUUGAGGUGAAGAGAGGUGAUGAGAUCAUACUUGAGGCACAUAUUUCAGGGUCACCUUAUCCAUCUAUCACUUGGCUGAGGAAUGAUGAAGUUGUCAGACCAGAGGAAAUCAAAAAGAGAGUAACAACAUAUACAAGGAAGAAGAAGGGUGAAGCUGAAGAAGAGAAACCUUUCCAGCUUUCACUGCCAGAACGUACGAGUAUUGACAACCAUAAAGAAGGAGAGUCUGUACUAUCAAUUCGUGACUCCAUCAGAGCUGACCAUGGCACAUUUACAAUUAAAGUGGAAAAUGACCAUGGUGUUGCAAAAGCCUCAUGUGAAGUCAAUGUGUUAGAUACACCUGGGCCUCCAGUCAACUUCACGUUUGAAGAUGUGAGGAAAAAUUCUGUCAUUUGCAAGUGGGAGCCUCCCCUCGAUGAUGGUGGAAGUGAAAUCCUAAACUAUGUACUGGAAAAGAAAGACAAUACAAAAGCUGAAAUGGGCUGGGUCACUGUCAGUUCAACACUCAGGCAUUGCAAAUUCCAUGUAACAAAACUAAUUGAAGGAAAAGAAUAUCUUUUCCGUGUAUUUGCUGAAAAUAGAGUUGGACCAGGGCCACCAUGUGUUUCAAAACCAAUGACAGCGAAAGAUCCUUUCUCUCCACCAGAUCCACCUAAUAAGCCUGAUGUGCAAGAUGUUACCAGCAACAGCAUGUUGGUUAAAUGGAAUGAACCAAAAGACAAUGGCAGCCCAAUCAUAGGAUAUUGGAUUGAAAAACGUGAAAUUAAUAGUACUCAUUGGGCUCGAGUCAACAGGAACCUUGUGAAUGCUCUGGAAAUAAAAGUUGAAGGACUGCUGGAAGGAUUAACCUACAUCUUCAGAGUAUGUGCUGAAAAUGCAGCUGGCCCUGGUAAAUUUAGUCCACCAUCAGAUCCAAAAACUGCGCAGGACCCAAUAAUGCCUCCGGGUCCACCGAUUCCAAGGGUUGCUGAUACAAGCUCAACUUCUAUUGAGCUGGAAUGGGAACCUCCUGUGUAUAAUGGUGGUGGAGAUAUCACUGGUUACCAUAUAUACAAACAACUGGUGGGAGUAAAAGAGUGGUCACGUUGCACAGAGAAACCCAUUAAGGUUCGACAGUAUACUGUUAAAGAAGUCAGAGAAGGUGCAGACUAUAAACUCCGUGUUACUGCACUUAAUGCAGCUGGUGAAGGACCACCUGGUGAAACUGAACCCACAACAGUUGCAGAACCUAAAGAGCCUCCCACUGUCGAGCUGGAUGUUUCUGUCAAAGCAGGCAUUCAGAUCAUGGCUGGGCAAACUAUUAAAAUUCCUGCUACUGUGACAGGACGUCCUACUCCCACCAUUGCAUGGGCUGUGGAGGAGGGUGAAUUAGACAAAGAUCGAGUUGUUAUUGAAAAUGUUGGUACAAAAUCUGAGUUAACCAUUAAGAAUGCAUUGAGAAAAGACCAUGGAAGAUACGUAAUUACUGCUACCAAUAGCAGUGGUUCCAAAUCUGCAGGAACCAGAGUAGAAGUAUUUGAUGUUCCCGGGCCAGUCCUUGACCUAAAGCCAGUGGUCACAAACAGAAAGAUGUGUUUGCUUAACUGGUCUGAUCCUGAAGAUGAUGGUGGCAGCGAUAUCAUAGGCUUCAUUGUUGAACGGAAGGAUGCCAAAAUGCAUACAUGGAGACUAGCUAUAGACACAGAGAGAUCUAAAUGUGAUAUUACAGGUCUGGUUGAAGGGCAGGAAUAUAAAUUCCGUGUUAGUGCCAAGAACAAGUUUGGUACUGGUCCACCUGUUGAAAUAGGACCCAUUCUUGCAGUUGAUCCAUUAGGUCCUCCAACAGCACCUGAAAGGUUCAUGUACACAGAUAGGACAAAGUCAACAAUUACGCUUGAUUGGAAGCCUCCGCGUAGUGAUGGUGGCAGUCCUGUCUUAGGAUAUAUUGUUGAGAAGAGGAGACAUGAUUCAAAAGACUAUGAAAGAGUUAAUGCUAGACUCUGUCCAACAACAUCUCUUCUUGUUGAAAAUCUUGAUGAACUUCAUAUGUACGAAUUCCGUGUCAAAGCUGUCAAUGCUAUUGGAGAAAGUGAACCAUCAUUGCCCCUCAAUGUAGUUAUACAAGAUGAUGAAGUACCUCCAACUGUUACAUUACGCUUGGCUGUGAGAGGAGAUACUAUCAAAGUGAAGGCAGGAGAACCAGUUAAUAUUCCUGCUGAUGUGACAGGUCUGCCAAUGCCAAAGAUUGAAUGGGACAAGAAUGAAGUUUUAAUUGACCAAACAUCCAGUGCACUUAAGAUAACCAAGGAAGAAGUAUCUAGAAGUGAGGCAAAAACUGAACUUACCCUGCCUGCAGCAGUGAGGGAUGAUAAAGGCACUUACACCGUGAGAGCUUCCAAUCGUCUUGGCACUGCAUUUCGCAAUGUACACGUUGAAGUAUACGAUCGUCCUUCUCCACCAAGAAAUCUUGCUGUUUCUGAUAUUAAAGCAGAUUCAUGCUAUUUAACAUGGGAUGCACCUCUUGAUAAUGGUGGUAGUGAAAUUACCCAUUACAUUAUUGAGAAACGUGAUGCUAGUAGGAAGAAAUCUGAGUGGGAAGAAGUCUCCAAAAGUGCUGUUGAGAGAAGAUUUGGGGUAUGGAAUCUCACAACAAAUGAAAAAUAUCAGUUUAGAGUCCGGGCUGUAAACAAAUAUGGAAUAAGUGAUGAAUGCCUCUCAGAGAAAGUUGUUAUUAAGGAUCCCUAUGGCCUUCCUGGACCUCCUGGAAAGCCAAAAAUUUUAAAUCGCACCAGAUCGUCAAUGCUGGUGACUUGGGAGCCUCCUCUGAACGAUGGUGGCAGCCCAAUAACUGGCUAUUGGUUGGAGAAGAGAGAAGUGGGAGGUGUCUACUGGUCACGUGUUAACAGGGCUCCAGUAACAAAACCAUCAGUAAAAGGUCUAGAGUACAAUGUGCUUCGUUUGGCUGAAGGUGUUGAAUACCAGUUUAGAGUUAUGGCUGAAAAUCUUGCUGGAAUUGGCCCUCCCAGUGAACCAUCAGAUCCUGCCUUAGCAGCAGAUCCCAUAUUUGUGCCUGGUCCACCAUCUUGCCCAGAGGUCAAAGACAAAACCAAAUCAUCCGUAGCUCUUGCGUGGAAGCCUCCACAAAAGGACGGUGGCAGUCCUAUAAAAGGAUAUAUUGUUGAAAUGCAAGAUGAAGGUAGUACUGACUGGAAGAAGGUGAAUGAAGGAGACAAACUCUUUCCUACUUGUGAAUGUGUUAUUCCCAACUUGAAAGAGCUCAGAAAAUACCGAUUUAGGGUGAAAGCUGUAAAUGCUGCUGGAGAAUCAGAACCAAGUCCUGCAACGUCAGAAAUACCUGUCCAAGAUAUUUUAGAGGAACCAGAAAUCUUCCUUGAUAUUGGAGCACAGGAUUUCCUCUCUUGUCGUGCUGGCACAACAAUUAAAAUCCCAGCUGUUAUCAAGGGUCGUCCAGUUCCAAAAACAUUUUGGGAGUUUGAAGGAAAAGCAAAGACAACAGCAAAGGAGGGAGGUCAUAGUGUACCUGAAGAAGCUCAGGUGGAAGCAACUGAUACACGUUCAGUGAUUAUCAUCCCUGAGUGCAACAGAAGUCAUUCUGGACGAUACAGUAUUACAGCAAAGAACAAAGCAGGACAAAAAACUGUACAUGUCAGAGUCAAUGUGCUUGAUGUCCCAGGUCCACCAAAAGACCUAAAAGUAAGUGAUAUCACAAGAGGCAGUUGUAAACUUUCAUGGAAGAUGCCAGACGACGAUGGUGGAGAUAGAAUCAGAGGCUAUGUUAUAGAGAAAAGAACUAUUGAUGGGAAGGCCUGGACUAAAGUAAAUGCAAACUGUGGAAGUACUUCCUUUGUUGUACCUGAUCUCAUAUCUGGCCAAGAGUAUUUCUUCCGGGUACGUGCAGAAAAUCGUUUUGGUGUUGGCCCUCCUGCAGAAACCAUCCAACGGACCACAGCCAGGGAUCCAAUCCAUCCUCCUGAUCCACCUAUUAAACUAAAGAUUGGCCUUGUAACCAAGAACACGGUGAGCUUGACAUGGAAACCACCAAAGAAUGAUGGUGGAGCUCCUGUUACACAUUAUAAUGUUGAAUGUCUCCGCUGGGAUCGUACUGGAGAAGUGAAAGAGACUUGGAAGCAAUGCAACAGACGUGACGUGGAGGAAACAAAGUUUACUGUUGAGGAUCUUGUAGAAGGUGGAGAAUACGAAUUCAGAGUAAAAGCUGUAAAUAUAGCAGGCCCUAGUAGGCCUUCAGCCACUGUUGGCCCACUUGUUGUCAAAGACCAGACAUGCCCACCAUCUAUUGAACUCAAAGAAUUUAUGGAGGUUGAAGAAGGAACAGAUGUUAACAUUGUGGCCAAGAUAAAGGGUGUGCCCUUCCCCACCUUAACAUGGCUAAAAGCUUCUCCAAAGAAACCAGAUGACAAAACACCAGUGCUGUAUGAUCAACAUGUCAACAAGAUCAUUGCUGAAGAUACUUGCACUUUAUUGAUUCAACAGUCUCGCAGAAGUGAUACAGGCUUAUAUACUAUAACAGCUGUAAAUAAUCUAGGAACUGCUUCAAAGGAGAUGAGACUAAACGUUCUGGGUCGUCCUGGACCUCCAGUGGGACCUAUUAAAUUUGAAUCCAUUUUGGCUGAUAAAAUGACAAUAUCAUGGCUUCCUCCAUUGGAUGAUGGUGGUUCUAAGAUUACGAACUAUGUUAUAGAGAAAAAAGAAGCAAAUAGGAGGACAUGGGUACCCGUUACUAAUGAGCCUAAGGAAUGCUUAUUCACUGUUCCCAAGUUGAUGGAAGGCCAUGAAUAUGUGUUCCGCAUUAUGGCACAAAACAAAUAUGGUAUUGGAGAACCUUUGGAUAGUGAACCAGAAACAGCACGAAACCUUUUCACUGUUCCUGGACCUUGUGACAAGCCAACAGUUAGCAGUAUAACACGUGACUCAAUGACUGUAAACUGGGAAGAACCAGAACAUGAUGGUGGCUCUCCUAUCACUGGUUACUGGUUGGAGCGCAAAGAGACUACCGGAAAGAGAUGGACUAGGGUUAACCGUGAUCCUAUCAAACCUAUGACACUGGGGGUUUCAUACAAAGUUACAGGACUUAUUGAAGGCUCUGAAUAUCAGUUCCGUGUUUCAGCUAUCAAUGCAGCCGGUGUUGGUCCACCAAGCAUGCCAUCUGAUCCAGCAAUUGCUAGAGAUCCCAUUGCCCCACCUGGCCCUCCUAUUCCAAAAGUUACUGAUUGGACAAAGUCCUCUGUAGACUUGGAGUGGACUCCACCACUAAAGGACGGUGGUUCUAGGGUCACUGGCUACAUUGUUGAGUAUAAAGAGGAAGGAAAGGAAGAAUGGGAACGGGUAAAAGAUAAAGAAAUUAGAGGAACCAAGUUCGUUGUGGCAGGAUUAAAAGAAGGAUGUUUUUACAAAUUUAGAGUUAGAGCAGUGAAUGCUGCUGGCAUUGGAGAGCCUGGAGAAGUUACAGACAUUAUUGAAAUGAAGGACAGAAUUGUGGCUCCUGAUAUUAAUUUGGAUGCAAGUGUCAGGGACAGAAUUGUUGUUCAUGCUGGAGGAGUAAUUCGGAUCAUAGCAUACGUCUCAGGAAAACCAGCCCCAACAGUGACUUGGAGCAGGGAUGGCCAAGCUUUACCAGAAGAAGCCAGAAUAGAAGAAACAGCUAUUAGUUCUUCUUUGGUCAUCAAGAACUGCAAAAGGAGCCACCAGGGUAUAUACACUCUUCUUGCUAAAAAUGCCGGUGGCGAGCGGAAGAAGACUAUUAUUGUUGAUGUGCUAGAUGUGCCAGGCCCAGUUGGAAUGCCAUUCCUUACUGAGAACCUAACCAAUGACUCCUGUAAAUUGACAUGGUUUACUCCAGAAGAUGAUGGUGGUUCUCCUAUUACCAACUAUAUAAUUGAAAAACGUGAAUCUGACCAUAGAGCUUGGACUCCAGUAAGCUGCACAGUUACAAGACAGAAUGCUACUGUUCAGGGACUCACUGAAGGGAAAGCCUACUUCUUCCGAAUUGCAGCUGAGAACAUAAUUGGCAUGGGUCCAUUCACAGAAACAACAAAAGAGAUUGUCAUUAGAGAUCCAAUAACUGUUCCUGACCGUCCAGAAGACCUGGAAGUAAAAGCAGUUACCAAGAACUCUGUUACAUUAACUUGGAACCCUCCAAAAUAUAAUGGAGGUUCAGAUAUCACCAUGUACGUUCUAGAGAGCCGUCUCAUUGGAAAAGAAAAAUUCCACAGAGUUACAAAGGAGAAAAUGCUUGAUAGGAAAUACACUGUAGAAGGCUUGAAAGAGGGUGACACCUAUGAGUAUCGUGUGAGUGCUUGUAAUAUUGUGGGACAAGGCAAGCCAUCAUUUUGUACAAAACCAAUCACAUGCAAGGAUGAAAUUGCUCCUCCAUCACUUGAUCUUGACUUUAGAGACAAGCUUAUUGUUCGGGUUGGUGAAGCUUUCAGCCUGACUGGACGUUACUCAGGCAAGCCUGCACCAAAGGUUACUUGGCUAAAGGAUGAUAUUGUUGUGAAAGAAGAUGACCGUACAAAGAUCAAGACAACUCCUACAACUCUUUGCUUGGGGAUACUAAAAUCUGUCCGUGAAGACUCAGGCAAAUAUUGUGUUACUGUAGAGAACAGCACAGGAUCAAGAAAAGGAUUUUGUCAAGUUAAUGUUGUUGAUCGCCCAUCACCUCCAGUAGGCCCAGUUAUAUUUGAUGAAGUUCAUAAAGAUCAUAUGAUAGUUUCCUGGAAACCUCCAUUAGAUGAUGGAGGCAGUGAAAUUACAAAUUACAUUAUUGAGAAGAAGGAUGCACACAGAGACCUGUGGAUGCCAGUUACAUCUGCCACAGUUAAGACAACAUGCAAAAUUCCUAAGCUGCUUGAAGGAAAAGAAUAUCAAAUUCGAAUUUAUGCUGAAAAUCUUUACGGCAUAAGUGAUCCUCUCAUCUCUGAUGAGAUGAAAGCCAAGGACCGUUUCCGUGUUCCUGAUGCACCUGAGCAACCAAUCAUUAAGGAUGUUACCAAAGACUCUGCAGUAGUAGUUUGGAACAAACCAUAUGAUGGAGGCAAGCCAAUAACAAACUAUAUUGUAGAAAAGAAGGAAACAAUGGCUACAAGAUGGGUCAGAGUUACCAAAGACCCAAUUUUCCCCAGUACUCAGUUCAAAGUACCUGACCUCCUUGAAGGCUGUCAAUAUGAAUUCCGUGUUUCAGCAGAAAAUGAAAUUGGCGUUGGUGACCCUAGUCCACCUUCAAAGCCAAUUUUCGCUAGAGAUCCAAUCGCAAAACCAAGUCCACCUAUUAAUCCAGAAGCAGUAGAUAAAACUAAAAAUUCAGUUGAUUUAUCUUGGCAACCACCACGCCAUGAUGGUAAUGGCAAGAUAAUUGGCUACCUUGUUGAGUAUCAGAAAGUUGGAGAUGAAGAAUGGAAAAAGGCCAAUCUCACAGCAGAUUCUUGUCCUGAAACAAAAUACAAAGUCACUGGCCUUACUGAGGGUUUGACCUAUAAGUUCAGGGUCAAGGCAGUCAAUGCAGCAGGUGAAUCUGAACCAGCCUAUGUUCCUGAUCCAGUAGAAGUAAAGGACAGACUUGAACCUCCUGAGCUGAUACUUGAUGCUAAUAUGGCCCGAGAACAGCAUGUAAAAGCUGGAGAUACCCUGAGACUUAGUGCUGUUAUUAAAGGUGUUCCAUUCCCAAAAGUUUCUUGGAAGAAAGAAGAUCAUGAGGUCUCACCCAAAGCUGAUAUUGAGGUUACAGGAGUUGGCAGUAAGCUUGAAAUUCGUAACACUGUCCAUGAAGAUGGUGGAAUUUACUCCCUGACAGUUGAAAAUCCAGCUGGUUCAAAGACUGUUUCAGUAAAAGUUGUGGUCUUAGAUAAGCCUGGUCCGCCCAGAAAUCUGCAAAUCAGUGAAGUUAGAAGCGAUUCUUGCUAUCUCACUUGGAUGGAACCAGAAGAUGAUGGUGGCUCUGUCAUUACAAACUAUGUGGUGGAAAGGAAAGAUGUAGCUUCUGCACAGUGGGUAACCAUCUCAUCAUCCUCCAAGAAACGCAGUCACAUGGCUAAAUAUCUGAUAGAAGGCACUCAGUAUGUCUUCCGAGUUGCAGCUGAGAAUCAGUUUGGUAGAGGCCCAUAUGUGGAAACACUCAAACCUAUUAAAGCUAUAGAUCCACUGCAUCCUCCGGGGCCACCAAAGAAUCUGCAUCAUGUAGAUGUUGACAAGACCGAAGUUUCCCUUGUUUGGAAUCGACCAGAUCGUGAUGGUGGUGCUGAGAUAACUGGAUAUUUGGUGGAAUAUCAAGAAGAUGGUGCAGACGAGUGGACAAAGUUCCAGACAGUCCCUAUGCUAGACUGUGUUGUUACAGGCCUACAAAAAGGAAAAAUAUACAAAUUCCGUGUGAAAGCUCAGAAUAUUGUUGGUCUUAGCCUUCCAGAUACAACUAUACCAAUAGAGUGCCAAGAAAAGCUAGUACCUCCAUCUGUGGAACUAGAUGUGAAGUUAAUUGAAGGUCUUGUUGUUAAAGCUGGCACCACAGUGAGGCUUCCUGCAAUUAUGAGAGGUGUGCCAGUUCCCACUGCAAAAUGGGUUACUGAUGGCAUUGAAAUUAAAACAGAUGGCAGACACAAGAUUGAGACUGACAACUAUUCAACUGUACUUACCAUCAAAGACUGUAUAAGAAAAGAUACAGGAGAAUAUCUACUCACAGUAUCUAAUGCAGCUGGCAGCAAAACUGUUGCUCUACAUCUUACAGUUUUGGAUGUUCCUGGCCCACCAACUGGUCCUAUUAAUAUUCUUGAAGUAACACCAGAACAUAUGGUUAUUUCUUGGCGCCCUCCUAAAGAUGAUGGUGGGAGUCCUAUAAUAAAUUAUAUUGUUGAGAAGCGUCAAUCAAAGAAAGAAACUUGGGGAGUGGUUAGUUCUGGAACAAGUCACACAAAAAUUAAGAUUCCACGACUGCAGAAAGGCUGUGAAUAUAUUUUCCGUGUUCGGGCAGAAAAUAAGAUAGGCAUUGGUGCACCCCUUGAUUCAGAACCAACAGUUGCUAAACAUAUGUUUGAUCCACCAUCCCCUCCUGGUAAACCAACUGUUUAUGAUAUUACAGAAAAUGCUGCAACAGUGUCUUGGACCCUACCAAAAUCUGAUGGUGGAACUCCAAUAACUGGUUAUAUGCUUGAACGUCGGGAAGCAUCUGGUAAAUGGGUGCGUGUCAAUAAGACACCAAUACUUGAUAUGAAAUACAGAGUCACUGGUCUUUUUGAAGGCAACACAUAUGAAUUCAGAGUUUUUGCAGAAAACAUGGUGGGCUUAAGCAAACCAUCUCCAAGCUCUGAUCCAAUAAAAGCGUCACGUCCUAUCACUCCUCCUGGACCACCUAUAAAUCCAAAAUUAAAAGACAAAACAAAAGAAACAGCUGAUCUUGUGUGGACAAAGCCUCUCAAAGAUGGUGGCAGCCCGAUUCUAGGAUACAUUGUGGAAUGUCAGAAAACUGGAACUACGCAGUGGAAUAGGAUUAAUAAGGAUGAACUCAUUAGACAGUGUGCUUUCAGAGUACCUGGGUUAAUAGAAGGAAAUGAAUAUAAAUUCCGAAUAAAAGCUGUCAACAUUGUGGGAGAAGGUGAACCAAGAGAACUGGCAGAAACUGUACUUGCAAAGGAUAUUCUUUCUCCUCCAGAAGUAAGCCUAGAUGUGACCUGUCGAGACUUAAUUACUGUCCGAGUAGGCCAAACAAUCCAUAUUACUGGUAAAGUAAAAGGCAGGCCAGAUCCUGACAUAACAUGGUCUAAAGAUGGCAAAGUACUAGUCCAAGAAAAACGUAUUGAAAUAGUCCAUGAUCUACCUAAUGUUGAACUGCAGGUGAAAGAAGCCAAAAGAUCUGAUCAUGGCAAAUAUAUAAUAGCAGCUAAGAACAGCUGCGGACAUGCUCAAGCUUUUGCUGUUGUUAAUGUACUUGACAGACCUGGACCAUGUCAGAACCUGAAAAUAAGCUAUGUCACAAAAGAUUCUUGUAUGAUCGCUUGGGAGAGUCCAGUAGAUAAUGGUGGCUCUGAAAUUACAAAUUACAUAGUAGAGUACCGUGAACCAAACCAGAGGGGAUGGUCAAUUGUCUCCUCUGACAUCACUAAACGAUUGGUAAAGGCAAAUCUUAGAGAGAACCGUGAAUACUUCUUCAGGGUUUGUGCAGAAAACAAAAUAGGUCCAGGUCCUUGCAUUGAGACCAAGACUCCCAUCCUUGCUAUCAAUCCUAUUGACAAGCCUGGAGAGCCAGAAAAUCUUCACAUUGCAGAGAAAGGAAAGACAUUUGUAUAUCUGAAAUGGAGAAGGCCAGAUUAUGAUGGUGGAAGUCCCAAUUUAAGUUAUCAUGUUGAGAGAAAACUGAAAGAUUCAGAUGAAUGGGAAAGGGUUCAUAAAGGCAGCAUUAAGGAAACACACUACAUGGUAGAUAAAUGUGUUGAAAAUAAGAUUUACCAAUUCCGAGUUCAAACCAAGAAUGAGGCAGGUGAAAGUGACUGGGUAAGAACAGCUGAAGUUGUCGUGAAGGAAGAUCUGCAGAAACCAGUGCUAGAGUUGAAGUUAAGUGGGGUGCUAACUGUGAAAGCAGGUGACACAAUUAGAAUUGAAGCUGGAGUCAGAGGAAAACCACAGCCUGAAGUUGUAUGGGCAAAAGACAAAGAUGCCACAGAUCUAACCAGAUCUCCAAGAGUCAGUAUUGAAACAACUUCUGACACAUCUAAGUUUGUUCUCACAAAAUCAAGGCGUAGUGAUGGUGGGAAAUAUGUGAUUACUGCAACUAACACAGCUGGUAGUUUUGUAGCAUACGCUACUGUUAUUGUCUUGGAUAAACCAGGUCCUGUAAGAAACUUGAAAGUCACUGACAUUUCAAGUGAUAGGUGUACUGUUACUUGGGACCCUCCAGAAGAUGAUGGCGGUUGUGAAAUACAGAACUACAUCCUUGAAAAAUGUGAAAGCAAGCGUAUGGUUUGGUCUACAUACUCUUCCUCUGUCCUAACAAACUAUGCAAAUGUGACACGCCUCAUUGAAGGUAAUGAAUAUAUAUUCAGAGUUCGUGCAGAGAAUAAAAUGGGCACAGGUCCACCAACAGAAACACACCCCAUUAUUGCAAAAACAAAAUAUGAUAGACCUGGACGCCCCGACCCUCCAGAUGUCACAAGAGUUAGCAAAGAAGAGAUGACUGUAGUUUGGAAUCCACCAGAAUAUGAUGGUGGCAAAUCAAUUACAGGAUACAUUUUAGAGAAGAAAGAGAAACGAUCACUAAGAUGGGUUCCUGUUACUAAGACUGCAAUCCCAGAGAGACGCAAGAAGGUUACUAAUCUCAUCCCUGGUCAUGAAUAUCAGUUCCGCGUCAGUGCCGAAAAUGAAGUCGGACUUGGAGAACCAAGCUUGCCAUCAAGACCUGUAGUAGCAAAAGACCCAAUAGAACCACCUGGUCCUCCCACAAACUUGAGAGUGGUUGAUAGCACAAAGAGUUCCAUAACCCUUGGCUGGGGAAAACCAGUGUAUGAUGGUGGUGCUCCAAUUAUUGGAUACGUUGUGGAAAUUAGACCAAAAGUUGAAGGUGCUGAACCUGAAGCAGGAUGGAAACGAUGCAAUGUUGCUGCCCAACUUAUUCAUACAGAAUUCACAGCCACCAGCCUGGUUGAGAACCAAUUAUAUGAGUUCAGAGUUUCUGCCCAAAACCAGGUUGGCCUUGGCCGACCAGCUGAACUGAAAGAAGCUGUGUCUCCCAAAGAAAUACUUGAACCUCCUGAGAUUGAGUUGGAUGCAAGCAUGAGAAAGUUAGUCACAGUCAGGGCAGGAUGCCCUAUUAGACUUUUUGCCAUUAUUAGGGGUCGCCCAGCACCAAAAGUCACCUGGAGGAGAAUGGGUAUUGAUAAUGUUAUCAGAAAAGGACAAGUUGAUCUGGUUGACACUAUGGCCUUCUGUGUCAUUCCCAAUUCAACACGUGAUGACUCAGGCAAAUAUUCGUUGACACUUGUUAAUGCAGCUGGAGAAAAGGCUGUAUUUGUGAACGUCAGAGUCCUGGAUACUCCUGGACCUGUAUCGGACUUCAGGGUUUCAGAUGUCACCAAAAUGUCAUGCCAUCUUUCAUGGGCACCUCCAGAGAAUGAUGGUGGUAGCCCAGUGACUCAUUACAUACUGCAGAAACGUGAGGCUGACAGGAAGACCUGGGGAACAGUCACUGCAGAACUAAAGAAAACUAGUUUCCAAAUAGCUAAUCUUGUACCUGGAAAUGAAUAUUUCUUUAGAGUAUCAGCAGUAAAUGAAUAUGGGUCAGGUGUUCCAACUGACAUACCAAAACCAGUUCUAGCAACAGAUCCCCUAAGUGAACCUGAUCCACCAAGAAAACUUGAAGUUACUGAAAUUACAAAGAAUAGUGCUACUUUAGGCUGGCUGCCACCACUGCGUGAUGGAGGCUCUAAAGUCGAUGGGUACAUUGUUAGCUACAAAGAAGAUGAACAACCAGUGGAUCGCUGGACAGAAUAUUCAGUUGUUAAAGAUCUCUCCAUUGUUGUAGCUGGUCUGAAAGAGGGAAAGAAGUACAAGUUUAGAGUGGCAGCUAGAAAUGCUGUAGGAGUAAGUUUGCCAAGAGAAACUGAAGGAAUAUUUGAAAUUAAAGAACAACUCAUCCCACCUAAGAUUCUGAUGCCUGAUCACGUUCACAUUAAAGCUGGAAAGAAACUGAGAAUUGAAGCUCAUGUAUAUGGGAAGCCUCAGCCAGUCUGUAAAUGGUUGAAAGGAGAUCAAGAUGUACUUACAUCCAGUCGCCUUGCUGUGCAUAAAGCAGAAAAGUCUUCUGUUCUUAUUAUUAAGGAUGUGACUAGAAAAGAUUCUGAUUUUUACACUCUUACUGCAGAAAAUAGCUCUGGUACUGAUAGUCAGAAAAUCAGAGUGAUAGUCAUGGAUAAACCAGGUCCACCACAGCCUCCAUUUGAUAUUUCUGAAAUAGAUGCUGAUGCUUGCACUCUUGCAUGGCAUAUACCUCUUGAAGAUGGUGGCAGUAAUAUUACCAACUAUGUAGUUGAGAAAUGUGAUGUAAGCCGAGGAGACUGGGUAGCAGCUUUAGCUUCUGUCACAAAGACAAGCUGCAGAAUUGGAAAACUGAUUCCUGGAGAAGAGUAUAUGUUCCGUGUUCGUGCUGAAAAUCGUUUUGGGAUUUCUGAGCCGCUUACUUCUGGCAAGAUGAUUGCAAGGUUCCCAUUUGAUGUUCCUAGUGAACCAAAAAAUGCACGUAUUACCAAGGUCAAUAAGGACUGCAUUUUUGUUGCCUGGGAUAAACCUGAUAGUGAUGGAGGCAGUCCAAUCACUGGUUAUCUCAUUGAGCGCAAAGAAAGGAACAGUUUACUGUGGGUGAAAGCUAAUGACACAGCUGUGCGCUCCACAGAAUACCCUUGUGUGGGGCUCAUCGAAGGUCUUGAGUAUACUUUCAGAAUUUAUGCAUUGAACAGAGCUGGAGCAAGUAAACCUAGUAAACCAACUGAGUUUGUCACAGCAAGAGCACCAGUUGAUCCCCCUGGAAAACCUGAAGUUAUUGAUGUCACUAAGAGUACUGUAUCACUGGUAUGGACAAGACCAAAGCAUGAUGGUGGUAGCAAACUUAUUGGCUAUUUUGUUGAAGCUUGCAAAUUACCUGGUGAUAAGUGGGUUCGGUGCAAUACAACUCCACAUCAAAUACCGCUGGAAGAAUACAUUGCUACUGAUUUGGAAGAAAAUGCUCAAUAUCAAUUUAGAGCAAUUGCCAAGACAGCAGUUAACAUUAGCCGACCUUCAGAACCUUCUGAUCCAGUGACCAUUCAUCCAGAAAAUGUUCCCCCCAGAAUAGAGUUGGAUCUGUCUAUGCAAUCACAGCUUACAGUAAAAGCUGGAACUAAUGUGCGUCUGGAGGCAAAUGUAUAUGGCAAGCCGAUGCCAACAAUCAGCUGGAAGAAAGAAGGAGAAGUUUUAAAGCCAACUGAGGGUGUUAAGAUCACCACUAAGAGAAAUCUUGCUACAGUUGAGUUGUUCAGUGUUAACAGGAAGCAAACAGGAGACUAUACUAUUACUGCUGAAAAUGCAAGUGGAUCAAAGUCAGCAACCAUUAAGCUUAAAGUACUUGAUAAGCCUGGUCCACCGGCCUCCGUUAAAAUCAAACAUAUGUAUGCAGAUCGUGCAAUGCUUUCUUGGGAGCCUCCUCUGGAAGAUGGAGGUUCAGAAAUUACUAACUACAUUGUAGACAAGCGUGAAACAAGUAGACCAAACUGGGCCCAAGUCAGUGCCAAUAUACCCAUUACAAGCUGCACAGUGGAGAAACUAAUAGAAGGACAUGAGUACCAGUUCCGCAUAUGUGCUGAAAACAAAUAUGGUGUUGGAGAUCCUAUCUUGACUGAACCAGCAGUUGCUAAGAAUCCAUAUGAUGUACCCGGACCUUGUGAUCCACCGAUAAUUAGCAAUGUAACGAAAGACUUUAUGACUGUUAGCUGGAAGCCACCAGCUAGUGAUGGUGGAUCACCAAUAACUGGUUAUAUGCUUGAGAAGCGUGAAACUAAGGCUCUUAACUGGACAAAGGUAAACAGAAAGCCUGUCAUUGAAAGAACUGUUAAGGCUACUGGACUCCAAGAAGGAACAGAAUAUGAGUUCCGGGUGAUAGCAUUGAAUAAGGCUGGACCUGGCAAGCCUAGUGCACCAUCUAAAGCAGUGUAUGCUCGUGAUCCUCAAUAUCCUCCUGGCCCACCUGCUUUCCCGAAAGUGGUUGAUACUACUCGUAAUUCAAUAAGCCUGUCAUGGAGCAAACCAGCAUAUGAUGGAGGAAGCCCUAUUAUUGGUUAUCUAGUGGAAGCAAAAAGAGCUGACACAGACAACUGGGUCAGAUGCAAUCUGCCCAAGAACUUACAGGCUACACGAUUUGUGGUAACAGGGCUGAUAGAAGAUACAGAGUACCAGUUCCGCAUUUAUGCUGUCAAUAAGAUUGGAUACAGUGAUCCAAGUGAUGUUCCUGAUAAACACACUGCCAAAGACAUUUUAAUUCCUCCUGAAGGAGAACUUGAUGCCGAACUAAGGAAAGUCCUUGUGUUACGUGCUGGAGUCACAAUGAGACUUUAUGUGCCAGUAAGAGGACGUCCACCUCCAAAGAUUACAUGGUCUAAAGUGGGUGCCAAUCUAAGAGAUAGACAAGGAUUAGACAUCAAGUCAACUGAUUUUGAUACCUUCCUGCGUUGUGAAAAUGUAAACAAAUAUGAUGCUGGAAAAUACGUCCUCAGUCUGGAGAACAGCUGUGGCAAAAAGGCAUACACCAUUGUUGUAAAAGUACUUGAUACUCCAGGCCCUCCAAUUAACCUGAUUGUAAAGGAGGCGUCUAAGGAUUCUGCCUUCAUUACAUGGGAACCUCCACUAAUAGAUGGUGGCAGUCCAAUCACAAAUUAUGUCGUUGAAAAACGUGAUGCAGAAAGAAAGUCAUGGUCCACAGUAACAACAGAAUGUCCAAAGACAAGCUGCAGGAUAACCAACUUAGAAGAAGGCAAAUCUUACUUCUUCAGGGUUUUUGCUGAAAAUGAAUAUGGUAUUGGUGACCCCUGUGAAACUCGUGAUGCUGUUAAAGCUUCUGAAACACCUGGGCCAGUUGUGGAUCUAAAAGCUUCAGCUGUAACAAAAUCAUCAUGCAAUUUAGUAUGGAAAAAACCUAUCAGUGAUGGUGGAAGCCGUAUUUUUGCAUAUGUUGUCGAGGUCCUGACUGGUGAGGAUAAAUGGCAAGAAGUCAUGCGGUCAAAGAACCUCCAUUUUUCAAUGAGAGAUCUAAAAGAAGGACAAGAAUACACUUUCAGAGUGAGUGCCCAAAAUGAUGCUGGAUAUGGAACCCCAAGAGAGCUCACAAUUGUGGCAAGAGAUGAUGUUGUGGCACCUGAUCUUGAUUUAAGAGAUCUACCUGAUUUGUGCUAUAUAGCUAAAGAGGGUAGCAAUUUCCGUCUUAAAAUCCCAAUUAAAGGCAAGCCUGUCCCAACUGUAACUUGGAAGAAAGAUGAAGACCAGGCACUUACUGAGAGUGGAAGAGUUGCAUUUGAAUCUACAGCAGUUAACACCACACUUGUAGUAUAUGACUGCCAGAAAGCUGAUGCUGGAAAAUACACAAUAACUCUGAAGAAUGUUGUUGGCAGCAAGGAAGGCACUAUUUCUGUGAAAGUUGUUGGCAAACCUGGAAUACCAACAGGUCCGGUGAAAUUUGAAGAAGUCACAGCUGAUGCCAUAACCUUAAAGUGGGGCCCUCCAAAAGAUGAUGGUGGUUCAGAAAUCACUAACUAUGUCCUAGAGAAGAGAGAUAAUGUAAACAAUAAGUGGGUGACUUGUGCCUCUGCAGUCCAGAAAACCACAUUUAGAGUUACAAGACUUCAUGAAGGAAAUGAAUAUACAUUCAGGAUCAGGGCUGAAAAUAAAUACGGAGUAGGUGAAGGUCUUAAAUCUGACCCUGUCAUUGCAAAACAUCCAUUUGAUGUGCCAGAUGCUCCUCCACCUCCCAACAUUGUUGAUGUUCGGCAUGAAUCUGUAGCUUUAACUUGGACUGAUCCCAGAAGAACUGGAGGCUCACCAAUCACAGGUUAUCACAUUGAAGUCAAAGAAAGAAAUAGUCUUCUGUGGAAGAGAGCAAAUAAAACACCAAUAAGAAUGAAAGACUUCAGAGUGACAGGGUUAACUGAAGGUCUGGAAUAUGAAUUCAGAGUAAUGGCAAUUAAUUUGGCUGGAGUAGGUAAACCAAGUCUGCCAUCUGAACCAGUUGUGGCACUUGAUCCUAUUGAUCCCCCUGGGAAACCUGAAGUUAUCAAUGUAACUAGGAACUCAGUAACACUCAUUUGGACAGAACCAAAAUAUGAUGGUGGACAUAAGUUAACUGGCUAUAUUGUUGAAAAGCGUGACUUACCCUCAAAGACUUGGACAAAAGCUAAUCAUGUGAAUGUUCCAGACUGUGCUUUUACUGUAACUGACCUCACUGAAGGCUCCAAAUAUGAGUUCAGAAUUAGAGCAAAGAACACUGCUGGAGCUAUCAGUCCUCCAUCUGAACCCACAGACACCAUAAUAUGCAAGGAUGAGUAUGAGGCACCAAGCAUUGUUAUCGAUCCUACUUUGAAGGAAGGUUUAACAGUAAAAGCAGGAGACACCAUUACAGUGUCUGCUAUUAGUAUCCGUGGCAAACCACCUCCAACUUCAGCAUGGUCAAAAGCUGGAAAAGAUUUUAGACCUUCAGAGAUUGUGCACAUUGAAACCACACCAACUUCUUCUACUCUAACUGUCAAAUAUGCAGCCAGAAAAGAUUCUGGAGAAUACACAAUCACUGCAACCAAUCCUUUUGGCACUAAGCAGGAGAGCAUACAUGUGAAAGUUUUAGAUGUUCCAGGACCUCCAGGGCCUAUUGAGAUCAGCAAUGUUUCAGCAGAAAAAGCAACUCUUACAUGGUCACCUCCUGCAGAAGAUGGUGGAUCACCAAUCAAAUCAUAUGUUCUUGAAAAGAGAGAAACUAGCCGACUGCUCUGGACAUUGGUUGCUGAAAAUAUUGAAAGCUGUAGGCACGUUGUUACCAAGCUCAUUCAAGGAAAUGAAUACGUUUUCCGUGUCUCAGCAGUAAAUCAAUACGGCAAGGGUGAAGCAGUACAAUCAGAACCAGUUAAAAUGGUGGACAGAUUUGGUCCCCCAGGUCCUCCUGGAAAACCAGAAGUAACAAAUGUGACUAAAAAUACUGUCACAGUUACCUGGAAAAGGCCGGUAGAUGAUGGUGGAAGUGAAAUCACAGGUUACUAUGUGGAGCGAAGAGAAAAGAAAGGUUUAAGAUGGGUCAGAGCAACAAAGAAACCAGUUUCAGAUCUUAGAUGCAAAGUAACUGGUCUCCUGGAAGGAAAUGAAUAUGAAUUCCGUGUCAGUGCAGAAAAUAGAGCAGGAGUUGGACCACCAAGCAAUGCUUCAAACUCAGUCAUAUGCAAGGAUGUUGCAUACCCACCAGGUCCACCUGCAAAUCCAAGAGUGACUGAUACUACAAAGACAAGUGCAUCUUUAGCCUGGGGCAAGCCUCAUUAUGACGGUGGUCUUGACAUAAUUGGUUAUAUAGUAGAGCAUCAAAAGGAAGGAGAAGAAGAAUGGGUAAAAGACACGACAGGGACUGCUUUAAGAAUCACUCAGUUUGUUGUUGCUCAUCUGCAGACAGGAGCCAAAUACAAUUUCAGAAUCUCUGCCAUGAAUGCUGCAGGUGUCGGUGAACCAGCAAUAAUUCCAAGUGUGGAAAUCAAAGACCGGGAAGAGAUUCCUGACUUUGAAUUAGAUGCUGAGCUAAGAAGAACGCUUGUUGUUAGAGCUGGAUUAACUAUUCGGAUUUUUGUGCCAAUUAAAGGACGUCCAACCCCAGAAGUUACAUGGACAAAAGAUGGUGUUUCACUCAAAGGACGUGCCAAUAUUGAAAAUACAGACUCUUUUACACUCUUGAUUGUCACAGAGUGUACCAGAUAUGAUGCAGGAAAAUACAUAAUGACUCUUGAAAAUGCUGCUGGUAAGAAGACUGGCUUUGUAAAUGUAAAAGUCUUGGAUACACCAGGUCCGCCAAUAAACCUUAAGCCUAGAGAAAUAACCAAAGACAGCAUCACCCUCCAAUGGGAUAUGCCUCUGAUAGAUGGCGGUUCACGUAUAACAAACUAUAUUGUUGAGAAACGUGAAUCAACUCGGAAAGCAUAUUCAACAGUCACAACCAACUGCCAGAAGUGUUCCUUUCGGAUUCCUAAUUUGGCUGAGGGGUGUGAAUACUAUUUCAGAGUGCUGGCUGAAAAUGAGUAUGGUAUUGGUGAACCAGCUGAAACUGCAGAACCAGUAAGAGCUUCUGAGGCACCAUCCCCACCUGAAAGCCUUAAUAUUAUGGAUGUAACACGGAGCUCAGUUAGCCUGGCUUGGCCAAAACCAGAACAUGACGGUGGCAGCAAGAUCACUGGGUAUGUAAUUGAAGCACAGAGAAAAGGAACCAACCAGUGGGCACACAUCACCACUGUAAAAACACUGGACUGUGUAGUAAAGAAUCUAACUGAAAAUGAAGAAUAUACUUUCCAGGUUAUGGCAGUUAACAGUGCUGGAAGAAGUGCCCCAAGAGAAAGCAGACCAGUUAUUAUCAAGGAGCAAACAAUGCUACCAGAGUUUGACCUCCGUGGUAUCUACCAGAAAACAGUCAUUGCCAAAGCUGGUGACAAUAUCAAGAUUGAAAUCCCUGUGCUUGGUCGUCCAAGGCCUACUGUGACUUGGAAGAAAGAAGACCAGAUACUUAAGCAAACACAAAGGGUAAAUUAUGAAAAUACUGCAACUGCAACCAUACUAACCAUCAAUGAAUGUAAACGAAGUGAUAGUGGUCAAUAUCCACUGUCAGCUAAAAAUAUUGUUGGAGAAGUUAGUGAAGUAAUCACAGUUCAGGUUCAUGACAUACCUGGACCUCCUACUGGACCAAUCAAAUUUGAUGAAAUUUCAUCUGACUUUCUAACAUUCUCAUGGGAGCCUCCUUUGAAUGAUGGUGGCGUACCAAUAAGUAACUAUGUUGUAGAAAUGCGUCAAACUGACAGUACCACAUGGACUGAAUUGGCAACCACAGUGAUACGUACUACAUUUAAAGCCACUCGUCUUACUACUGGAGUUGAGUAUCAGUUCCGUGUUAAAGCUCAAAACAGAUAUGGAAUUGGUCCAGCCAUUACUUCAGAGUCUGUAGUUGCCAACUACCCAUUUAAGGUACCUGGGCCUCCUGGCACUCCUCAGGUGAUUGCAGUCACCAAAGAAACCAUGACCAUUAGCUGGAAUGAACCAGUAACUGAUGGUGGAAGCCCAAUUCUGGGAUAUCAUGUUGAAAGAAAAGAACGAAAUAGCAUUCUUUGGCAGACUGUAAGUAAAAUGCUGGUAUCAGGCAAUAUCUUUAAAUCAACUGGACUUACUGAUGGCAUUGCAUAUGAAUUCCGUGUUAUAGCAGAAAAUCUGGCUGGGAAGAGUAAGCCAAGCAAGCCAUCUGAGCCUGUGUUUGCCCUCGACCCAAUAGAUCCACCUGGUAAGCCGAUACCUCUGAACAUUACAAGACAUGCAGUUACACUGAAGUGGACUAAACCAGAAUAUAAUGGAGGUUUUAAGAUAACUGGCUACACUGUUGAAAAAAGAGACCUUCCUAAUGGCCGUUGGCUGAAGGCUAAUUUCAGCAAUAUACUAGAGACUGAAUUCACUGUAAGUGGUUUGACAGAAGAUGCUGCCUAUGAAUUCCGUGUGAUUGCUAGGAACGCUGGUGGGGCUGUUAGUCAGCCCUCUGAGCCAUCAGAUGCAAUAACUUGUAGAGAUGACAUUGAAGCACCAAAGAUAAGAGUGGAUGCUAAAUACAAAGACACCUUAGUGCUGAAAGCAGGUGAAGUUUUCAGACUUGAGGCUGAUGUUUCAGGUCGUCCUCCACCAACUAUGACAUGGACAAAAGGAGAAAAAGAACUUGAAGACACAGCAAAACUAGAAAUAAAAAUAGCAGAUUUCUCUACUGUUCUUAUCAAUAAAGAUUCUUCAAGAAGAGAUGGCGGUGCCUAUACACUUACUGCAACAAAUCCUGGUGGCUUUGCCAAGCAUAUCUUCAAUGUUAAAGUUCUUGAUAGACCUGGUCCCCCAGAAGGACCUUUGACUGUGUCUGAAGUCACUGCAGAAAAAUGUGUGCUGUCAUGGCUACCUCCACUGGAUGAUGGAGGAGCAAAGAUUGACCAUUAUGUGGUUGAAAAACGUGAAACCAGUAGAUUGGCAUGGACAGCUGUAGCCACAGAAGUUCCAUUAACUAAACUGAAGGUUACUAAGCUGUUGAAGGGCAAUGAGUACGUGUUCCGUGUUAUGGCUGUUAACAAAUAUGGAGUUGGUGAGCCUCUGGAAUCAGAGCCUGUUCUUGCAGUAAAUCCAUAUGUGCCACCUGAUCCACCUAAAACACCUGAAGUUACAGCAAUUACAAAAGAUUCUAUGGUUGUCUGUUGGGGCCAUCCUGAUUCUGAUGGUGGGAGCCCAAUAACUAACUAUAUUGUGGAACGUCGAGACAGGGCUGGUCUACGGUGGGUGAAAUGUAACAAACGGGUUGUUACUGACUUACGUUAUAAAGUGUCUGGACUGACAGAAGGCCAUGAAUAUGAAUAUAGAGUCAUGGCUGAAAAUGCUGCUGGAGUCAGUGAGCCAAGUCCAACCAGUCCAUUCUAUAAAGCUUGUGAUACUGUAUUUAAGCCUGGUCCCCCAGGUAAUCCUCGUGUUUUGGAUAGCAGCAAGUCCUCAAUUACAAUAGCAUGGAACAAACCAAUAUAUGAUGGUGGUUCAGAGAUCACAGGUUACAUGGUUGAGAUCGCACUACCUGAAGAAGAUGAGUGGAAGAUUGUAACUCCACCAGUAGGUUUAAAGGCCACUUCUUUUACCAUCACUGACCUGAAAGAAAAUCAGGAGUAUAAAAUACGGAUAUAUGCUAUGAACUCUGAAGGUCUCGGAGAACCUGCUCUUGUUCCUGGGACUCCAAAAGCUGAAGAAAGAAUGCUACCUCCAGAGAUUGAACUUGAUGCAGAACUACGUAAGGUUGUCACUAUUAGAGCCUGCUGUACUCUAAGGCUCUUUGUCCCAAUCAAAGGAAGACCAGCACCUGAAGUAAAAUGGACAAGAGAACAUGGAGAAUCUUUGGAUAGAGCGAGCAUUGAAUCAACAAGCUCUUACACUCUACUUAUUGUUGAAAACGUAAAUAGAUUUGAUAGUGGCAAAUACAUACUGACAAUUGAAAACAGCUCAGGUAGUAAGUCAGCAUUUGUGAAUGUCAGAGUUCUUGAUACACCAGGGGCACCUCAAGAUUUGAAAAUAAAAGAAGUUACAAAAUCAUCUGUUACACUCACAUGGGAGCCUCCUCUCAUAGAUGGUGGCUCUAAAAUAAAAAAUUACAUUGUUGAAAAGCGUGAAUCAACAAGAAAAGCUUAUUCAACUGUUAAUGCCAAUUGCCACAAGACCACCUGGAAAGUUGAUUCACUGCAAGAAGGCUGCAACUACUACUUCAGAGUCCUAGCUGAAAAUGAGUAUGGAAUAGGCCUUCCAGUUGAAACUUCAGAAUCCGUAAAAGUAUCAGAGAGACCACUUCCACCAGGGAAAAUAACUUUGUUGGAUGUUACAAGAAAUAGUGUAUCCUUAUCUUGGGAAAAACCUGAACAUGAUGGUGGUAGCAGAAUUCUGGGCUACAUUGUAGAAAUGCAAAGCAAAGGCAGUGAAAAGUGGUCAACUUGCGCUACAGUAAAAGUUACUGAAGCCACUAUUACAGGAUUGAUCCAAGGUGAAGAAUACACCUUCCGUGUUUCAGCUCAGAAUGAGAAAGGUAUCAGUGAUCCCCGCCAGCUGGGUAUACCAGUUAUUGCAAAGGAUCUUGUGAUUCCACCAGCUUUCAAACUACUGUUUACCACCUUCAGUGUUCUAGCAGGAGAGGACUUAAAGGUUGAUGUUCCUUUUGUUGGUCGACCCAAACCAGCAGUGUUUUGGCAUAAAGACAAUGUGGCAUUGAAGCAGACGACAAGAGUAAAUGCAGAAAGUUCAGAAAAUAACACAGUGUUAACAAUAAAAGAAGCAUGCAGAGAAGAUGUGGGGAAUUAUUUAGUUAAACUUACAAACUCUGCAGGUGAAGCAACCGAGACCCUAAAUAUUGUUGUCCUUGACAAACCAGGACCUCCAACUGGACCAGUAAAAGUAGAUGAAGUAACAGCAGAUAGUAUUACCAUUUCCUGGGAACCACCCAAGUACGAUGGUGGUAGCUCUAUCAAUAAUUACAUCGUGGAAAAAAGAGACACUUCCACCACCACUUGGCAGAUUGUGUCAGCUACUGUUGCAAGAACAACUAUAAAAGCAAGUCGAUUAAAGACUGGCUGUGAAUAUCAGUUCAGAAUCGCAGCUGAGAACAGAUACGGGAAGAGUACCUAUCUCACUUCAGAGCCAAUCAUAGCCCAAUACCCAUUUAAAGUUCCCGGUCCACCUGGAACACCUUUUGUAACAAACGUCUCAAAAGACAGCAUGGUGGUACAGUGGAAUGAACCAGUGAAUGACGGUGGUAGCAAGAUCAUUGGGUAUCACUUGGAGCGUAAAGAAAGAAACAGCAUUCUGUGGGCUAAACUCAAUAAAACACCUAUUCCAGAUACCAAAUUUAAGACAACUGGCCUUGAGGAAGGUCUUGAAUAUGAGUUCAGAGUUUAUGCAGAAAACAUAGUGGGCAUUGGAAAGGCAAGUAGAGCAUCUGAAUGCUAUACUGCACAUGAUCCAUGUGACCCUCCAGGUCGUCCAGAACCUAUAAUUGUCACAAGAAGCUCAGUAACACUUCAGUGGAAGAAACCUGUAUACGAUGGUGGAAGCAAGAUCACAGGCUAUGUUGUUGAAAAGAAGGAGCUACCUGAUGGUCGUUGGAUGAAAGCAAGCUUUACAAAUGUCAUUGAUACCCAAUUUGAAGUAACUGGUCUAGUUGAAAACCAGAGGUAUGAGUUCCGUGUUAUAGCAAGAAAUGCUGCAGGUAUUUUCAGUGAACCAUCUGAGAGCUCAGGGGCAAUUACAGCAAGAGAUGAAGUAGAACCACCUCAUAUAAGUAUGGAUCCAAAAUACAAAGACACUAUUGUAGUGCAUGCUGGUGAGUCAUUCAGGCUUGAUGCUGAUGUUCAUGGCAAACCAAUACCCUCCAUUCAGUGGUUAAAAGGUGAUCAUGAGCUGACAAACACUGCUCGUAUGGAAAUAAAAAGUACAGAUUUUGCAACAAGCCUUAGUGUGAAGGAAGCCAUUAGAGUUGACAGUGGUCAGUAUGUACUACUGGCAAAGAAUGUUGCAGGUGAAAAGAAAGUUCCCGUUAACGUCAAAGUUCUUGAUAGACCUGGACCACCAGAAGGUCCUGUUGAGAUUACAGGCGUUACUGCUGAAAAAUGCAUGCUGUCAUGGAAACCUCCGCUACAAGAUGGUGGUAGCGAUAUUUCACACUAUGUUGUAGAAAAAAGGGAAACCAGUCGCUUGGUGUGGACGGUCAUUGAUUCAAAUGUGCAAACCCUAAAUUGCAAAGUUACAAAACUUUUAGAAGGAAAUGAAUAUGUUUUCCGCAUCAUGGCGGUAAAUAAAUACGGCGUUGGUGAACCUCUUGAGUCCGAACCAGUUCUUGCAAAGAACCCAUUUGUAGUGCCACUUGCACCAAAAGCACCAGAAGUCACAGCCAUUACCAAGGAUUCUAUGAUAGUUGUAUGGGAAAGGCCAGCCUCAGAUGGUGGUAGUGAAAUCCUAGGCUACGUCCUUGAAAAACGAGAUAAGGAAGGUAUUCGCUGGACAAGAUGUAACAAACGCUUGAUAAGUGAACUGCGAUACAGAGUGACUGGGCUUAUAGAAAAUCAUGAUUACGAGUACAGAGUUUCAGCUGAAAAUGCUGCUGGUCUUAGUGAACCGAGCCCACCUUCCACUUACUACAAAGCGUGUGAUCCUAUUUACAAGCCAGGUCCACCCAAUAAUCCUAAAGUUGUGGAUGUUACAAGAUCUUCGGUUUUCCUUUCAUGGGGUAAACCCAUCUAUGAUGGUGGCUCUGAAAUUCAGGGAUACAUUGUGGAAAAAUGUGAUGUAAGUGACGGCCAAUGGGCAAUUUGUACCCCUCCAACUGGAAUUAAGAAUACUCACAUGGAAGUAGAAAAAUUAGUGGAAAAACAUGAAUACAAAUUCCGCAUAUGUGCAGUUAAUAAAGCAGGAGUUGGAGAGCAUGCAGAUGUUCCUGGUUCUGUUAUUGUGGAAGAGAAGAUGGAGGCACCAGACCUUGACCUUGACAUGGAAUUAAGGAAGAUUGUAAAUGUGAGGGCAGGAGGUUCCUUAAGACUGUUUGUUCCCAUCAGAGGUCGUCCAACGCCUGAAGUAAAAUGGGGUAAAAUGGAUGGUGAGAUCAGAGAGGCAGCUAUUAUUGAUACCACUAGCAGCUUUACUUCCCUUGUUCUAGACAACGUUAACAGAUUUGAUACUGGAAAGUAUACUCUGACUUUAGAAAACAGCAGUGGAACCAAGUCUGCCUUUGUCAGUGUAAGAGUACUGGAUACCCCAAGUGCACCUGUUAAUUUAAAAAUCAGAGAGAUCACUAAAGACUCUGUUUCACUUUCAUGGGAGCCUCCUCUCUUGGACGGUGGAGCAAAAAUAAAGAAUUACAUUAUUGAAAAGCGUGAAGCAACAAGAAAAGCAUAUGCAGCUGUUGUAACAAACUGCCACAAGACUUCAUGGAAAGUAGAUCAACUUCAGGAGGGCUGCUAUUACUUCUUUAGAAUCUCUGCUGAGAAUGAAUACGGAAUUGGCCUCCCUGCAGAAACCAGUGACCCAGUUAAAGUUGCUGAAGUUCCACAGCCUCCUGGGAAAAUAACAGUGGAUGAUGUCACGAGAAACAGUAUCUCACUAAGCUGGGCAAAACCUGAACAUGAUGGUGGCAGCAAAAUCAUACAAUACAUUGUUGAAAUGCAAGCAAAGGGUAGUGAGAAGUGGUCAGAGUGUGCUCGUGUAAAAACACUUGAAGCGGUUAUUACUAACCUAACUCAAGGGGAAGAAUAUCUUUUUAGAGUAAUGGCUGUAAAUGAAAAGGGUAAGAGUGAUCCUAAAGCACUUGCAGUUCCAAUAGUUGCCAAAGACCUGGUGAUUGAACCUGAUGUAAGACCUGCUUUUCACAGUUAUAGUAUCCAAGUGGGACAAGAUCUGAAAGUAGAAGUACCAAUUGCAGGUCGACCAAAACCAACUGUUACCUGGGUAAAAGAUGGCCAGCCAUUAAGGCAGACGACAAGGGUGAAUGUUAGCGAUUUGACUGAUCUUACUACAUUGAAUAUUAAAGAAACUAGCAAAGAGGACAGUGGCACUUAUGAAAUCACUGUGGCUAAUGUUGUUGGGCAAAAGUCUGCCUCUGUUGAAAUUAUAACUCUAGACAAACCUGACCCUCCAUUAGGACCUGUGAAGUUUGAUGAAAUAAGUGCAGAAAGUAUUACCCUAUCAUGGAAUCCCCCAGUGUACACAGGCGGCUGCCAAAUCACCAACUAUGUUGUUCACAAGAGAGAUACAACAACCACUGUAUGGGAAACAGUUUCGGCUACUGUUGCAAGAACUACACUGAAAGUGACUAAACUGAAAACUGGUUCAGAAUACCAGUUCAGAAUAUUUGCUGAGAACAGGUACGGGCAGAGCUUUGCAUUGGAAUCUGCACCAGCUGUAGCACAGUACCCCUACAAGGAACCAGGACCUCCUGGCACACCAUUUGUGACAACAGUUACAAAAGAUUCCAUGGUCGUACAGUGGCAUGAACCAAUAAAUGAUGGUGGCAGUAGAGUGUUGGGCUACCAUCUUGAGAGAAAGGAGAAAAACAGCAUUUUAUGGGCUAAAGUGAACAAGACUAUUAUUCAGGACACAAGUUUUAAGACAACUAACCUUGAAGAAGGAAUUGAAUAUGAGUUUCGAGUUUCUGCAGAAAAUAUUGUUGGUGUAGGCAAAACAAGUAAAGUUUCUGAGUGCUAUGUAGCUCGUGACCCAUGUGAUCCUCCAGGUCGCCCAGAAGCUAUAAUAAUAAAAAGAAGCUCUAUUACUCUGCAGUGGACCAAACCAGAAUAUGAUGGUGGAAGUAAGAUUACUGGUUAUAUUGUAGAGAAACGUGACUUACCAGAUGGUCGCUGGAUGAAAGCUAGCUUCACAAAUAUCAUUGAAACUCAGUUCACUGUAACAGGGCUUACUGAAGACAAAAGAUAUGAAUUUAGAGUAAUUGCAAAGAAUGCUGCAGGUGCAAUAAGCAAACCUUCUGACAGUACAGGACCAAUAACAGCAAGGGAUGAAGUUGAACUUCCACGAAUUUCAAUGGAUCCAAAGUACAAAGACACAAUUGUUGUAAAUGCUGGUGAAACAUUCAGACUUGAGGCUGAUGUUCAUGGAAAGCCACUACCAACCAUUAAGUGGUACAAAGGAGAUAAGGAGCUUGAGGAAACUGCUAGAUAUGAAAUAAAGAACACAGAUUUCAGUGCAUUAAUAAUUGUAAAAGAUGCUAUUAGAGUUGAUGGUGGACAGUACAUUUUAGAAGCCUCUAAUGUUGCAGGAACAAAAACAGUACCAGUAAAUGUAAAAGUCCUGGACAGGCCAGGACCUCCAGAGGGCCCAGUCCAAGUGACAGGAGUUACAGCUGAAAAAUGUUCAUUGGCAUGGGCUCCUCCUCUUCAUGAUGGUGGCAGUGAUAUUUCUCAUUACAUUGUAGAGAAGAGAGAAACUAGUCGCCUAGCGUGGACUGUUGUUGCUUCAGAGGUUUUACCUACAAUGCUGAAAGUAACAAAACUCUUGGAAGGAAAUGAAUAUGUUUUCCGUAUUAUGGCAGUUAACAAAUACGGGGUUGGUGAGCCUUUAGAAUCUGUGCCAGUAAUGAUGAAAAAUCCAUUUGUGGUUCCUGGACCACCAAAGGCUUUGGAAAUUACCAACAUCACAAAGGAUUCUAUGACUGUGUGCUGGAGCCGGCCAGAUAGUGAUGGAGGUAGUGAAAUCAUAGGUUACAUAGUAGAAAAGAGAGACCGAGCAGGCAUCAGAUGGAUAAAAUGCAAUAAACGCCGAAUUACAGAUUUGCGAUUGAGAGUUACAGGUUUAACAGAGGAUCAUGAAUAUGAAUUCAGAGUUUCUGCUGAAAAUGCUGCUGGAGUGAGUGAACCAAGCCAAGUUUCUCCUUACUUUAAAGCUUGUGACCCCAUGUUCAAGCCUGGCCCACCUACAAACGCCCAUGUUGUGGAUACCACCAAAACUUCUGUUACACUUGGUUGGAGUAAACCUAUUUAUGAUGGUGGUUGUGAAAUCCAGGGAUACCUUGUAGAAAUCUGCAAAGCAGAUGAAGAUGAAUGGUCACUUAUUACUCCACAGACAGGUGUACGUGCCACUCGAUUUGAAAUCAAAAAGCUUAUUGAACAUCAAGAAUAUAAACUACGAGUGUGUGCCCUCAACAAGAUUGGUGUAGGAGAGGCUGCAUCAGUUCCUGGUACUAUUAAACCAGAAGACAAACCUGAAGCUCCAGAACUUGAUAUUGAUUCAGAGCUAAGGAAAGGGAUAGUGGUUAGAGCUGGCAGCUCUGCUAGGAUUCACAUACCAUUCAGAGGACGACCAACACCUGACAUCACAUGGUCUCGAGAGGAAGGUGAAUUCACAGAAAAAGUUCAGAUUGAUAAAGGCAUAAACUACACACAGCUUUCAAUUGACAACUGUGAUAGAAAUGAUGCUGGAAAGUACAUUCUUAAGUUGGAGAACAGCAGUGGUUCUAAAUCUGCAUUUGUUACAGUAAAAGUCUUGGACACACCAGGACCACCACAAAACUUAGUGGUAAAAGAUGUAAGGAAGGAUUCUGCUGUAUUAUCUUGGGAACCGCCCAUUAUUGAUGGUGGUGCAAAGGUAAAGAACUAUGUAAUAGACAAGCGUGAGUCAACCAGGAAGGCAUUUGCAAAUGUAAGUGCUAAGUGUGGCAAGACAAGUUUUAAAGUUGAAAAUCUUACAGAAGGAGCAAUUUAUUACUUCAGAGUUAUGGCUGAAAAUGAAUUUGGAAUUGGUGUUCCAGCUGAAACCACGGAUGCUGUCAAAGCCUCAGAGCCACCUCUGCCUCCUGGGAAAGUAACACUCACCGAUGUGACUCAGAGAAGUGCAUCAUUUACAUGGGAAAAACCUGAACAUGAUGGAGGUAGCAGAAUUUUGGGAUACAUUGUUGAAAUGCUGCCUAAAGGAACAGAAAAAUGGAGUGUUGUCAGUGAGACCAAAACAUGCAAUGCAGUUGUGUCUGGUUUGAGUUCAGGACAGGAAUAUCAAUUUCGUGUGAUUGCCUACAAUGAAAAAGGCAAAAGUGAUCCCAGAGCACUUGGAAUUCCUGUGAUAGCUAAAGACUUGACAAUUGAGCCAAGUUUCAAACUGAUGUUUAAUACAUACAGUGUACAGGCUGGAGAAGAUCUAAAGGUAGAAGUACCAUUUAUAGGUAGACCCAAACCUACUAUUACUUGGACGAAGAAUGAGCAGCCACUGAAACAGACAACCAGGUUACAUAUUCAGGAUACAUCAACAUCAACUAUCUUACAUAUUAAAGAAAGCAACAAGGAAGACUUUGGUAAAUAUACAGUAACAGCAACAAACACAGCAGGUAUGGCAACAGAGCACCUGAGCAUAAUUGUACUGGAAAAGCCUGGCCCACCACAAGGACCUGUCCGCUUUGAUGAAGUAAGCGCAGACUUUGUUGUUUUAUCAUGGGAUCCACCUGAUUAUACAGGUGGCUGUCAGAUAAGCAACUAUAUAGUAGAAAAGCGUGACACAAGCACUACCACGUGGAGCAUUGUGUCAGCAACAGUUGCAAGAACAACUAUCAAAGCAACAAAGCUUAAAACAGGUUCUGAAUACCAGUUCAGGAUUUCUGCCGAAAAUAGAUAUGGGAAGAGCUCUCCUUUGGAUUCUAAACCAGUUGUUGUGCAAUACCCCUACAAGGUGCCUGGGCCACCUGGAACCCCAUUUGUAACAGCAGCUUCCAAGGACCAUAUGAUUGUAGAGUGGCAUGAACCAGUUAAUGAUGGAGGAAGCAAAGUUCUUGGCUACCAUCUUGAACGUAAAGAUAAGAACAGCAUUCUUUGGACAAAACAGAACAAGUCACUCAUUGCAGACACCAAAUACAAAACAGAUGGCCUUGAAGAAGGUCUUGAAUAUGAGUUCAGAGUUUCUGCUGAAAACAUUGUUGGCAUUGGCAAAGUCAGCAAAGUAUCAGAAUUAUAUGUUGCCCGAGAUCCUUGUGACCCACCUGGCCGCCCAGAGGCCAUUGUUGUUACGAGAAAUAAUAUCACGCUGAAGUGGAAAAAACCAGAAUAUGAUGGUGGAAGCAAAAUAACUGGAUAUAUUGUAGAAAAGAAAGAACUACCAGAUGGUCGGUGGAUGAAAGCCAGCUUUACAAAUGUGUUGGAAACAGAAUUUACAGUAAGUGGUCUUGUUGAAGACCAACGAUACGAAUUUAGAGUAAUUGCAAGAAAUGCAGCAGGUUGCUUGAGUGAACCAUCUGAAAGUACCGGGCCCAUUACUGCCAGAGAUGAAAUUGAAGCACCAGGGGCUUCUCUGGAUCCUAAAUACAAAGAUGUCAUUGUUGUUCAUGCUGGAGAAACCUUUGUUCUUGAAGCUGAUAUCCACGGCAAACCUAUUCCUGACAUUACAUGGUCAAAAGAUGGUAAAGACCUUGAAGAAGCAACUGCAAGAAUGGAAAUUAAAUCUACCAUUCAGAAAACAACUCUUACUGUCAAAGACUGUGUAAGAGUAGAUGGAGGUCACUAUACUCUCAACCUCAGAAAUGUUGGUGGCACAAAAUCGAUACCAAUCAUUGUAAAAGUUCUUGACAGGCCAGGACCUCCAGAAGGACCUUUGAAAGUUACAGGUGUCACUGCAGAAAAAUGCUACUUGGCAUGGGCUCCACCUUUACAUGAUGGCGGUUCUAGUAUCUCACAUUAUAUCAUUGAGAAGAGAGAGACAAGCAGGCUUUCAUGGACACAAGUAGCAACAGAUGUGCAGGCUCUCAACCACAAAGUAACCAGACUCCUUGCUGGCAAUGAGUACAUUUUCCGUGUAAUGGCAGUGAACAAAUAUGGAACUGGAGAACCCUUGGAAUCUGAGCCAAUUGUGGCUCGUAAUCCAUACAAACCCCCUGGUCCUCCUUCAACACCUGAAGUUUCAGCAAUCACAAAAGAUUCUAUGGUGGUAACAUGGUGUCGCCCAGAAGAUGAUGGGGGAGCUGAAAUUGAAGGUUACAUACUUGAAAAACGAGACAAAGAUGGUAUCCGGUGGACCAAAUGCACUAAGAAAAGGCUGACGGACUUGCGAUUCAGAGCAACAGGUCUUACUGAUGGGCAUUUCUAUGAAUUUAGAGUUUCUGCUGAAAAUGCUGCAGGGGUAGGGGAACCCAGUGAACCAUCCAUUUUCUAUCGUGCUUGUGAUGUAUUAUAUCCACCAGGUCCACCAAGUAAUCCAAAGGUUACAGACACUUCCAGAUCAUCAGUUUCCCUUGCCUGGAGUAAGCCCAUUUAUGAUGGCGGUGCUCCAGUUAAGGGAUAUGUAGUAGAAGUAAAAGAAGCUGCUGCUGAUGAAUGGACUACCUGUACACCACCUACAGGCCUACAAGCAAAACAGUUCACUGUUACAAAACUUAAAGAGAACCAGGAGUAUAACUUCCGCAUCUGUGCCAUCAACUCAGAAGGAGUAGGAGAACCUGCUACUAUACCUGGUACAGUCAUAGCAGCAGACAAGAUUGAACCUCCUGAAAUUGAGCUUGAUGCAGAUCUCAGAAAAGUAGUCACUGUACGUGCUAGUGGUACAUUACGCCUCUUUGUCACCAUCAAAGGAAGACCAGAACCUGAAGUUAAAUGGGAGAAAGCAGAAGGAACAAUUAGUGAGCGAGCUCAGAUUGAAGUCACCAGUUCUUAUACAAUGCUGGUCAUUGACAAUGUGAAUAGAUUUGAUAGUGGUAGAUACAAUCUUACUUUAGAGAACAACAGUGGCAAGAAAUCAGCUUUUGUUAAUGUCAGAGUGCUUGAUACACCUAGUGCACCUAUAAACCUGACAAUCAGAGAAGUGAAGAAAGAUUUUGUAACAUUAGCCUGGGAACCGCCACUUAUUGAUGGUGGAGCUAAAAUUACCAACUAUGUAGUUGAAAAGCGAGAAUCCACAAGAAAGGCAUAUGCCACAAUUACAAACAACUGCAUGAAGAAUUCCUUCAAAAUUACUCAGCUACAAGAAGGAUGUAGUUAUUACUUCCGUGUUCUAGCUGUAAAUGAAUAUGGGGUUGGCUUACCAGCAGAAACACCUGACCCAAUUAAGGUUUCUGAACCACCUUCUCCACCUGCAAAGGUCAUUCUUGUUGAUGUGACUCGCAACUCUGCUUCAAUUAAAUGGGAAAAGCCAGAGAGCGAUGGUGGUAGUAAAAUUACUGGUUAUAUAGUAGAAAUGCAAACUAAAGGAAGUAUAAAAUGGAGUGCAUGUACACAGGUGAAAACAUUAGAAGCAACAAUAACAGGUUUAAGUAUGGGAGAAGAGUACAGUUUCAGAGUGAUUGCUGUUAAUGAAAAAGGAAAAAGUGAUCCAAGAGAACUUGGUGUCCCAGUCAUUGCAAAAGAUAUUGAAAUCCAGCCAUCUGCUGAGCUCCUUUUCAACACAUUCACUGUGAAAGCUGGAGAUGAUCUUAAGAUUGAUGUGCCAUUCAGAGGGCGACCUCUUCCAACCGUUAGCUGGAAGAAGGAUGGGAAUCCCUUAAAAGAGACAACCAGGGUAAAUGUUCAGACAUCAAAGACUUCAACUUUACUGUCCAUCAAGGAAGCUUCAAAUGAAGAUUUGGGACAUUAUGAAUUACAUCUUUCAAAUACUGCCGGAUCAACAACAGCUUCUUUAACUGUUGUUGUCCUCGACAGACCAGGACCACCAACUGAUGUGCAUAUUGAUGAAAUUAGUGCUGAUAGUGUAACUCUGUCUUGGAAACCUCCAGGAUAUGAUGGUGGGUGCCAUAUUAGCAAUUACAUUGUGGAGAAGCGAGAAACUACCACAACAACAUGGGAUGUAGUAUCUGCAGCAGUUGCAAGAACAUCAAUUAAAGUAUCUCGACUCACCACUGGCUCUGAAUAUCAAUUCCGUAUUUGUGCAGAAAACCGCUAUGGGAAAAGCACUUACAGUAAUUCUCCUUCUGUUGUGGCAGAGUAUCCAUUUAAGCCUCCGGGACCACCUGGAACUCCUCAUGUGAUACAUGCAACUAAAGCUUUCAUGAUUGUAACUUGGCAGGUACCAGUUAAUGAUGGAGGUAGCAGAGUACUAGGAUAUCACUUGGAGCGUAAAGAAAGAAGCAGCAUUCUUUGGACAAAAGUCAACAAGAGCCUUAUACCUGAUACGCAAAUGAAAGUUACAGGUCUUGAUGAAGGACUGCUGUAUGAAUAUCGUGUGUAUGCUGAAAACAUUGCUGGAAUAGGCAAAUGCAGUAAAACAUGUGAACCAGUUGCUGCAAGAGAUCCAUGUGAUCCUCCUGGUCAACCAGAAGUUACUAAUAUUACAAGAACAUGUGUAUCACUGAAAUGGACUAAACCAGAAUAUGAUGGUGGAGCUAAAGUAACAGGAUAUAUUAUUGAACGCAGAGAGUUACCAGAUGGUCGUUGGCUAAAGUGCAAUUUUACUAAUGUGCAAGAAACAUACUUUGAUGUAGGUGGACUUACAGAAGACCAGCGAUAUGAAUUCCGUGUGAUUGCAAAGAAUGCUGCUGGACUCUUCAGUCAGCCAUCUGAAUCAACUGGACCUGUGACUGUAAAAGAUGAUGUAGAAGCUCCAAGAAUUAUGAUGGAUGCCAAAUUCAGGGAUGUUGUAGUUGUGAAAGCUGGAGAGGUGUUUAAAGUCAAUGCUGAUGUUGCAGGACGACCAGUUCCAGUGAUCUCAUGGACAAAGGAUGGCAAGGAGCUUGAAGGAAAAGCUAGAGUUGAAAUAGCCUCAACAGAUCACACUACUGCAAUAACCGUUAAGGACUGUAUCCGAGGUGAUUCAGGACAGUAUGUACUAACAUUACAAAAUGUUGCAGGAACAAGAUCUUUGGCAAUUAAUUGCAAAGUACUUGAUAGACCUGGCCCACCUGCAGGCCCAUUAGAAAUAAAUGGCCUUACUGCUGAAAAGUGCCAUUUAUCAUGGGGACCCCCUCAAGAAAAUGGCGGUGCAGAUAUUGAUUAUUAUACUGUAGAAAAACGUGAGACCAGCAGAAUUGCAUGGACACUUUGUGAAGGAGAGCUUAGAACAACAUCCUGUAAAGUGACAAAACUACUGAAGGGUAAUGAGUAUAUUUUCAGAGUGAUGGGAGUUAACAAGUAUGGUGUUGGUGAGCCUCUAGAAAGUGUUGCUGUCAGAGCCCUAGACCCAUUUACAGUCCCAAGUCCACCUACAUCUUUAGAGAUCACCAGUGUCAGCAAAGAUUCGAUAACUCUGUGCUGGGCAAGACCUGAGUCUGAUGGAGGCAAUGAGAUCUCUGGCUAUGUAAUUGAAAGACGUGAGAAAACUAGCCUAAGAUGGAUUCGUGUAAACAAAAAGCCAGUUUAUGAUUUAAGAGUGAAAUCAUCUGGUCUCCGUGAAGGUUGUGAAUAUGAAUUCCGGGUUUAUGCAGAAAAUGCUGCUGGCCUCAGCCUUCCAAGUGAAACCACACCAUUAAUUCGGGCAGAAGAUCCAGUGUUCUUGCCAUCUCCCCCAUCUAAACCUAAGAUUGUGGAUUCUACAAGGUCAAAUAUAACAAUUGGGUGGACAAAGCCACUGUUUGAUGGAGGUGCUCCAGUAACAGGAUACACAGUUGAAUACAAGAAAACUGAUGAAACUGACUGGACAACUGCUAUUCAGAACUUAAGAGGCACAGAAUACACCAUAACUGGAUUAGUAGCAGGCUCUGAGUACAUCUUUAGAGUGAAAUCCAUUAACAAAAUUGGUGCCAGUGAACCAAGUGAUGUCUCGGAACCUCAGGUGGCAAAAGAAAGAGAAGAAGAACCUUCCUUUGAUAUUGACAGUGAAAUGCGGAAGACUUUAAUUGUAAAGGCUGGUGGAUCAUUCACAAUGACUGUUCCUUUCAGAGGCAAACCAGUCCCAAAUGUAACGUGGAACAAACCAGACACUGAUCUCCGUACACGAGCAAGCAUUGAUACUUCAGAUAAUUGCACAUCUCUUACUAUUGAAAAAGCAACAAGAAACGAUUCUGGAAAAUACACACUAACAUUGCAAAACAUCCUAAACACUGCUACCUUGACUUUAAUUGUCAAAGUUCUUGAUACUCCUGGCCCACCAUCUAAUAUUGCAGCAAAAGACGUAACUAAAGAAUCUGCUGUGUUAUCUUGGGAUGUUCCUGAAAAUGAUGGUGGAGCACCUGUAAAGAACUACGUUAUUGAAAAACGAGAAGCUAGCAAAAAAGCGUGGGUCACUGUGACGAACAAUUGUCAUCGUCUGUCCUACAAAGUGACUGGCUUGCAAGAAGGUGCCAUUUACUACUUCCGGGUUUCUGGAGAAAAUGAGUAUGGUGUUGGAGUGCCUUCUGAGACCAAGGAGGGAACAAAAAUAACAGAAAAACCCAGCCCACCAGAAAAACUUGGAGUAACAAAUGUCACAAAGGACAGUGUUUCUCUUUCGUGGCUAAAACCAGAACAUGAUGGUGGAAGCAGAAUUGUGAGCUACCUCAUUGAAGCUCUUGAGAAAGGACAGCAAAAAUGGGUUAAGUGUGCAGUUGUAAAGACAACUCAUCAUGUUGUCCAUGGCCUUAAGGAGAAUGUUGACUAUUUCUUCAGGGUGUCUGCAGAAAACCAAGCUGGUUUAAGUGAUCCUAAGGAACUACUGCUCCCUGUUACAGUUAAAGAACAAUUAGAAUCUCCCGAGAUUGACAUGAAGGGCUUCCCUCAUAACACUGUAUAUAUUCGAGCAGGAUCAAACCUGAAAGUUGAAAUUCCAAUUUCUGGAAAACCAAUGCCAAAGGUGACAUUGUCUAGAGAUGGCAUUCCACUGAAACCUACCAUGAGAUUUCACACAGAAACCACUGCAGAAAGUCUCAUCAUUAACCUUAAAGAAAGUGUGGCUGCUGAUGCUGGCAGAUAUGACAUUACUGCUGCCAACUCAAGUGGCACCACAAAAUCAUUUAUUAAUAUUGUUGUGCUGGAUAGACCCGGUCCUCCUGUUGGUCCUGUUGUCCUUAGUGAUAUCACUGAAGAGAGUGUAACACUCAGAUGGCAGCCUCCAGCUUAUGAUGGUGGAAGUCAAGUUACCAACUAUAUCGUACUGAAAAGAGAAACAAGUACUGCUGCUUGGUCUGAAGUGUCUGCAACCGUUGCUAGAACUGUUAUCAAAGUUAUGAAGCUCACAACAGGAGAAGAAUACCAAUUCCGCAUCAAAGCUGAGAACCGUUUUGGCAUCAGCGAUCACAUAGACUCACAAUGUGUGGUUGUCAAGCUUCCUUACACUACCCCUGGCCCUCCUUCCACACCAUGGGUCACGAAUGUCACCCGAGAGAGUAUUACUGUUGGAUGGCAUGAACCAGUCACUAACGGUGGCAGUGCAGUCAUUGGAUACCACCUGGAAAUGAAAGACAGGAAUAGUAUAUUAUGGCAGAAGGCUAACAAGACCCUCAUUCGCACAACUCACUUCAAAGUCACCACCAUCAGUGCUGGCCUUAUCUAUGAAUUUAGAGUUUAUGCAGAAAAUGCAGCUGGCAUCGGAAAAGCAAGUCAUCCUUCUGAUCCAGUCCUUGCAAUCGAUGCUUGUGAACCACCAAGAAACCUUCGUGUGUCGGAUAUGUCCAAGACUGCUAUCACUCUGUCAUGGCAGAAGCCAGCAUUUGAUGGUGGGAGCAAGAUCACUGGAUACAUCGUAGAAAGACGUGAUCUUCCGGAUGGCAGAUGGACAAAAGCUAGCUUCACCAAUGUUAUUGAGACUCAGUUCACAGUAACUGGUCUGACACAGAAUUCCCGAUAUGAAUUCCGGGUCUUUGCUAAGAAUGCUGUUGGUUCCAUUAGUAAUCCCUCAGAUGUUGUGGGUCCUAUCACAUGUGUUGAUACGUACGGUGCACCUGAAAUUGAUGUGCCACCAGAAUACACAGAAGUGGUGAAAUAUAAAGCAGGAACUUCAGUUAAGCUAAAACUAGGCAUCUCAGGCAAGCCUAUACCCACAAUUGAAUGGUUCAAAAAUGGCAACGAGGUACAAACCAGUGCACUAAUGUCUAUUGAAAACACAACAGAAUUUGCUUCUAUACUCAUCAAGGAUGCAACCCGACUCAACAGUGGCACCUAUGAAUUAAAAUUGAAGAAUGCCAUGGGUUCAGCAUCAGCCCAUGUUAGAGUACAGAUACUUGACAAGCCAGGACCCCCAAGUGGACCUAUACAGUUUAAGACGGUCACUGCUGAAAAGAUUACAAUAACAUGGCACCCACCAGCAGAUGAUGGUGGUGCACCUGUAACACACUAUGUUGUUGAAAAGCGGGAGACAAGUCGGGUUGUAUGGUCUUUAAUUUCUGAAAAACUGGAGGGGUGUAUCAUAACUACAACAAAACUCAUCAAAGGAAAUGAAUAUGUGUUCCGUGUCCGUGGUGUGAACAAGUUUGGAGUUGGUGAUUCACUGGAGUCUGAACCUGUUAUAGCCAAAAAUUCAUUUGUUACACCUGGACCACCUAGUGUACCAGAAGUCACAAUGAUAACCAAGAAUUCUAUGACUGUUGUCUGGAAUAGGCCCACUGUUGAUGGAGGCAGUGAAAUAUCAGGAUAUUUUCUUGAGAAGCGUGACAAGAAGAGUCUCAGUUGGUUCAAGGUUACUAAAGAAACCAUUCGGGACACCAGACAGAAAGUAACAGGUCUGACUGAAAACAGUGAAUAUCAUUUCCGAGUUUGUGCUGUCAAUGCAGCUGGACAAGGUCCAUUCUCUGAAGCUUCUGACUUCUACAAAGCUGCAGAUCCUGUUGAUAAGCCAGGCUCACCAACAAAGCUGAAGGUCGUAGAUACAACCAAGACAUCUGUCACCCUUGGCUGGAUUAAACCUGCUUAUGAUGGAGGAAGUCCAAUUACCAACUACGUGGUGGAGAAAAGGGAAGGUGAAGAGCAAGAAUGGACUGUAGUCAGUACUAAGGGAGAAGUGAGAACAACUGAGUAUGUUGUAUCCCACCUUCAGCCAAGUAUUAAUUAUUAUUUCCGCGUGUCUGCUAUAAAUUGUGCUGGACAAGGAGAGCCUAUUGAAAUGAUGGAACCCGUUCAAGCUAAAGAUAUUCUUGUGGCACCAGAGAUCGAUCUGGAUGUUGCUCUCCGGACCUCUAUUGUUGCUAAAGCAGGUGAAGAUGUGCAAACAAUGAUUCCAUUCAAAGGAAGACCUCCUCCAACAGUCACUUGGAGAAAGGGUGACAAGAAUCUUGGGAUUGACGAAAGAUAUAUCAUCCAGAACACAGAAUCAUCUACACUACUUACUAUUCCUCAAGUUACCCGCAAUGAUACAGGAAAAUACAUUCUUACAAUUGAAAAUGGAGUUGGAGAAGCAAAAUCAUCAUUUGUGAAUAUAAAAGUACUUGACACGCCAUCUGCCUGCCAGAAGCUGCAGCUUAAGCAUGUUGCUCGUGGCACAGUUACACUGGUAUGGGAGCCACCUCUCAUUAAUGGUGGUUCUGAAAUAACAAAUUAUGUUGUUGAAAAAAGAGAUGCUACAAAGAGGGCCUGGUCAACUGUAACAACAAAGUGUUCUCAUACCACCUAUAAGCUAACUAACCUGUCAGAGAAGACUGCAUUCUUCUUCCGUGUUCUUGCUGAAAAUGAAAUUGGACUGGGUGAACCUUGUGAGACAACUGAACCGGUGAAAGCUGCAGACAUACCUGGACCUGUAAAAGACCUAGCCAUGAAAGAUUCUACAAAGACUUCUGUUAAAUUGCAGUGGAGCAAACCUGACUAUGAUGGUGGUAGCAUUAUAUCGGACUAUGUUAUUGAAAAGAAACUGCAAGGAGAAAAAGAAUGGACAUAUGCAGGCACAAGCAAGAGCUGUGAAUUUGAAGUUGAAAAACUUAAAGAGCUUUCUGUCAUGGAAUUCAGAGUCUUUGCUAAAAAUGAAAAAGGCAUGAGUGACAGUGUUAGUAUUGGACCCAUUACAGUGAAAGAACAUAUAAUAACACCUGAAGCUGACCUUUCUGAUAUUCCUGGAGGUCAAAUUGCAGUGAGAAUUGGACAUAACCUGCACAUUGAAUUGCCCUAUAAAGGUAAACCUAAGCCAUCAAUGAGCUGGCUCAAGGACAACCUCCCUCUUAAAGAAACUGAACAUCUUCGUUUCAAGAAAACUGAAAACAAGAUAAGCUUAAGCAUCAAGAAUGUGAAAAAGGAGCAUGGUGGCAAAUAUACUUUAAUUCUUGACAAUGCAGUGUGCAGAAAAACAUUCACAAUCACUGUCAUCACUCUCGGCCCUCCAUCCAAGCCAAAAGGACCCUUAAGACUAGAUGAAAUCAAAGCAGAUAGUGUAGUUUUGUCAUGGGAAGCUCCUGAAGAUGAUGGGGGAGGAGAAAUUACCGGCUACAGUAUUGAGAAGAGAGAAACUUCACAAAUGAACUGGAAGCUGGUGUGUUCGAGUGCUGCAAGAACAACUUUCAAAGUACCAAACCUCGUUAAAGACACUGAAUAUCAGUUUAGAGUUCGUGCAGAAAACAGAUACGGAGUGAGCCCACCUCUUGUUUCAGCAGAUGUUGUAGCAAAGCAUCAAUUUAGACCACCAGGUGCCCCAGGCAAGCCUCUUGUAUACAACGUAACCGCUGAUGGAAUGACCAUAUCUUGGGAUGCUCCUGUUUAUGAUGGUGGUUCAGAGAUCAUUGGAUAUCACGUUGAAAAGAAGGAAAGAAACAGUAUUUUGUGGCAGAAGGUUAAUGUUGCAUUAAUAUCUAGCAGAGAAUACAGGAUUACCGGACUGCUUGAGGGCCUGGAUUACCAGUUCCAAGUAUACGCUGAAAACACUGCAGGUCUAAGCCGAGCUAGUGAGCCAAGCAAAUUUACUUUGGCAGUCUCUCCAGUGGACCCACCUGGUACUCCUGAUUACAUUGAUGUCACCAGGGAAACAGUCACCCUUAAAUGGACCCCCCCACUGCGUGAUGGAGGCAGUAAGAUUGUGGCUUACAGCAUUGAGAAACGGCAAGGAAGUGAAGACCGUUGGCUCAGAUGUAACUUUACUGAUGUCAGUGAAUGCCAAUAUACAGUUACAGGACUCAGUUCAGGUGACAGAUAUGAAUUCAGAGUGCUUGCAAGAAACGCUGUUGGUACAAUCAGCCCGCCUUCACAGUCUUCAGGCUAUAUCAUGACCAGAGAUGAAAACAUUGCUCCAACAAUUGAAUUUGGCCCUGAGCACUUCGAAGGCCUUACUGUUAAAGCUGGAGAGAGCAUUAGACUUAAAGCUCUAAUCAAAGGACGUCCAGUACCUAAAGUGACAUGGUUUAAGGAUGGUAAGGAGAUUGAGAAAAUAAUGAAUAUAGAAAUAACUACAGCUAUUGGAUAUAGUACAAUCUUCAUUAGAGAUGCUACCCGGGAUCAUCGUGGAGUGUACACAGUAGAAGCCAAAAAUGCAUCAGGCACUAAACGAGAAGACAUUACCUUCAGAGUACAAGACACACCAGGAAAAGUUGGUGGACCAAUACGAUUCACAAACAUUACUGGUGAAAAAGUCACAUUGUGGUGGGAGCCUCCAGCUAAUGAUGGUUGCUCUUCUAUUUCCCACUACAUAAUUGAAAAACGUGAAACCAGCAGGAUUGCUUGGGCAUUAGUUGAAGAUAAAUGUGAAGCUUGCACCUACACAGCACUUAAAUUAAUUAAGGGCAACGAAUACCAGUUCCGUGUCUCUGCAGUGAACAAAUUUGGAGUUGGCAGACCAUUGGAGUCUGAUCCAGUUACCGCACAAAUACCUUACACUCUCCCUGACGCACCAGGAACUCCAGAGCCUACCAAUGUUACAGGAGACAGUAUCACACUCACAUGGGCAAGACCAAAAUCAGAUGGUGGAAGUGAGAUAAAUGAGUAUAUUCUAGAAAGGAGAGAAAAGAAGAGCAUGCGCUGGGUUAAAGUAUCCAGUAAGAGGCCCAUUACUGAGAACAGAUACAGAGUAACUGGCCUUAUUGAAGGCAAUGAGUAUGAAUUCCAUGUCAUGGCUGAAAAUGCUGCAGGAGUUGGACCUCCAAGUGACGUUUCAAAGCUGAUUAAAUGUAGAGAACCAGUCAGCCCACCAAGUGCUCCUAAUGUUGUAAAGGUGACAGAUACAUCAAAGACUAGUGUAAGCUUAGAGUGGACCAAGCCAGUUUUUGAUGGAGGCAUGGAAAUAAUUGGGUACAUCAUUGAGAUGUGCAAAGCUGAUCUUGAAGCAUGGCAGAAAGUCAAUGCAGAGACUGUUCUUGCUACUAAAUAUACCGUUGUUGAUUUGGAGGCAGGAGAACACUACAAAUUCAGAGUUAGUGCUGUCAAUGGUGCUGGCAAAGGAGAAAGUUGUGAAGUUCCUGCUUCCAUCCAAACCGUGGACAGGCUUUCUGCACCUGAAAUUGAUAUCGAUGCAAAUUUCAAGCAGACUCAUAUUGUAAGAGCAGGUGCAAGCAUUCGUCUAUUUAUUGCCUUCUCUGGAAGACCUGUUCCUACUGCUGUGUGGUCCAAAGCAGAUGCUAAUCUUAGCUUGCGUGCUGACAUUCAAACAACCGAUUCAUUCAGCACAUUGACUGUGGAGGAAUGCAAUAGAAAUGAUGCUGGCAAGUAUGUCUUUACUGUGGAAAACAACAGUGGAAGUAAGUCUAUUACAUUUACUGUCAAGGUUUUGGACACACCUGGUCCACCAGGUCCUAUUACAUUUAAAGACGUGACUCGAGGAUGUAUUACUUUAAUGUGGGAUGCUCCUGUUCUGGAUGGAGGUUCACGUAUCCAUCACUACAUUGUGGAAAAACGGGAAGCAAGCCGUCGUAGCUGGCAAGUGGUGAGUUCAAAAUGCAUUCGACAAAUCUUUAAGGUCACUGAUCUGGCAGAAGGUGUGGCAUAUUACUACCGAGUGUCAGCAGAAAAUGAAUAUGGUGUAGGUGAACCCUGUGAAUUAACAGAACCAGUUGUAGCCACGGAAGAACCUGCUCCACCUAAGAGACUAGAUAUUGUUGAUACAACCAAAUCUUCCGUAGUUUUAGCUUGGCUUAAACCUGAUCAUGAUGGUGGUAGCCGUGUUACUGGAUACCUUCUUGAAAUGAAACAAAAAGGUUCUGAAUCCUGGAUUGAAGCUGGACAAACCAAACAACUUACUUUCACUGUUGAAGGCCUUGUGGAGAACACUGAAUAUGAAUUCCGGGUCAAGGCAAAGAAUGAUGCUGGCUACAGUGAGCCAAGAGAAGCUUUCUCUUCUGUUAUUAUUAAGGAGCCACAGAUUGAACCAACAGCAGAUCUCAGUGAAAUAAGCAGACAGCUCAUAACAUGCAAGGCUGGAAGCACCUUUACUAUUGAUAUACCAAUCAGUGGGCGCCCAGCUCCAAAAGUGACAUGGAAACUUGAGGAGAUGAGGCUGAAGGAAACUGAGAGAGUGACCAUCAAGACAACAAAAGACAGAACCACACUGACUGUAAAGGACAGUAUGAGGGGUGACUCUGGUAAAUACUACCUCACACUAGAAAACACUGCUGGUGUGAAAACAUUUACUGUCACAGUGGUAGUCAUAGGAAGGCCAGGUCCUGUCACUGGCCCAAUUGAAAUAUCAUCUGUCUCUGCUGAAUCCUGUGUGUUGACCUGGAAAGAACCUGAAGAUGAUGGUGGCAGUGACAUUACGAACUACAUUGUAGAGAAACGUGAAUCUGGCACAACAGCAUGGCAGCUGGUAAAUUCCAGUGUGAAACGUACACAGAUCAAAGUCACUCAUCUCACAAAAUACCAGGAGUACAGUUUCCGAGUAAGCUCAGAAAACAGAUUUGGUGUCAGCAAACCCCUUGAAUCAAAAACAAUAGUUGCUGAGCAUCCAUUCGUCCCACCAAGCCCGCCUUCAAGGCCAGAAGUCUAUUCGGUGUCUGCAACUGCCAUGGCCAUUCGCUGGGAGGAACCCUAUCAUGAUGGUGGCAGCAAAGUCAUUGGAUAUUGGGUUGAAAAGAAGGAGCGCAACACCAUCCUUUGGGUGAAAGAAAACAAAGUGCCAUGCUGUGAAUGCAACUACAAAGUCACAGGAUUGGUGGAAGGCCUAGAAUACCAAUUCAGAACCUAUGCUCUAAAUGCUGCAGGUGUUAGCAAAGCUAGUGAAGCUUCGAGACCAGUAGUGGCUCAAAAUCCAGUUGAUCCACCAGGAAGACCAGAAGUAACAGAUGUCACCAGAUCUACAGUGUCGCUUAGCUGGUCAGCACCUCUUUAUGAUGGUGGAAGCAAAAUUAUCGGAUAUAUUAUAGAGCGCAAACCAUAUAACGAAUCUGGCGAUGGACGCUGGCUGAAAUGCAAUUAUACCAUUGUCUCAGAAAAUUUUUUUACUGUGACAGCUCUUAGCGAAGAUGAAGCAUAUGAAUUCCGUGUACUAGCAAAGAAUGCUGCUGGUGUGAUUAGCAAAGGAUCUGAAUCGACUGGUGCUGUCAUUUGCAAAGAUGAAUACUCACCACCAAAGGCUGAACUCGAUGCCAGACUGCAGGGAGAAGUUGUGACCAUUAGGGCUGGAUCAGAUCUUGUUCUCGAUGCGGCCAUUGGUGGGAAACCAGAACCAAAAGUCUUCUGGUCCAAAGGUGACAGGGAAUUGGAUCUAUGUGAAAAGAUAUCUCUGCAAUACACCAGCAAACGAGCCAUUGCAAUUAUCAAGUUCUGUGACAGAAGUGAUAGUGGAAAAUAUACUCUAACAGUUAAAAAUGCCAGUGGGAUGAAACAAAUCUCUGUUCUUGUCAAAGUGCUUGAUUCACCAGGUCCAUGUGCAGGCAAAAUUACAGUUAGCAGAGUAACAGAAGAGAAAUGUACUCUGGCAUGGAACAUUCCUGAGGAAGAUGGAGGUGCACAAAUCACUCACUAUAUCGUAGAAAGGCGUGAAACCAGCAGACUUCACUGGGUUAUUGUUGAGGCUGAAUGCCAGACUUUAUCAUACGUGGUAACAAAACUUAUUAAAAAUAACGAAUACAUCUUCCGUGUGAGAGCUGUCAACAAAUAUGGACCAGGUGUUCCACUUGAAACAGAACCUGUGAUUGCCAGGAAUGCUUUCACUAUCCCAACACAGCCUGGUGCUCCUGAAGAAGUGAGUGUUGGCAAGGAACAUGUCAUUAUUCAGUGGACAAAACCAGAAUCAGAUGGUGGCAGUGAGAUUAAGGACUAUCUUGUGGACAAACGUGAAAGGAAAAGUCUGCGCUGGACACGAGUGAACAGAGAUUACACUGUUUAUGAUACCAGACUGAAAGUCACUGGUCUCAUGGAAGGCAGCCAGUACCAGUUCCGUGUCACUGCAGUGAAUGCUGCUGGGAACAGUGAGCCUAGCGAAGCCUCACAAUACAUAUUAUGUAAAGAACCAUCAUAUACUCCUGCACCACCUUCAGCUCCAAGAGUUGUGGAUACUACUAAGCACAGUAUCAGUUUAGCAUGGUCAAAGCCCACAUAUGAUGGUGGUGCUGACAUCUUAGGUUAUGUUCUUGAAAUGAAAGAAGAAGGUACUGAACAGUGGUAUCGACCACAUACAACUGCCACUCUGAGGAAUGCUGAGUUCACCGUGACUGGUCUUAAAACAGCACAGAAAUACCAAUUCAGAGUUGCUGCUACAAAUGUGAAUGGUAUGAGUGAAUUUAGUGAAUCAUCAGCAGAAAUAGAACCUGUGGAAAGAAUAGAAAUACCUGAGCUUGAGCUUGCUGAUGUUCUGAAGAAGACAGUUACAGUCAGAGCUGGUGGUUCCCUGCGCCUAAUGGUCUCUGUAUCUGGCAGACCUCCUCCCGUAAUCACAUGGAGCAAGCAGGGUGUUGACCUUGCAAGUCGAGCUAUUAUUGAUACUACAGACAGCUACACUCUGCUUAUUGUGGAUAAAGUUAAUCGGUAUGAUGCUGGAAAAUACGUCAUUGAGGCUGAAAAUCAAUCAGGGAAAAAAUCUGCAACUAUUUCUGUAAAAGUGUAUGAUACACCUGGUCCACCAGCUGCAGUGAGAAUUAAGGAAGUAUCAAAAGAUUCUGUGACACUUACUUGGGAUAUUCCAACCAUUGAUGGUGGAGCCCCAGUCAACAAUUAUAUAAUUGAGAAACGUGAAGCUUCCAUGAGAGCUUACAAGACCGUCACUAUCAAAUGCAGCAAGACAUUUUAUAGAGUUACUGGACUUCUAGAAGGAGCUUUGUAUUAUUUCAGAGUACUACCAGAAAAUAUUUACGGCAUUGGUGAAGCUUGUGAAACAUCUGAUGCAGUACUAGUAUCUGAUGUCCCCAUGGUACCACAAAAACUCGAAGUGAUUGACACCACUAAAUCAACUGUUACUCUUGCAUGGGAGAAACCACCACAUGAUGGUGGCAGCAGAUUGACUGGCUAUGUUAUUGAGGCCAGCAAAGCUGGAACAGAAAGAUGGUUGAAGGUAGUGACACUGAAGCCUACCGUCUAUGAGCAUACAAUUAUCUCUCUCAAUGAAGGUGAACAGUACUUGUUCAGAGUCAGAGCACAGAAUCAGAAGGGCAUGUCAGAACCACGAGAGAUUGUCACAGCAGUGACAGUACAAGACCAAAAAGUUCUACCAACAAUUGACUUUGCUGGAAUACCUCAGAAGACAAUUCACGUACCUGCUGGCAAGCCCAUUGAGUUAGCUAUUCCAAUUGAAGGACGACCACCUCCAGUUGCAUCUUGGUUCUUUGCUGGUUCUAAACUAAAAGAAUCAGAACGCAUCAAAAUGGAGACUGUUGCCAAAAUGGCUAAAUUAACUGUGCGUGAGACCACCAUACAUGACACUGGAGAGUAUACGCUUGAACUGAAGAACACAACUGGAACAGUUACUGAUACAAUAAAGGUUAUAAUCCUUGACAAACCUGGACCACCUGUUGGACCUAUCCGAAUUGACGAAAUUGAUUCAAAUUAUGUAACCAUCUCCUGGGAGCCACCUGAACUGGAUGGUGGAGCUACCCUUAGUGGCUAUGUGGUAGAACAGCGCGAUGCUCACCGUCCUGGAUGGCUGCCAGUUUCAGAGUCAGUAACCAGGACAACUUUUAAGUUCACCAGACUUGUUGAAGGUGCAGAAUACGUGUUCCGUGUGGCUGCUACAAACCGCUUUGGAAUCGGAUCUUACCUGCAGUCUGAAAUUAUAGAAUGCAAGAGCAGAAUACGUAUUCCUGGUCCUCCUGGCACUCCAGAAGUGUUUGAUAUCUCUCGAGAUGGCAUGACAUUAACGUGGUAUCCUCCAGAAGAUGAUGGUGACUCACAGAUUAUUGGUUAUAUUGUGGAACGCAAAGAAGUUAGAGCAGAUAGAUGGAUCCGUGUAAAUAAAGUUCCAGUCACUAUGACUCGUUAUCGUUCCACUGGGUUGGUUGAAGGAUUAGAAUAUGAACACCGAGUCACAGCAAUCAAUGCCAGAGGCACUGGGAAACCCAGCCGUCCUUCGAAGUCUGCUGUCGCUAGAGAUCCAAUUGCUCCUCCAGGUAAACCUCAGAAUCCAAGAGUCACUGAUACUACAAGAACAUCUGUCUCCCUGGCUUGGAGUCCACCAGAAGAUGAAGGUGGUUCUAAAGUUACUGGCUACUUAAUUGAGAUGCAGAAGGUUGAUCAAUUUGAAUGGACCAAAUGCAAUACCACGCCAACCAAGAUUCGUGAAUACACCUUGACACAUCUCCCCCAGGGCGCAGAAUACAGAUUCCGUGUGCUAGCCUGUAAUGCUGGCGGACCAGGAGAACCUGCUGAAGUGCCAGGAACAGUCAAAAUAACAGAAAUGCUUGAAUAUCCUGACUAUGAACUUGAUGAAAAAUACCAGGAAGGUCUCAUGGUGAGACAAGGUGGAGUUAUCAGGCUUACAAUACCCAUUAAGGGUAAGCCCAUCCCAAUAUGCAAAUGGACAAAAGAAGGACACGACAUCAGCAAGAGGGCCAUGAUUGCGACUUCUGACACUCACACGGAACUUGUGAUCAAAGAUGCAGAAAGAGAAGAUUCAGGCACCUAUGAUUUGGCACUUGAAAACAAGUGUGGCAAAAAAGCUGUGUAUAUUAAAGUCAGAGUGAUUGGCAUUCCAAAUCCACCAGAAGGGCCACUUGAGUAUGACGAUAUACAAGCUCGUUCUGUCAGAGUAAGCUGGAGACCUCCUACAGAUGAUGGUGGUGCAGAUAUCCUAGGUUAUAUUGUUGAGAGACGAGAAGUACCGAAGACUGCCUGGUACACUGUUGACUCUAGAGUGAAAGGGACAUCACUAGUGGUGAAAGGGCUCAAAGAAAAUGUGGAAUAUCACUUCCGUGUUUCUGCUGAAAACCAUUUCGGUAUUAGUAAAUCCCUCAAAUCUGAAGAACCAGCAGUACCAAAGACACCUCUAAAUCCUCCAGAGCCUCCAAACAACCCACCUGAAGUGCUUGGUGUUACAAAGAGUUCUGUCAACCUGUCCUGGUCCAGACCUAAAGAUGAUGGUGGUUCUCGUGUAACUGGCUACUACAUUGAACGUAAAGAGACAUCUACAGAAAAAUGGGUCCGGCAUAAUAAGACACAGAUUACCACUACAAUGUAUACAGUCACAGGACUUGUUCCAGAUGCUGAAUAUCAAUUCCGUAUCAUUGCUCAAAAUGACAUUGGUGAAAGUGAAGCAAGUGCUGCUUCUGAACCAGUUGUAUGCAAGGAUCCAUUUGACAAACCAAGCCAACCUGGAGAAAUUGAGAUCACAUCUAUAUUUAAGGACAGCAUUACAUUAGAAUGGGAACGACCUGAAAGCGAUGGUGGCAAAGAGAUCCUUGGCUAUUGGGUUGAAUAUCGCCAGUCUGGAGAAAGCACCUGGAAAAAAUGCAAUAAAGAACGCAUCAAGGACAGGCAGUUUACAGUAGGAGGUUUACUAGAGGCUACAGAAUACGAGUUCCGUGUUUUUGCAGAAAAUCAGACCGGCCUCAGCAGACCUCGGAGGACUGCUAUGGCAGUGAAAACUAAAUUAACAUCCGGAGAAGCACCUGCCAUAAAAAAAGAAAUGCAGGAUGUUACAACUAAACUGGGUGAAGCAGCUCAGCUGACAUGCCAGAUUGUUGGGAGACCUUUGCCUGAUAUUAAAUGGUACCGCUUCGGCAAAGAACUGGUGCAAAGCCGAAAAUACAAAAUGUCAUCUGAUGGACGCAAUCAUACGCUGACAGUAAUAACAGAUGAACAGGAGGAUGAAGGUCUCUACACUUGUAUGGCUACCAAUGAUGUCGGAGAAAUUGAAACUAGUGGCAAGCUAUUACUGCAGGCUCCUCCUCAGUUCCACCCUGGCUUCCCAUUGAAAGAGAAGUACUAUGCAGGUGCAGGUGGCACCCUCCGCCUUCACAUUGUGUAUAUUGGCCGACCAGUACCAGCAAUAACUUGGUUCUAUGGCAACAAACCUUUGAGAGGAUCAGAAACAGUUACUAUUGAGAACACAGAGCAUUAUACUCAUCUUGCUAUUAAGAAUGUCCAGCACAAGACUCAUGCUGGAAAGUACAAAGUGCAACUCAGUAACACAUUUGGAACAGUUGACACUGUACUUAAUGUGGAAAUACAAGAUAAGCCAGAGAAACCAGUAGGACCAAUUGUUAUAGAGUCUAUACUGAAGAAUUCUGUGGUGAUAAGCUGGAAACCACCAGAGGACGAUGGAGGUGCUAUGAUAACCAAUUACAUCAUAGAGAAACGUGAAGCUAAGGAAGGAGCAGAAUGGCAACUUGUAUCUUCAAGCAUUUCAGGCACGACCUGUAGAAUUGUUAACCUAACUGAAAAUGCAGGCUAUUAUUUCCGUGUUUCUGCUCAGAAUACAUAUGGCAUUAGUGAAGCACUGGAGGUUUCAUCAGUUGUUGUUAUGAAGCCUCCAUUUGAAAAACCAGGACAACCUGGUCAGCCAGUAGCAAGUGCUGUCACAAAGGAUUCUUGUGUUGUCUCAUGGAAGCCUCCUGCAAGUGAUGGUGGUGCAAAGAUUAGAACUUACUAUCUUGAGAAGCGUGAGAAAAAACAAAACAAGUGGAUUUCUGUAACAACAGAUGAAAUUCGUGAAACAGUCUAUUCUGUGAAAGAUCUUAUUGAAGGUCUUGAAUAUGAGUUCCGUGUAAAAUGUGAAAAUCUUGGUGGUGAAAGUGAGUGGAGUGAGGUAUCACAACCAGUCAUUCCAAAAUCUGAUGUACCCAUUCAAGCUCCACAUUUCAAGGAAGAACUAAGGAAUCUGAACGUGAAAUUUCAAGCUAAUGCCACAUUUGUCUGCAAAGUCACUGGUCAUCCUAAACCAAUUGUCAAGUGGUACAGACAGGGCAAAGAAAUCAUGCCAGAUGGUGAAAAGAUCAAGAUACAGGAAUUCAAGGGUGGAUAUCACCAACUGGUCAUCACAAAUGUAACAGAUGAUGAUGCCACAGUAUAUCAAGUUAGAGCGACCAACCAAGGAGGAUCUGUGUCUGGCACUGCCUCUUUGGAUGUUGAAGUUCCUGCAAAGAUUCACUUGCCCAAAAACCUGGAAGGCAUGGGAGCUGUUCAUGCCCUCCGAGGGGAAGUAGUGAGCAUCAAGAUUCCAUUCAGCGGCAAGCCUCACCCCGUGAUCACAUGGCAGAAGGGACAAGACCUCAUUGAUACUAAUGGACACUACCAAGUCAUUGUUACACGAUCAUUCACAUCUCUUGUUUUCCCAAAUGGUGUUGACAGAAAAGAUGCAGGGUUUUACAUUGUUUGUGCCAAAAACAGAUUCGGAAUUGAUCAAAAAACAGUUGAAUUAGAUGUGGCUGAUGUGCCUGAUCCACCAAGAGGUCUGAAGGUAACUGACAUUUCAAGGGAUUCAGUCAACUUAACCUGGAAUGAACCAGCUACUGACGGUGGAAGCAGAAUCAUAAACUACAUUAUUGAGAAACGUGCUACAACAGCAGAGCGAUGGAUUCGUGUUGCACAAGCUCGGGAUACACGAUACACAGUGGUGAACCUAUUUGGCAAGACCACCUACCAGUUCCGUGUAAUUGCAGAAAACAAGUUUGGCCAAAGCCAGCCUUCUGAACCUACAGAUCCAAUUAUAACAAAGGAAGAUAAGACCAGAGUAAUGAACUAUGAUGAAGAAGUUGAUGAGACCAGAGAAGUCACCACAGUUAAAGCAGCUCACUAUUCUACAAAGGAACUCUAUGACAAAUAUAUGAUUGCAGAAGAGCUUGGACGUGGGCAGUUCGGCAUUGCACACCGCUGUGUUGAGGCAGUUUCAAAAAAGACUUACCUGGCCAAGUUUGUCAAAGUAAAGGGUGCUGACCAAGUUUUGGUAAAGAAAGAAAUUUCCAUUCUAAACAUUGCUAGGCACCAAAAUAUCCUGUAUCUUCAUGAAUCAUUUGAGAGCCUAGAAGAAUUGGUCAUGAUCUUUGAAUUCAUUUCUGGAGUUGAUAUCUUUGAAAGAAUCAGCACAGCUUCAUUUGAACUUAAUGAAAGAGAAAUAGUAAGUUACGUACGCCAGGUCUGCGAUGCACUAGAAUUUUUACAUCACCACAGCAUUGGACAUUUUGAUAUUAAACCAGACAAUAUUAUUUACUUCACAAGAAGAAGCUCUGUAGUUAAAAUUGUUGAAUUUGGUCAAGCCAGACAAUUGAAGCCUGGAGACAGCUUUAGACUCCAGUUCACUUCUCCUGAAUAUUAUGCGCCUGAAGUACAUCAUCAUGAUUUGGUCAGCACAGCUACUGACAUGUGGUCAGUUGGUGCUCUAACAUACAUACUUCUCAGUGGCAUUAAUCCUUUCAUUGCUGAAACAAACCAACAAGUUAUUGAAAAUAUUCUAAAUGCUGAAUACAACUUUGAUGAUGAAGCAUUCAAAGACAUAAGCAUAGAGGCCAUGGACUUCAUUGAUCGCCUACUAGUAAAGGAAAGAAAAGCUCGGAUGACAGCUGCUGAAGCGCUUAACCACGUGUGGCUAAAACAGCAGACAGAAAAGACCAGCACUAAAGCCAUCAAGACCUUGAGGCACAGGCGUUACUACCAAACUCUAGUAAAGAAAGAGUGGAACACAGUUGUGUCAGUAGCCCGCAUUUCCUGUGGAGGUGCGAUUAGAUCUCAGAAAGGCAUAACAGUGGCUAAAGUUAAAGUUGCACCGAUAGACAUUGGUCCCAUUGCUGGGCAGAUAAAGCAUACUGUUACAGAAGAAGGAGGGCAUGCCAAAUAUGUAUGUAGGAUUGAAAACUAUGAUCAGUCCACACAAGUCACAUGGUACUUUGGUAUGAGGCAAUUAGAAAGCAAUGAGAAAUAUGAAAUCAAAUACGAAGAUGGUGUGGCAACCAUGUAUGUCAAAGAUGUUUCUAAAUCUGACGAUGGUACCUACAGAUGUAAGGUAGUAAAUGACUAUGGUGAAGACAGCUCUUAUGCAGAACUUUUUGUUAAAGGUGUGAGAGAAAUUUCUGAGCACUACAGAUGCAGAACUGUUCGGAAAGUGAAACGACGGGUUGAUACUAUGAGACUAUUAGAGCGUCCACCAGAAUUUACUCUGCCUUUGUAUAACCGCACUGCAUAUGUUGGAGAAAAUGUCAGGUUUGGAGUAACUAUAACAGUUCACCCAGAACCUCGCUUAACAUGGUUCAAAUCAGGCCAGAAAAUCAAACCUGGUGAUGAUGAUAAGAAGUACACUUUUGAAUCAGACAAGGGCCUUUAUCAACUCGUCAUCAAUAAUGUCACUGAAGAGGAUGAUGCUGAAUACAGUAUUGUAGCACGCAAUAAAUAUGGCGAAGACAGUUGCAAAGCUAAGCUGACUGUGAUUCCGCAUCCACCUCCAGCAGAUGCCACGCUAAGGCCAAUGUUUAAAAGACUGCUGGCAAAUGCUGAAUGUCAAGAAGGCCAGAACGUCAGUUUUGAGAUCAGGGUAUCUGGUGUACCAAAACCAACGCUGAAAUGGGAGAAAGAUGGUCAACCUCUAUCCUUUGGUCCUAAUUUUGAUAUAAUUCAUGAAGGUUUAGAUUAUUAUGCUUUGCAUAUCAGAGAUACUUUACCAGAAGACAGUGGUUAUUACAGAGUUACUGCUACAAAUAGUGCUGGAUCUACAAGCUGUCAGGCUUAUCUAAAAGUUGAACGCUUGAAAUAUGUCAAGCGUGAGUACAAGACUGAAGAAGAGCGGGAGAAGCACGUACAGAGACAAAUUGACAAGACCUUACGAAUGGCAGAAAUCCUUUCUGGGGUUGAAGCUGUUCCACUGACACAAACUGCACAAGAGGCUCUCAGAGAAGCUGCUAUCUUAUAUAAACCAGCUGUUAGCACUAAGACUGUCAAAGGUGAAUAUGAAAUUAAGAAAGAAGAAAAGAAGGAAGAAAGAAGACUUCGUAUGCCAUAUGAGGUCCCAGAGCCUCGCAAACAUGUGCGCACUACUCUUGAGGAAGAUCAGAACAUUAAACAAUUUGUGCCUCUGUCAGACAUGAAGUGGUAUAAGAGGCUGCGAGACCAGUACGAAAUGCCAGGAAAACUUGAGAGAACUGUUCAGAAACGCCAGAAACGCAUACGUCUUUCCAGGUGGGAGCAAUUCUACGUGAUGCCACUGCCACGCAUUUCUGAUCAGUAUAAGCCUAAAUGGCGCAUACCAAAGCUAACACAAGACGAUCUUGAAAUUGUGAGACCAGCACGUCGGCGUACCCCAUCUCCAGACUAUGAAUAUUACUAUAGACCAAGGCGGCGAUCACUUGGUGACUUGUCUGAUGAGGAAUUACUCCUGCCUAUUGAUGACUAUUUAGCCAUGAAGAGAACUGAAGAAGAAAGACUACGCCUUGAAGAAGAGCUGGAGUUAGGAUUUUCUGCUUCCCCACCAAGAAGCCCCCCACGCUUUGAACUGUCUGCCCUUCGGUAUUCUACGGCAGGAGCACAGGUCAGUUCAGAGGAAGAAAGAAAAAGAGAGCUGAGGUAUUCAAGCUAUCACAUCCCAACUAAAGCUGACACCAGUACAAGCUAUGCAGAGCUUCGUCAACGCCAUGACAGGGCUGCCUACAGACCACCUAAACAAAAGCAAAGAAUAAUGGAUGAAAAAGAGGAUGAAGAAUUGCUCCGUCCUGUUGGCACUGCUCAGCGACUCUCUGAAUACAGGAGUGAGCUCGAAUAUAUGGCAGAGGAGGAAAAGAGUAGACUCAGGCGAAGGAGGGAAAGAGAAAUAACUGAGAUCACAUCAGAAGAAGAAGAAGAAAUAGAAAUGGUGCAACACGUUCACAGGGAAUUUUCACCUCCCUCUCGAUUACUAAGGAGAAGAAGAUCUCUUUCUCCAACUUACAUUGAGUUGAUGCGUCCUGUAUCUGAAUUAAUUCGACCUCGCUCACGGCCACCUGAAGAAAGUGAGAGAAGAUCCCCAACACCAGAGAGAACUCGACCACGGUCACCUAGCCCAGUUUCUAGUGACAGAUCACUCUCUCGGUUUGAGAGGAUGGCAAGAUUUGAUAUAUUUUCUAGAUAUGAGUCCAUGAAAUCUGCUUUGAAAACUCAGAAAACUAUGGAAAGGAAAUAUGAAGUUCUGACUCAGCAGCCUUUCACCCUUGACCAUGCUCCUCGCAUUACCCUGAGAAUGCGCUCGCACCGGGUACCAUGUGGCCAUAAUACCAGGUUCAUUCUAAAUGUCCAGUCAAAACCAACUGCUGAAGUGAAGUGGUACCAUAAUGGUAUUGAGCUCCAGGAGAGCAGUAAGAUACAUUUUACUAAUACCAGCGGUGUAUUAACUCUGGAGAUUCUCGACUGCCACAUUGAUGACAGUGGAACAUACCGGGCUGUAUGCACAAACUACAAAGGGGAAUGCUCUGAUUAUGCAACACUAGAUGUAACUGGAGGAGAUUACACUACAUACUCUUCCCAGCGGAGAGAUGAAGAAGUACCAAGGUCAAUUUUACCUGACUUGACAAAAACAGAGGCAUAUGCAAUCUCCUCAUUUAAGAAAGCAUCUGCUACAGAAGCAAGUUCCUCAGUAAGAGAGGUCAAAUCAGAAACGUCAGCAACAAGAGAAUCACUUCUAUCAUAUGAACACUAUGCUGCUUCUGAAGAAAAAAUCACUGCGGCUGAAGAAAAAUCAUUGGAAGAAAGGACUGUACACAAGGCAUUUAGAAGCACUCUACCGGCAACAAUCCUUACAAAGCCACGGUCAGUCACAGUUUCUGAAGGGGAGACUGCAAGAUUUUCCUGUGACGUUGAUGGCGAACCAGCACCAACAAUAACAUGGUUCCGUGCGGGUCAACCCAUUGUUUCUUCGAGGCGCUUCCAAGUAACACGAACACAGUACAAGUCUACCUUUGAAAUUUCUUCGGUCCAGAUGUCAGAUGAAGGAAGUUACACUGUUGUGGUGGAGAACUCUGAAGGAAGACAGGAAGCGCAUUUUACUUUGACCAUUCAAAGAACAAAAAUUCCUGAAAAAACAAUUACAUCAUCUCCAACAAUCAAAUCUCCUGAGCCUCGUGUAAAGUCUCCAGAGCCAGUGAAGUCUCCUAAACGAGCGAAAUCUCCUGAACCCAUCAGUGGCCCCCCAAAAGCAAAGUCACCAUCUGGAGACAAAACAGUACCAGCAGAGAAAGUACAAUUGCCAACUGCUUCUCCACCAAAGAUAAAACAGCAUCUGAAAGCAGAAACUCUAGGAGAUAAGGUAAAGUUAUCCUGUGCAGUUGAAAGCAGUGUUUUAAGUGUCAGAGAAGUGGCUUGGUAUAAGGAUGGCAAAAAACUGAAAGAAGACCAUCAUUUCAAGUUUCAUUAUGCAGCAGAUGGCACCUAUGAGCUCAAAAUCCAUGAGCUCAUGGAAUCUGAUAAAGGAGAAUACACCUGUGAAAUUAUUGGGGAAGGAGGUGUUUCAAAAACUAACUUCCAGUUUACUGGCCAAGUAUUUAACAAUAUCUAUUCCCAGGUAAGAGGUGUAUCUGAAACUCAUAAAUCAGUUCAGAAAGAAAAGGUGCUUACAGGUUCUACCCAGAAGAAAUCAGCAGUGGCAACUGAAGAAAAAGCAGCAGUUCAAGAAGUCAUUAAAAAGUCAAUUGUUACUGAAGAUGUCAAACAAUUGAAAGCAGAAAUUAAAGCUUCUUCAACUAAAAUGACAGUGUCCGAAGGGCAGAAAGUGACAUUGAAAGCCAACAUUCCUGGUGCCUCUGAAGUAAAAUGGGUGCUGAAUGGAACAGAGCUGAGAAAUUCAGAUGAUUACAGAUAUGGUGUUUCUGGAAGUGAUCACACACUAACUAUCAAAAAGACUAGUAAUAAAGAUGAAGGUAUACUCACCUGUGAGGGUAAAACUGACGAAGGCAUUAUUAAAUGCCAGUAUGUUCUGACCUUUUCUAAAGAGCGUUCCAACGAACCAGCAUUUAUCAUGCAGCCUAAGUCUCAAAAUGUCAAUGAAGGACAAGAUGUAUUGUUCACCUGUGAAGUUUCUGGGGAUCCUUCUCCUGAAAUUGAGUGGUUUAAGAAUAAUCAACCUAUUGCUGUUUCAUCGCACAUCAGAGUAACACGCUCUAAAAACAUUUAUUCUCUUGAGAUUCGAAAUGCAGCAGUGAGUGACACCGGAAAAUACACAGUCAAAGCAAAAAAUUACCAUGGGCAGUGCUCCGCUACAGCAUCUUUGACUGUACUCCCUCUAAUUGAAGAACCUCCAAAAGAGGUAGUAUUGAAGACAAGUGGCGACGCAAGCAUGCACGAAAGUUUUUCUUCUCAGUCCUUUCAAAAGGCUUCUUCUAAACAAGAGGCUUCAUUCAGCAGUUUCAGCAGUAGCAGCAUGACUGAAAUGAAAUUUGCAAGCAUGUCUGCCAAAAGCAUGUCCUCCAUGAAAGAAUCCUUUGUAGAGAUGAGCUCCACCAGUAUUAUGGGGAAAUCUAGUAUGGCUCAACUGGAGAGUUCAACUAGUAAAAUGCUUAAAUCAGGUCUGAGAGGAGUACCACCCAAAAUUGAAGCUCUCCCAUCUGAUAUUAGCAUUGAUGAAGGAAAAGUUCUCACACUAUCUUGUGCCUUUUCGGGUGAACCUGCUCCUGAAAUAACAUGGUACUGCAGAGGGAGAAAAAUUACCAGUCAGGACCAGCAAGGCAGAUUCCACAUUGAAACCAGUGAAGAUCUAACCACCCUGAUCAUCAUGGAUGUCCAGAAGAACGAUGGUGGACUUUAUACCCUGAAUUUAGGAAAUGAAUUUGGUACCGAUUCUGCCACUGUGAACAUUAAUAUUCGAUCAAUUUAGAGAGCUUGAUCUGUAUUAUUUACACUUGUCUUUUUACAAGUGAUUCCUAGAUGGACUGAAAUAUCUGAUCUGUAAAUAUAAAAAAAAAAUAUUUUUGUACCUACCUGAAUAAGACAAAGUCCAGAGCUAUACAUUAUGACUUAUAGUCAUUAUUGACCUGAGAAUUUUAAACACUUUUUUCACUGACAUGUACAUACUGUAUAUAGCCGAAGUUAACGGUUAUGAAGUUUUGUACCAUUUAUUUUAUGACAUUUUGAAACGUAACUUUUGGAACUAACAGUUGGUAGGAGAAAGUUUCCUAGCAAACGACUACCCUGCUCAACAUUUAACUAAUUUUUGCGCCUCAACUCAUUGUUGAUGUCUAAGAAUGCCUCAACAGGUAGAGAGGCUCCCUGUUGAAGAUUAUCUACACCUAAGAGACGAUACUGUGCAUAGUAUUUCAUACAUGCACAAAUAUUUAUGUUGAAUCAGAAAUGUAAGGCAUUGGUGAUGUUUGCAAUUACCCUCCUGUAAGCAUUGCUUUAAUGUUUUACAUUGGAUCUGAUUACGUCAUAAUUUCCAUACCUGACUGACAAUUUUUGGACAAAGUGCAAGCGGCCAGCACUUUGUUCACCCACUGUCUGCGUACUGUUUCUGACAUAUUGACUGCCUGGAUAGCUUUCAAAAAGUAACAUCACCUGGCCAUCCCCUUAAUCAACAAAGCUAUCUAGGUACUCGAGUGCAGCAGCAGUACCCCCUCUCGGAGGUUCGUAGGGUGCAGUGAUUGAGUUUGUGUGGUAGUAUUAGACAUCCAGUAGUCACUUCCGGGCAACUAAGCAAUGAACCACAGUUUGAAAACAAACUGUUGUUACAACAUCAAAUACUGCCCUGCACUUCAAUUUGCGUUAGUUCUCCUAAUGUAGUAAUAAAUUGUUAGCUGUUGAACCUCCUUGAGAUAGAAUUGUUCAUUUGAAAUAAAGCAUGCUUUCUGCACCAUAAAA